AUGGCCUAUACAGGUAAGGUUGCUUCUAUUACCAUGCUCAGAGGCCUAGUUCCCAUGCAGGUCAUGUGCCUUUUUAUGGGAUGUACCAUUUCAGAUGGAAGGUGGGGCUAAUCAAACAAUGCUCUUUAAUACCCCCACCUCCACUCUCUGCAUGUCGAAAGCUAGAUCCGGGAUGGCAGGUCUUAGCUGGGUUUUAGCCUUGUGAUGUUCUCUCUCUCUGUGUUUUGCUUUGUACAUUUGUUCCUGAGAGCAGCUCCUAUUGGGAGCUUGAAGUGGUAUAGUUCAGAUAUAGGUUUUCCACGCAGCAGUGUGUGUACCAGGCAGCUGGUUAAUUCAGAUAAGUUGAACCCUUCCAAGAAGUGCGUUGCUAUAACCAAGUUUUGUUGUUCUUCUGGGAUCUUGUUGUUACCCCUGGAGUUUCCUUCAGUGCACCAGCUUUUGUUUGAUAAGACUUCUCUCCUCAGGCAUGUUCUAAUGUGAUGCUUCAAUUUGUGCUUAACAUUUGGUAUGUCUACCCUAUGGGAUCUCAUCACUUAUCUCCAGUCUGCACGCCUAAAAAAAGUCAGUGGUUUCUCUCUCUGCUGAUGGCUGUUUCCUUCUGCAUAAAUAACUCUCUGUAGGUUACAGUGAUGAACUUUGCCGUGAAUUACCACUGAUGUAACCUGUGAAUAUUGCACAACAAAACUCAAUCAUAUGUUAGCAAUUACAUCUGCUGAAAAUACAAAAUGAAAAAAAGAGAGGCCCCAAUCCAGUUAUUUAUUGCUGAUGGUUUCUUGUUUUAGUUGCAUGCCCGUGCCUCUCAACUUUAUAAAGAUUUCCUCAUUAGGGUUCCUUAGUGAAAAACACAGCUAAAAUUUCCCUGUAAUUAUUGGAAGUUGUUUAUUUUCUGCAACUGUAUUGAUGAAUCAGCAGCUAGAUUUGGAAUAUAUGACUUUUUCUUUUUCUUUUUCUUUUUCUUUUUCUUUUUCUUCUGUGCCCUGUCAGCAACAGUAGACUUAGUAGCAGGGCAACACUAGUCACUCUUGGAAGGAACUGUUUUUCCAAAUCCCUUUUGGUUCCAAUUCAGGCCGGGUUGGGGGAGGAAAACUGCCUUGGUUGUUCUGUGGGGUGACGUUUGCUGAGAGAAAGAUAAGGGAUAUGCGACCCUGACGAUUAUGUUAGACCAGGGGUCGGCAACCUCAGGCCGAUGGGCCACAAGCUGCCUACAGGGGUCGUUUAACCACCUCACAAGCCGAUCCCGAACCGAACCGAGCCGCCCGCUCGAUGAGUCCCCGCCCGCUGCGCUAAAGUGGCGCGGGGACUCGCUUCUCAGAUGCCGGAAAUUGCAUCUGCGCAGACGCCGGAAAUCGUGGGCAUGGGCGCUUAUGUGCGCCCGCAAUCCGGCCCACGGAGGAAUCUCCGCUGGCGUGAACUGGCCCAGGCAAGGUAAACCUCUGCUGACCCCUGUGUUAGACCUUUUGAUACAUUUGGCCAUGGUAUCCUUCUGGGUAGGCUGUCUAGGUUAGGUGUGGGAGAUGGUUUUUGGCAGUGAUUCUCUUCCUACUUGGAUGGCUGUUUCCUGAAGGUGGUGCUGGGAGCUUACUGCUCAGCCCCUUGGCUGUCAUACAGCCCUUACAGUCAGAAAAUUAUUCCUGGUGUUUACGCGGAAUCUCCUGUUUUGUAACUUGAAUCCAUUGGUACUGGUUCUACCCUCCAGAGCAGGAAAAAACAAGCUUGUUCCAUCUUCUACGUAGCUUUUUAUUUGUUGUUGUUGUUGUUGUUGUUGUUGUUGUUGUUGUUGUCAUCUACUUAUCAUUAUCUACUUAUUUAGUGUAAGCCACCCAGAGAACUUGAUGUUAUGGAAUGGCAUACACAUACCAUAAAUAGGUACAGUGGUACCUUGGUUCCCAAAUGGCUGAGUUGUCGAAUAAAUCGGCUCCUGAGCACCGCAAACCUGGAAGUAAGUGUUCCGGUUUGUGAACGUUUUUCGGAAGCCAAAUGUCUGACGUGGCUUCCGAUAAGUGCAGGAAGCUCCUGCAGCCAAUCAGAAGCUGCACCUUGGUUUUCGAACUGUUUCGGGAGUCAGACGGAUUCCCAGAACAGAUUAAAGUUGAGAACCCAAGGUACCACUGUAAUAGAAAAUGGGGCCAGUAUCUAUAUGUCCUAGAGCUUUUUGUCACUUUGCAGACAGGAGUGAUGCUCAGCUGUUCUGGGAUGCUGUUCUGGGAUGCACCAGUUGCCACAUUAUAACAGACUAUUGUAAGUCUUGCCAACAAAGGUCCGUAUAGUUAAAGCCAUGGUUUUCCCAGUAGUGAUGUAUGGAAGUGAAAGCUGGACCAUAAAGAAGGCUGAUCGCCGAAGAAUUGAUGCUUUUGAAUUAUGGAGCUGGAGGAGACUCUUGAGAGUCCCAUGGACUGCAAGAAGAUCAAACCUAUCCAUUCUGAAGGAAAUGAGCCCUGAGUGCUCACUGGAAGGACAGAUCCUGAAGCUGAGGCUCCAAUACUUUGGCCACCUCAUGAGAAGAGAAGACUCCCUGGAAAAGACCCUGAUGUUGGGAAAGAUGGAGGGCACAAGGAGAAGGGGAUGACGGAGGACAAGAUGGUUGGACAGUGUUCUCGAAGCUACUAACAUGAGUUUGACCAAACUGUGGGAGGCAGUGGAAGACAGGAGUGCCUGGCGUGCUCUGGUCCAGGGGGUCACGAAGCGUCGGACACGACUAAACGACUAAACAACAACAACAACAUUGUAAGUCUACAACUACUAUGUUGUAGAUCUUGAAAGAAGCUGCCAUGUGUCCUACAGAGUCUAGUUGUUUUGUUUGGAAGUGUCUUCAUUGCAGCUGCCGCAGCCGGUAGCAAGAGACUGUCUCUGAAAAACCUUCUCAGUAGGAAAUUAGGAAGAUGGGCAUUUUGACCAAUGCCAGUUGGCAUGCAGGGACCUAAAAUAUGAGCUGAGCAUCUAGUGCAUAGAAAGGUGACGGAAUGGGGCAGCUUAAGAGGUGCAGAUACCUGGGGAGAGAGAGACCUGAGGAGGAAUGAUGUCAUGGCUGGUGAUCCAUAUGAAUUGCAUAAGAGGCAAACCUGCACAGGAUCUGGAAACAGAACGAUAUAUUGGAACAGACAGAGUGUUCCAGCAGAAAAUCAGGAAAUGGCUAUAAGGGAAUAAGAGUUCAGGAGAGGCUGAGAAUAAGCAUUCAUGCCAUGUCUGAGCUUGGUUCUUUGUGUGUCUUUGUAAUAUGCAUGAAGAUAAAUGUUGUUUAAUAGCGUCAAAAUAUGUUAACCUCCUAAACGUAGAAGACAAGCUUAUGGGGCUGUGAUAAUCUAAUGUGUUCUGUAGCCAGCUGUAUGAAAGAGAUGCAUUUAAAACUCAUAGGGAAAAAUAGGAAAAUAGGAGGUUUUCUCUGUGGCCUUGGCUGCUGAAGGAGCAAAGGGUUUUAUAUGCUAAAAUAACAAAUAACCCUGUUGCAUUUAGACUAACAAAGGUGCCACAAGACACAUUUGUAGUUGACAAAGGUAGCACUCAGUCUCCUGGCAUUUGUAAAUACUUGUUUUCUCUCAAGUGAUCCAAUAUACAUUUUGUUCAGAGUUUUCCAUGAACUAUCUUCUUCUGGCUGAAGUUGUAUAUUGAAUAGCCUUUUAAAAACCUCCUUAUUUCGAUGUGCUUUCUCCUUCAAAUUCAGCAUUAUUAUUCCUGCUGAAUCUAUAUUGUGAGAUAGCGUGCAGCAAAAUGGCUGGAGCGAUGCUGAAAUGUUGAGUGAGCCUUAUGUAUUGGAACGGGUGGUUGCCUUCCUUUUGCAUGACUGCAGUUUAGCAGAAAUGUCAAGUGCCUUGACUUUAUUCUGGCUGCAUGUCAAUGACAGGUAACUGCUCUGUCUGUCUUAACAUCCGAUGAAUCAAAUGAGCUAUAUGAAUUGAUUACACCAAAGUGUUUUAUUUGAGCUACCUCGUCUUUUGAAAGGGAAGGCUGCAGUUUUAGUAGCUGUUGGUCCAAAUAAAAGGCAUUUACUCACUUUCAGGACCAACACUGUUCCAGUGACAUAGACCUGCUGAAAACCCUAGUGCUCUAUCUAAUUUGAAUUGAUUUAAAAUAGAUAAGCCCCCCCCCCAAAAAAAAACAGGGAUAGAGAAGCUGGUAUCCUCUAGAUCAGCCAUAGGCAAACUCUGGCCCUCCAGAUGUUUGGGACUACAAUUCCCAUCAUCCCUAGCUAACAGGACCGGUGGUCAGUUUCACUUUGCAGACAAUGUCAAUGUCGUUUGUGCAGGUUCUCUUUGCUAUUUGCUUGUGUUCUUUUGGAGAUGAGAGAAAUUGGGGUUGGCCUAGGGUGCGGUUUCUUGUUGUGAUUGGCUGUGGCGACCUUUGUUUUCAUGUGUGAGUGGUGUGUGUGUGUGUUUUUGAAUCAGGUUCACCAUAUUGAUUCAUAUGCUGUUGGUGGAUUCUUGUCGUUGUCUUGUUGGGCUGUGUAUGUACCCUUGGGGUCUUAUGAUGCAGUCAAAUGUCACAAUUAUGUACCUUUGGCUAACACUAUGGGUUCCUUGCUCAAUCUUUCCAGGAUUAUGGAAUAUAAAGGUGGAUUAAUUUAGAAGCCAUAGCAAAAUGUUUUUAGGUAUGUUAGUAUUUGGUUCCAUUUUGUGUUUUUCUAUAUCCUGCUUCUAUUACUAUUAUUAUUAUUAUUAUUAUUAUUAAUAGGGAGUGAAAAAUUCAGUGAAAAAUUGGGGGAUAUGCUUUGAUAAAGUAUUGUGGGCAGUUACAGAAAAUAAAACCUGAUGCAUGGAUGCAAGCAAGCAAGCAAACACACACACGUACACACUUAUGAGAGUUUAUGUGAAUAUGCCAUGUUUGCUGAUUCAGGUAUUUGAAACAAACACCAUUUAAAAGUUUAGGUAUGUGCAGAGAGCUCUUUGCUUCCUUGCUUGACUCCGAUUUGGAUGAGCCCAAAGCUCCAGUUUACUGUCUUCUUCUUCCCAUUCAGCAAAUAUCCUGUGGAGUAUCAGCCAUUCUGUUACCUAAUUCUAUUGCCAUGGAUUUGUGGCAGGCCAAAGGACUAACCUCAUCAUAAUGAACUCAGAGGUGCUCCCCAGGGCAUCCCAUAAUAUAAUUUAGCUCUUCUAGUAAGAGCCACAAUUUGAUCUAUUUCUCUUUGCCAUUGAGUGGCGAUAGUAAUUAAAUAGUGAUGUUUUGAAAAAUCAGCAGAGGUAACUUAGCUGGAUAAAGCGUUCACCAAUAAAUGCACUCAUAAUUUUUUCCCUGUUGAUGAAGUGUCUCCUUGAUUCAACAGGAAAAGUAUAUUGACAGGGCUAGAAAAAUAAUUCUAGUGUCUAGGCAGUGCCACCAUCAAUCUUUCAUGCGGCCGACUUGCAGAAGCUUGAAUAAAUAUUUCAAAGUAGUAAGACUCAACAGUAAACUUCUACGAGUUCACGCACCUGGGAUUUUUCAAGCCUUGCAUAUUGAGCAACUGUGAAGUUAUUUUCUCUUUACAUUGCAUUAAUGAAUGUGUGUGGCAUUUACAGAAAUAUCCCAGCUUGAUACUUGAAUAUAUGUACGUACUGAUGAUUUCACUUGCUUUAGGUCAGGGGUCAGCAAACCUUUUCAGCAGGGGGCCGGUCCACUGUCCCUCAGACCUUGUGGGGGGCCGGACUAUAGUUGGGGGGGGGAAUGAACGAAUUCCUGUGCCCCACAAAUAACCCAGAGAUGCAUUUUGAAUAAAAGCACACAUUCUACUCAUGUAAAAAUACCAGGCAGGCCCCACAAAUAACCCAGAGAUGCAGUUUAAAUAAAAGCACACAUUCUACUCUUCUGAAGGAAAUCAGCCCUGAGUGCUCACUGGAAGGACAGAUCCUGAAGCUGAGGCUCCAAGACUUUGGCCACCUCAUGAGAAGAGAAGACUCCCUGGAAAAGACCCUGAUGUUGGGAAAGAUGGAGGGCACAAGGAGAAGGGGACGACAGAGGACGAGAUGGUUGGACAGUGUUCUCGAAGCUAUCAGCAUGAGUUUGACCAAACUGCGGGAGGCAGUGGAAGACAGGAGUGCCUGGCGUGCUCUGGUCCAUGGGGUCAUGAAGAGGCAGACACGACUAAAUGACUAAACAACAACAACACACAUUCUACUCAUGUAAAAACACGCUGAUUCCCAGACCGUCCGCGGGCCUGACUGAGAAGGCGAUUGGGCUGGAUCUAGCCCCUGGGCCUUAGUUUGCCUACCCAUGCUUUAGGUAGUGAAAUGGUAGUUGUAAUAGUGGUGGUAGUAGUAGGAGUAGUAGUAGUAGUGAGUAUGUGGUUUUUAUUAUUAGUAUUAUAUAUAUGCCACCUAUCUGGGCAGCUCCCAGCCAAACUUGAACUUGAACUUACUAUUUGAGCCUCUUUUGAGCCAGUCAUGAUCUCUCAGCCUAAUCUAUGUUGUGAGAUACCUGUGAAUAAUCAGAGCCCUGUUGGAUCAGACCAAAAGCCUAUCUAGUUCAGCCUUCUUUGCACACAGUGGCCAACCAAAGGCCUGUUGGAAACCACAAGCCGUCUUUGUGCAACCCAUUAUCUUUCUAGAAAGCGUGGGCCAAAUUUCCACAGUGGGUGGUUUUGUUUGUCUCUGACCAGUGUCACACUCUGGCUCCUUGGCACCAGAAUCGGAGACAAUGCAGGAUUUAAGAGAGAGGAGAUAACAAAGGAUUAUUCAGGAGAGGUAUGUUGAAGGCUCCUCUUCAAAUGUCUGCUAAUUUCAGCUAUUUGCAGUUGUAGGUUUAUUAUUUCCUCCCCUCUCCAGUGGCUGCAAUCCACCUGAAGCAUCUUUUGUUUUCACUAGCAGAAUUGAGAGAGGUAAGAGGGUUGAGGUUUGAUAGGUGGGAGAGUCAGCCUGCUAAGAUGUCUAGGAAUGAGGCUGCUGGCUCUGCUGAGUGCUUUUGAGCAAAAUUGUAUGGAAUUGAGGGACCAAGUGAAUGUGCAUUCCAGCUAAUCAGGUACUCAAAUGACCUUUAUUUGCCCUGCUGGAGGUCCCAGGGAGAGAUGGAAUCGCUUGAAAAGGAAAUGGAAGGCAAAUUCAAACACGGAAAUGCUUAACAAGGUCCCCAGGAAUGCAAGUGAAUGCACAAAAGGCAGGGAAACUUAGAUGUUGCCAGUGUGAGAACCCAUACACAGAGCACUGAUGAAUCAAUUGAACCACUAGAGUCCUUAGAUGUUUGUCUUGGCUGCCCAGGAGGCAAAGAGUUGUCAUAAGAGUGGCUUUUAUUUUAAAAACCAUGAAACAGAAAACUUCAGGAUGGAGAAGAAAAGCCCAGGCACAAAAUAUAUCAAAAGCUCUUCAUGUCCUACCAUUUUUCUUGCAUGGGGUGAGCUAAAUCUGAAUUACAAAAGAGAACAGAACCCUAAAGAUCGCUCGACGUUUUAAUGAAAAAGACUCCCAUUUAUUCAUACGAGAAAUAUCUGUGCUGUUAUCAUAAGACUGUCCGUGCUGGGCCAAGGCAACAGUCCACAAAAAACAGCCGCAUCAAGGUUUUUCAUAACUCUAGGCUGGGUGACAGUUCCUGUCCGUUAGCAAGUCCCCAGAAUUCUUAAAAACCAGCGUUUUGGAAUGACAGAAUCCAAAUUAGCAAGGGGCGGGAGAAGGAGCACAACAGCACCAAUGGCAGCAAGAGCAGGCAGAGGACUGGGAAGGAGGUCUUGGAAAAGCAGCAUGUGCUACCACCAAACAGAGCCACAUGCCAUGCCCAUAGCAGCAGCUCCCAUCUACCCACCAGGCUUGGGGCCUGCUUUCAUUAUAGGCUGCAGCUGAGGAUCAUGUGGGCCAGAGGCAGAAGGCAUAGUCAUGGAUGGGCUAGUGGUCAGACAGUGGAUUUGGCAAACAAGAGGAAAGAUGCAGUCAAAAGCACACUUGUGGUCUAGCAAAAGCACACUAGUUCUAGACCAGGGGUCAGCAACCUUUUUCAGCCAUAGGCCGGUCCACUGUCCCUCAGACCAUGUGGUGGUCCGGACUAUAUUUUGGAAAGAAAAAAUACAGUGGUACCUCAGGUUAAGUACUUAAUUCGUUCGGGAGGUCCGUUCUUAACCUGGAGACGACUUUAGCUAAUGGGGCCUCCCACUGCUGCCGCACGAUUUCUGUUCUCAUCCUGAAGCAAAGUUCUUAACCCGAGGUACUCUUUCUGGGUUAGCGGAGUCUGUAACCUGAAGCGUAUGUAACCUGAAGCGAAUUCCUAUGCCCCAGAAAUAACCCAGAGAUGCAUUUUAAAUAAAAGAACACAUUCUACUCAUGUAAAAACACCAGGCAGGCCCCACAAAUAACCCAGAGAUGCAUUUUAAAUAAAAGGACACAUUCUACUCAUGUAAAAACACGCUGAUUCCUGGACUGUCCGCGGGCUGGGUUGAGAAGGCGAUUGGGCCACAUCUGGCCCACGGGCCUUAGGUUGCCUACCCCUGUUCUAGACCAGGCUUCCUCCAGAUGUUUUUGGCCUACAGCUCCCAUGAUCCCUAGCUAACAGGACCAGUGGUCAGUGUUGCUGGGAAUUGUAGUCUCUGAACAUCUGGAGGGCCGAGGUUGAGGAAGCCUGUUCUAGACUAUGGUCUGAAGGCCCAUGAAUCUAAGCAGGCCUGGAUGGGUGACUGCCUGGGAGCCACAUGUGCUAUAAACAUACAAAUAACAUGGAACAGUAAAGUAUUAAUACAUUAUCAUAGUCUUCUUCUAAAUGCAUAUGAAACAAAAUUACCAAAGUGCUUUUUUGUUGAAACAUAAACAGAAAUGUGAAAUUUAUGAAAUGUGGGUGUGGGUGUGGGUGUGGGUGUGUGGGUGUCUCAAGAAAACAUAUUUAACAAAACCAAAGUAAAAACAGGACGCUUAAAGGUGAUACGACCCUCCAAAAUUGAGAACAAUAAAAACCUGAUUAAUAAAACUCAAAAUGUCAUCUUUAAAACCCUCUCUUUAACAAUAUAUGCAGAGAUAGCUAAAUCACAAUCAUGAAAAUAAACUGACAAUUUUUAGUGAUGCAUUGGACCUAUUAUAUAAACUGGAAUCAGCUGUCUGUGCAGUCAGGUACUACUAAUGAAACCAGCUUUCUGAAGAUGAGAGGUUGUAGCAGGUGCAUUGUUUAAGCUAAAUGGAACGGAAUGAAGAGGUGAUUUUAACCACUUACUGGUAUAAAGUACCUAGAACUGAAUAAAUAGGUGGUAUGUUAGAAAACCUGGAAACACGAAGCAGAGAAGAAACAAUGAAGGAGAAAAUCCUACAUGUGUGUUCACAGCAAAGGGAGGAAAUCUACUUCAUCAAGGAGUUAAACCGUAGGGUAAGGACCCAGUACAGCUUCCUCUUCAUCAGCAGUUUGACAGCCAGCUGAUGUACAUUUUUAAUGGUCUCAAGGACGCGUGCUUGUGUUGAUGCUCUCAAAUUCACCACCAGAAGAGUGCCAGAUCUACAAGUGCAGAUGUUGCCAGUGUUUUCAAAGCUCUGACCAACGUAAAUAUUUUCACAUGAUCAUUUGAUGGCAUGAACCAAUGAGGGCAGCCAAAAGUAGUGAAAGUUUUGUACAUUUUAAUGGUCAACUGGACUACUGAAUGAAUGCAUCCUGUUGGUGCAUUCUGAAUCGAAACAGUUUCGACACUGGUGGCGUCCGUAAGGUGCCAAAGUGGACUGUUGAACUAUGCACAUCAUUACGAACCAACCAGUCUUUGCAAUUCCUGGCUCUUUUAUAAGCAUUUAGAGGUUUCUUUUCAUGGCUGCUACAUUGCGUAGCAAGUGCCAAUAUUUAUAUAUAUAGUCACCGCAAAGAUCUGCUUACAUAAUCAAAAGUAAAGCAGCAAGUGACUGACUCUAUUCUGGGCACUUUUUGAAGCUUUCUGAACCAAGCACAUUCCUAUUUGAGCUCAAAACUUGGGAUUUGGCUGAUGUAAUUAUGUUCUUAGAAUAGUCUCUGCUCAAAAGAGAAACCUGUACUUGCAAGGCCUCUGCGCUGAAAUCUCUUAAAUUAGCACAGUUACAUCGGAGUGGAAGGAAUUGCCCAAAAGGGAAAUUCUGUGUAAUCAUGAUAUGGUACAGAUAGCUGUCAGAUCUUAGAUGGAAAUUUCUAUCUGUUUACUCCCUGUAUAGUCCGAUGCGGAAAUACACUCCUUUAAUCAGUCUCUUCAACUGAGAGAGCAAAACAUCUAAAUUCCACUGUUGAAUUUAUAGUUCUCUAUUUACUUCUCUUUUUUGGCUAGAGCUUGGUGCUGGUCGAUAGGCUAAAUCCCUGCCCUGGUCAGGUUCAGAUCACCAGUUCAGGAUCUUCUGCAGACCAGAAGGCUAGAAACACGCUUUUCUUACCACAAGAGAAAGGCGAGGUGCUUAGGAUUCAGGGACAGAUUGUGAAAGUUCCAGCUUGGUGACCUUUGUGGAGAAUUUCAGCCUCAUUGACCUUGAUUCUCUUUAGCACACGGGAGUGCAUUUUUGCAUCUGUUGUUCACAGCGUUACAAACCUGUGCCUUAAUUCUGGUUUGCAGUGUAACUUUCCAAAUGAUUUCCCGGGGGAAGGUGCUGCGCUGCUGGCCCCAAUUAAAACAAAGGGCGAGAGGGAAAACUGCUGGCUCUUAUGCCUUCUGGUGUUCAAGCAGUCUAAUCCUCUGCUUUUAAUAAACAAAACAAAAAAAGAUUCUUUGAGGAUCUUACAAGGGCAAGCGCAUUGUGUUCCGUUGCUCCUUUUUAAUGAUAACUAUGAAUGACUCACAGCUCUGAGGUUUCACAGGUAAAAGCCAGAGUAGGGUGUGUGUGUGUGUGUGUGUGUGUGUGUGUGUGUGUGUGUGCGUGUGUGUGUGAUCGUUCCUUGUCUUGAGGAUGGCUUUGAGCAGGGUCAGGCAAUUGUUUAGUAUCCCCAGCCAACAAGUCCAGUCACUCUGUACUUGUUUCUUGACCUCAGGCCAGUUUUUUGCUGAUAUGAUUAGCAACUAUAUUGACCCUUGUGGUGCCUUCCAGCUCGACAGUUCUGUGAUUCUGUGAAUUGAUCACUGUAAUGUAUUAGAGCAGGGAUCAGUAAACUUUUUCAGCAGGGGGCCGGUCCACUGUCCCUCAGACCUUGUGGGCCGGACUAUAUUUUGGGGAGAAAAAUGAACUAAUACCUAUGCUCCAUAAAUAAUCCAGAGAUGCAUUUUAAAUAAAAGGACACAUUCUACUCAUGUAAAAACACGCUGAUUCCUGGACCGUCUGUGGGCUGGAUUGAGAAGGCGAUUGGGCCUGAUUGUUCGGUUCAGGUUACGUCUUUUCAGGUUGCAUCCCGCGGCGACCCAGAAGUACCGGAGAGGGUUACUUCCGGGUUUCGCCGCUUGCGCAUGCGCAGACACUCAAAAUGAUGUCACACGCAUGUGAAGAAGCGGCAAAUCGUGACCCGCAGACGUCGGUUGCGUUCUGCUCAUGUUGCGAACGGGGCUCUGGAACGGAUCCAGUUUGCAACCAGAGGUACCACUGUACCAUUAGGCUGUUGACUAAAACCUAUCAGUGGGAAUAUAAAUCUCCUUGGUGCUGAAAUAACUUCACUGACUCCCAGAUACUUCCCAGGCACAGUGCUUUUUGACUAACCUUCAGUACCUGUAGGAAUGCCUUUUCCCCAUAACAACCUGCCUGUGUAUUAUGGCAAUCUUUGGACAGUUUCUUUCGGGGACUCCUGCUAUCUGAGGCAAGGUGGCAGUUACCAGAGAGACCCAUUUCUGUGAUGUGACAUUUCCUUCCUACGGAAAUUUGCCUGGCACCAUCAUUGUUAUUUUUUGCACCAGGCAAGGACAUAUUUAUUCUCCCAGUCUUUUAAAGUUUUUGUUUACCUGCUGCAAGUGACUCUAUGCUACUUUCAAUUGGGUUUUUGUUUUUCGUUUUGCAUUGCAAUGUUUCUAUUGUGUGUUAUCUGGAUCUCCCUGGAAGCAUGUCCGAAGAGCAGUAUAUAAAUCUUUAAGUAAAUGAAACAAUUACGCUUUGGGCAAUGACACUUCAGACCAUAGGUGGGGGGCACAUUGCUAGCUGCUGUUCAAAACAAACCCCCUGUCAAAGAAAACCAACAUGUGAAUAGGAAAGGAUUUUAGCGUAGCCUUUUUGCUGAAAUCCUAAUGUUCUAUGUUUGGGAGGUGGUGGUUUGAUAUGGUAAAAAAAAAAAGAAAAAGAAAAAAGGGGUAAAGGACCCCUGGAUGGUUAAGUCCAGUCGUCAAAGGUGAUUAUGGGGUUGCAGCACUCAUCUCGCUUUCAGGCCGAAGGAGCCGGCGUUCGUCCACAGACAGUUUUCUGGGUCAUGGGCCAGCAUGACUAAACUGCUACGGGCGCAUGGAGGACCGUGACGAGUGCCAGAGCGCAGGAAACGCCGGUUACCUUCCCACCGCAGUGGUACCUAUUUAUCUACUUGCACUGGCAUGCUUUCUAACUGCUAGGUUGGCAGGAGCUGGCACCAAGCAACAGGAGCUCACCCCGUCGCGGGGAUUCGAACCGCUGACCUUCCGAUCGGCACGCCCAAGAGGCUCAGUGGUUUAGACCACAGCGCCAGGUUUGGUAUGGAAGAGCAGUCCAUCACGCAAGCCCCACCUGCAGUCCAAAGUUCAGUUCAGUUUGGAUGUAGGCUUACUAGUCAGUGAAAGCCAGGCCUCAAAAGUCCCUUAUCUGGGUAUAUCAUGUGGACAUAUAGCAGGCCUUUUACCUUUACCUUUUCAGCAGGUGAGCUGAGAGUGCCAGUGGCCACUAGGAGCAGCACUGGCAAUGUCAAUGGGAGCCUCAGGCUUCUUAUAGAGGAACAGCAGAUCAGAUAUUUGCUAGAGGCAUACAGUAAUUGGAUUCAUUCUUGGAAAAGGGAGCAUUCCUGCCUCUGGUAAUCUUCUUUUUCAAAAGAAAUAUUUUUAUUGAGAUGACAGAUUAUGAGUGGAGCAACGCUUGAAAAUGCACACUUUCUCAUAUACAGUGUUAGAAACAAAUAUGAAAGCUAGGAGCUAAAUGGCACCUUAAACCGAGGUUAUGGGCGCAACAGCGGAAUGCCUAGGCACAUUUUUUAAUAACAAGAGUACAAAGCUGAAAAUGAAUGAAUGCUGCUAAAAUGUUACGUUCAUUUUUCGCAUAUAUGUUCACAGCUCCGAACAUAUAACAUUGGCGCUGGACUAUCUGCACCGGCUUGCAUUUGGUUUCUGAGCUGAAUUUGGAGUGCUGGUUUUCGAUUUACAAAGCCUUAUACGGCUCAGAACCCCAUUAACAUGUAGCGCAUUGUUUCCUUUAUGAGACUUCUGGGACGCUUACUUCAUCUUUUGAGGCCCUUCUCCAAGUACCAGACCCAAGAGAGGUGUGGAGGGUGGCUGUAUGAGAGAAGGCCUUUUCUGUAGUGUCUCCCCGUCUUUGGAACAUUUUCCCCAGGGAGGUGAAGCUUUCCCCAAGUCUAAGAUCCUUCCCCCGCACCCCAUGAUUUUUUUUUUUAAUAUACACUGAGUGGAUGGUUUAGCUGCUUGCUGUUUUAUGGUGAUUGCUUGUGAUGAUUUUAUGGCAGUGGAAUGUGUACCUGGGGGAUAUUUAGUGUGAUCACUUUUAACUGUUGUUGUGUAUUUUAAAUAUUUAUUUAUUUACUAGGUAAGUCACCAUGGUACCUUCAGGCAAAGGGUAAGUAAGUAUUUUUCUGGGCUGCUGUUAUCUUCUGAAUACCAGUGGCAGGAAGCCACAGGAGGGGAGGAUGCUCUUGUGCUUGGAUCCUGCUCAAGGGUUACCAAGAGGUGCUCGCUUGGUCACUGAGAACAGGAUGCAGUCUAGAUUAUGGUUACCAGAUUUUUUUCAAUGAAUCUGGGGACACUUAAAAAAUAAAUAAAUACAGUGGUACCUCUGGAUGUGAACGGGAUCCUUCCCGGAGCCCCAUUCGUAUCCUGAAGCGAACGCAAUCCACGCAUGCGCGGGUCACGAUUCGCCGCUUCUGCACAUGCGCGUGAUGUCAUUUUGACCGUCUGCACAUGCGCGAGCGGUGAAACCCAGAAGUAACACGCUCCGUUACUUCCGGGUCACUGCGGAGCGCAACCUGAAAAUACUCAUCCUGAAGCUACUUCAACCCGAGGUAUGACUGUAAAAAAUUACAUGCUUUAUAAUCCAUAAUUACAUCUAUACAUCAGCUGUUUUGCUGUCUUGAGAAGUCCAGAAGAGGAGAGAAACCUGGGGGGUGCAGUUGGAAGCAGAGUUUGAGAAUACGACUGUGGGAAGAUCACAGAUUUGGAAAAGGCCUUUGAGGGGCAUCUAGGCCAACCCCCUGCAAUGGAGGUAUCUCAACUCAAGCAGCCUCAACUUAAAAGAACAUAAGGCUUCCCUGCUCCAAUUUGACUUCUGCAGUUCCCGGCCGUCGGUGACAUGCUCUCGUUCACGCUUUCUCUCACGCUCAGCUGCCCAGCUCCGCCACCGUUCCAGUUUGCCAAGAGGAUUGAAGUCAUCUCACCCUUUGUGCCUUGCCCAGCAGAGAAACCGCAGAUCUUGCGCCCCUCCUGGACAACGGUGUGGCGGCCGCCUGUGACUCUCGAUCCUCACCCGAUCUCCUGCCCCCUUCCUUUUGACGGAUUGGGGAAGGCUUGGGAAUCUUGGGCGGGCGGCCCUUUCCCGGAAGGGGCGCGGUUUCUCUGCUGGGCAAGGUGCAAAGCUCUUCUUUUGCACCCUGUGAAACUCUCAGAAUGAAGGGGGAAGGGGGCAAGAGAUUGGGGGAGGCUUGGGAGUCAUGGAUGUGCAGCGUGCCUUUGCCCAGGAGGGGUGCAAGGCGCGCGGUUUCUCUGCCGGGCAAGGUGCAAAGCCCUUCUUUCGCACUUUUCGAUCCCACCUCUGCCUCUGCCUGCGCAAAAACUAUCUUCCCACCCCUCCAGCUGCAUAUUACUCCAGGAGAGCAGGGUGUCAAAUUUCCCAGGAACAUUUAAUGAAAUCCAGGGACAGAAUUUUUCCGGGGGCAGAUUUGCAAAUCCAGGGGACUGUCCCCGGGAAAUGGGGACAUGUGGUAACCCUAGACUAGAUGGGCCCUUGGCUUGUUCCAGCAGACUCUUAUUUUGUUCUUAAGGCAGGGGCAAAACUAGGCUUUAUUUCACCCGGGUCAGAGACCCAGUUUAGCACACUCCCAUGCACAUUUGUGUACACACACACAGUGGCACCCCUCUGGGGGCUUCAGUCAGGGCAAAAAACCUGCUUAGUCCCCCGUCCUGUAGCUAUGGCUGUGCUUAAAGCUCUUGCCAGACUUUUUGUGUUCGUCCAUCCAGAGCUCUGUGAGCUUUCAGAGCAGUAAACCUCUGAAAUCUGCACCUCUACAAUCUUUAGACUUCCGUGAGUCAUGCACAACAACUUUCUUCCCUGCAAAUUGUAGCUUUAAUAAUAAAUUGGCUUUCAUCUGUCCUGAUUUGCAUAUUCUUUUUUACAGGCGAGGGACUGUUUUCUACCUGAAGAUAUAGGAACAUACUGUGGAAGUUAGGUCCUGCAUGAGACUUGAUUCUUGACAAAUAUAUAUUUGCAAGACCAGUUUUGGAAUCUUGAAAAGUGUCUCUUUGACCAUCCUUCAUAGAGAGGCUGUCCUUUACUGGGCUUUCACAGUUUGUAGAUUCCAUGAAGGAACAAAUGAAAAUUGGAUCCUGCUAGCAGUCUGCUGGAAUUACUUCUAAUCUUGCAUUCAGGCAGGCUUAGCAAUGAGCAAUUUGGGUAAUGUUUGCACUGUCUGUUUCUAUGAGUAGUGAAUUAGGAUUUUGUAUUUGGAAGGGUGUAUAUUAAAUAUUGAAAUUUUCUCCACCGCAGGUAGACAAUUAAAAAAAAAUUUUUUUUUUUACAUUCUAGGCAGGCAUUACAAUUUUGUUGAAAGGUCAGCUUUUAUGGAUGGAAAUCUGAUCCAGUGCUGGCUGGUAAAGCCUCUGUUACAAGUUGUCAAAGUAAUUCUUUUGAGGAGUUUGGAUUUGAUAUCCCGCUUUAUCACUACCUGAAGGAGUCUCAAAGCGGCUAACAUUCUCCUUUCCCUUCCUCCCCCACAACAAACACUCUGUGAGGUGAGUGAGGCUGAGAGACUUCAAAGAAGUGUGACUGGCCCAAGGUCACCCAGCAGCUGCAGGUGGAGGAGCAGGGAAGCGAACCUGGUUCACCAGAUUACGAGUCCACCACUCUUAACCACUACACCACGCUGGCUCUUUUGACUAAGUUGCCGCAUGCCAGCCCCUGAAGUUGUGUGGUACCAUCAUGCCUGUAGCUGGCCAGCCAGAUGUUUGCAUGGGGCACACAGGACAGACACUGCUCUCCUUCUUAAACCCUCCACCUUUGUUGGCACAAGGAAGAAGGAGCCAAGUGAAGGCUUCCUUUCCUUUCCUUAGUAAAGGUAAAGGGACCCCUGACCGUUAGGUCCAGUCGUGGCCGACUCUGGGGUUGUGGCGCUCAUCUCGCUUUACUGGUCGAGGGAGCCGGCGUACAGCUUCCGGGUUAUGUGGCCAGCAUGGCUAAGCCACUUCUGGUGAACCAGAGCAGCGCACGAAAACGCCAUUUACCUUCCCGCCGGAGCGGUACCUAUUUAUCUACUUGCACUUUGACGUGCUUUCGAACUGCUAGGUUGGCAGGAGCAGGGACCGAGCAACGGGAGCUCACCCCGUCGCAGGGAUUUGAACCGCCGACCUUUUGAUCGGCAAGCCCUAGGUUCUGUGGUUUAAUCCACAGCACCACCCAUGUCCCACCCUAUCUUAAUUAACCCUUUUGCUGUUUCUCUUGGUCCCAGUAUUCUGCUCUUUGCCUUGGUUGGGAGGACGGCACCGUCCACAACUUUCUGUUUCUUUGAUUUGCUCUGAGUGUUGCAGCUUCAACCAUGAAAGAGGAUGAAUGUUGUGGAGGGGAGCAGGCUGUCAUAGAUGGGUAGGCAAACUAAGGCCCAGCGGUCAAAUCCGGCCCAAUCGCCUUCUCAAUCCGGCCUGCGGACAGUUUGGGAAUCAGUGUGUUUUUACAUGAGUAGAAUGUGUCCUUUUAUUUAAAAUGCAUCUCUGGGUUAUUUGUGGGGCCUUCCUGGUGUUUUUACAUGAGCAGAAUGUGUGCUUUUAUUUAAAAUGCAUCUCUGGGUUAUUUGUGGGGCAUAGGAAUUCAUUCAUUAUUAUUUUUUCAAAAUAGAGUCAGCCCCCCCACAAGGUCUGAGGGACAGUAGACUGGCCCCCUGCUGAAAAAGUUUGCUGACCCCUGCUUUAGCUUUAUACACGAUGCAUGGAAUUUGGCUUUCUAUAAUGGUUUGUUUCGUUUGCACAGAGCAUGCACAUCCCGCCUAGAGCAUUCUGAGAAAUCAGUUUCCUCCGGUGCUUUGUAUCAGAUUUCUGUGCUGCACUGUAAUGCAGAUCUAAUUGUUCUGAAAUGUAAGCUUUGUGCUGGGUGGCUUACCAUGCUGGGUCUGGUUCAUCUGUCCUGGGCUUCAAAACUGCCACCUGCCGGUCCUAUCCAUUGCUGCCACCACCUCGAGUGACAGUCUUGUUUGUGGCACCAACAUUUCUGAAGAAGGGGACAAUCGCAGAUUCAUUGAAGGAACUGGAUUGUUUAUUUUUAACAAAAAAUUAUGUACUGCUUGAUUGUAAAUAAAACCUCUUAGCCAUUUACAAAAAUGACACAAAAAUGGAAAUUGUAAAUAAAAGCCUUUGUUUUUUAGAAAAGCAGAUAUAUUUUUAAAAAUCAACAGUUAAGCUAAAACAGUUUUUAAAACAAUUCAAAUCCUACAUCUCUAGAUAGAUUUGCCUAAACCAAAAUGUUUUAAGCAGGUGUCAGAAAGAAUGCAGCGAAGGUUCUUGCCUGAUGUCAAUAGGCAGGGAGAUCGAAAGUUUGGGUGCUGGCACACUAAAAAGUCAGUUGGUUCUGCAAACUGAAGUGGCCAAGCAGACAUAUAUGGGGCAAGGCGAUCCUUCAAGUUGCCUGGUCUCAAGGUGCCGUCGGUUGAAGUAAGACUGCCACGGUUGUAGAAAAAUGGUUGCAAGAUUGGAUGGGGAGGUAGUCAGUCUUUUCAACAGGGCAACAUCAGCUGUGGGUUUUAUCUCUCCAGAUUUAAAACAACUUCACUGGUUAUCCAUUUCUGAGCCUAAUUCGAAGUGCUGACAUUUACUUUUUAAAGCCUUAUGGUCUGGAGGUUGUGUAGCUGUGGGACUGUUUUCAUACAUGAUUGAGCUCAUUGUCAAAGACUGUUCUUCAGAUUCUCCCACCUUCUGAAAUUAGAUAGUUGGUGACUAUCUAAACAGUGAGAAUAUUUUUUGGCUCUGACUCCCUGCUUGCCUAGCACUGGGGAUGGAAUUUCCUGAAAAUCUCAAUAGAUUUAUUCUAAUAACUGUCCUGUUCCUUAAUCCUAAUGAGGAAUUUUCCUCCCUCUUCUGCUUAAAAUACAAACAAUUCUCACAUAUUAUACAUAAUAUUAUGUAGAUAAUACUAUAGGCAUUUAUACUCCAGGUUUCUUAAAGUAGCCAGAAAAUAUACAGAUACAUAUAACUGAAUUUAAAUACAUAUUAUUAAUAUACUUACAAAGUCGUGAUGCAGAAGUAUAGCAUGGGGCUUGACACUUUUGUAUGUAUUGUAUGCAGAUUAUUCUUAUUUCUGUGCAUAAUUUUGCGUAUAAUUUGCUGGGUUUUUAAAACAACAACCCACAGUGCAGGAGUAGCACAGACAUAACUGAAGGAGGCUUGAUGGAAGAGGCUGUUUGAUGCAGUCAAAGCUCAUCUGGGUCAGAACUACCAAAAACUGUGUAUAAAUCCAUUUAAAGCAGAUUCCUUCAUUCUUACCUGGCACCAACUCUUACUUCCUUUUGUCUUCCUUUUGUUACUUCCUUUCCCCAUACGCUGUCUUUUAAAACAUCAGCUGAAUCAGGUUUUAUUUUUUUAUUCUUGUUUUAUUCCCUCUGUUGUCUUUAAUUUUAUGUUUUGCCAGCUUGGUAUAUAUCAUUGUUUUAACUCCCCCCCCCCCCGCCCCUUUCAAUUGGGAUGCGGGUGGCACUAUGGGUUAAACCACUGAGCCUCUUGGGCUUGCCGUUCAGAAGGUCAGCGGUUCGAAUCCCCGCGACGGGGUGAGCUCCCGUUGCUCGGUCCCUGCUCCUGCCCACCUAACAGUUCGAAAGCACACCAGUGCAAGUAGAUAAAUAGGUACCGCUCCGGCAGGAAGGUAAACGGCGUUUCCGUGCGCUGCUCUAGUUUGCCAGAAGUGGCUUAGUCCUGCCGGCCACAUGACCCGGAAGCUGUACGCCGGCUCCCUCGGCCAGUAAAGCGAGAUGAGCGCCGCAACCCCAGAGUCGGCCACGACUGGACCUAAUGGUCAGGGGUCCCUUUACCUUUACCUUUACGCUUUAAAUUGCUGGAUUGUGGGCCAGCUCACAGUCUAAAGAAAUAAUAGAGGUAGAGAGUGGAGGCUGAGGUAUGAGAAGAUUAUGUAAAGGAACAACAACAACAAAACAGGAGAAAAUCAAGCAGGGUAAAGCCCUGGUGGGUGGGAGGGAGAGGGUGGCAGGAGAAAGCAUUGUUUGGAAAAGAGAACAUGAGGGGUGGUGAUGCUGGUGGCACCCAGAUGUUAUUUAGCACAUCUGGAAGGUGAGGAAUCCUGCUUCUAUCCCCUUUUCAGCAGUCCAGUUGCCAGGCCCAGUUAUUAAGUUGCCAGGGCCCCCUGGAAAUUUCCAUCCCUGGAAAUUGCACCCACAUGCAUGCCCACCCACCCCACUAAAAUAAUUAUUUAGCAGAGGGGUGCUGCCACAUUUGAGAGUUUUCUUGUUUAGCUUGUUCUCUACCGCACGACAAGCAUUUCUUGUCCCUUUAGCAUAACCCAAGUGCGCCUGUGCUUCUCUCGAAAUCUGGAGGACGUGCAAGGCUUCAUUUUGCUCUGAAACCUUCUCCCCGUGUCCCUUUCUCUCCCUGUGCUCUUGCUGGCUUUCGUCCUCAUUUCAUCUAACCCAGUACCGGCCUGGAAUGUUAAUGCAUCUGCAGCCAGAGAUGAUUUAUCAGUUCCCAGAGCUCUGGCUAGGACAACAGGAAGAAAAUAUUGUCUCAAUGAGCUUGCUUGGCACUGUUCAAAUACACGAGUCCGGAAAGACUUUCCAGUGCUUUGGCCUCCACCAGUUUUGCAUUGUGCCUGUUUGAAAGGGAGCUUUUUCAACGGGGUGUUUGUCUCUCGAUUCAGCACUAACCUGCCACCGUUUUUUUAAAUGCAAGAGGUAAAUGGCAGGCUCUGUUCCCAGAACCAUAACCCUCAUCUCGGCCGCACUUGGUGACCUCUCCAACUCAACACAAGCACCUGCUACUGGUUUUGUGCUGAAAGCGUUCCUGGAAACAAACCCUGGUAUUUCAUAUUGCCCAUGUGUUCAGGAAGGGCAAUAAAACCGAAGCAUUUGUUUUUAUGUUGUGCUGCUUAAUGAUGAGCACCUCCCUUCCCCAUCCAGCUUUGCUCAAUUUGGAAUAGGGUUAGGUAGAAGGAUUUUUGGGAAAACAUACAUCCCUAGCAAUAAAAUGGUUUAUUCUUUAUUUCUGAGUCUAUUUUGAAGUGUUGUAUCCAGCUAAGUUGAAAUAAAUGAACCCGUUGAAAUAAAUGAACUGAGUUCUACUUAGAAUGGACCCGUUGAAAUAAAUGAACUGAGUUCUACUUAGAAUUGACCCAUUGAAAUAAUAAUAAUAAUAAUAAUAAUAGUAAUUUUUUAUUUAUACCCCGCCCUACCCGGUUCAAAAACCGGGCUCAGGGCAGCUAACAACAAAUUUAAAACACUUAAUUAUAAAAGCAGCAUAAAAUACAGUACAAAAACAUGAAUAACAAUAAAAUUCAAAAAUCAAAUAUCAAUUUAGGGGAAAUAAGCAUUAGAUAAUCCCCAGGGCUAGUUGGCUGAAUUGGUCCUACUUGGGCCAGCGAGGAGGCAUGGGGAGAAUUGGCUGUGGGGUCUCAGAACUGGUGCUCUUCAUAAAAUAAAUGAACUAAGUUCUACUUAGAAUGGACCUGUUGAAAUAAAUGAAUCUAAGUUGGUCACUUAGUGACUUCAACAUUAUUAUCAAAAUGGUGGCAGGCAGGGAAGCCAUGCAGCUGGGCCUUUGUUCGGCCCUCAGCCUUUUUGCAGCAGCAUCGUGGGCUCAAGGAUCCAUAAGAAAUGUGGUUCCUGCUAGGACAUUUCCGUCAUGGAUUCUUGGGCCCAGAUUCUGCAGCAGCAGUAGUAGUGCUGAGAGCCUAACUGAGCGGCUCUGUCGGUUCUUGGAAGGGAGGAGGAAGUAGUCACGGCAGUAGAGAGAGUUAGAUGGCACCAAGUGAGCCUGGAAUGAACUGGUUUGGACUCAGUAUGUAACAAUUCAGGGAGGGAAAACCAGCAGUUUUACCAUUCUAACUCGCUUGUAUAUCAUGCAUGUCCAACAGGUUGAUCGCGAUCUACUGGUUGAUCGCGGGGUGCCCCUGGUCGAUCAUGGGUUCCUGAUGUUUUGGCCAUAAUAAUAAUAAUUAUUAUUAUUCUUUGGCGAUCACUCGUAGCCGAGUAAGAUUAAGAACUCAGAGGAGGAGAAUAUUCCAAGUGCAACAUUGAAUUCCACUCAAUAAUUAUCAAUAAAAGACAGCUAAAAACAGGUAUUUCAAAACCAUUCCAAGCUAAUUAAAAUAAACAGUAAGCUAUAAGCAAAUUAAGACACAUGUAACUGCCUAACCCAAAAUGUUUUAAGCAGGUGCUGGAAAGAAUCUUCUUCUUAGGCGAUCACUCAUAGCCGAGUAAGAUUGUCUUCCAUGAACACGAUCUUAACAGUGAGUCCGUAAGUGACUGUGGAGGCUAAUUCUGGAUCCACACGUCCUUCCACAGUGGGGACAUAGGUUUCCAGGUGGGAGUUGAUUAUGGUGAGGGUUUGCCAAGCGUGCCUUCCUCUUAGCACGUUUCUCCCUUGCGUCCUGAGUUCAAGCGUCUUGACAGCCCAUGACACCUUUGGUAAAGGCUGUUCUCCAACUGGAGCGCUCGCAGGCAAGUGUUUCCCAGUUGUUGGUGUUUAUGCUACAUUUUUAAAGAUUUGCCUUGAGAGAGUCUUUAAACCUCUUUUGUUGACCACCAGCAUUAUACUUUCCAUUUUUUAAUAAUGAUAAUAAUAAUAAUAAUAAUAAUAAUAAAGCUCAACAACUCUGGGUCACCCUCCCCCCCAAAAAGCUCAACAACUCCAGUUUUUUAAUAGAGUACAUCGCAGUCUCUUGGAAGUUGGACGUGCCUGCUGUAUAUGAAUCUCGCCCUGGAGCGGUAUGAGGAGCAGACUGUGAUGUCGGCUUCACUCAGCGCUAUAUCGCUGGUGAAACUGCCUCCACUCCUGAGUCUCUCUUGUUAGCAGUGUCCGCUGGGGGGAAUCAAGAGUUCCUUCCCGAUCCCCAGCUGAGCAGUGCAAAUAAGCUGCAUUGUCCCAGACUGCGAGUGCCUAGGUAAAACCGCCUUAGUUCUCGAGGUGAGAGCUAGGGCAGUUUCAGCCGGUGCCCCGCAUGCAGAGGCCAAUGCAUCUUGUUUAUCCAGCAUCAUGGUAUAUCGCCAAACUGCGAUGUUUGGCUGGCGUUACACCGCGAUGUCGAAAAGCUGAUCUCGCCCCAGCCCUACUCAUCACAAUCACUAGUGCUGCUUAUAAAUUUCAAUCUGAACUGAUUCAGACUGGAACUGUUGCAAGACAAAAUAUGUUCAUCUUAAAUUGCAGUAGAACUGAGCUAUUGCAAAGUUCUCUGGCUUGAUCAAGCAUUUCAUUUCUUACAUAGAGCCCUGCUUCUCUGCCUCCCCCCACAUGUGUGUGUAAUGAGAUUGCUUAGGAAAUUUCACGAAAAAAACCUCCAAACACCCAGUGAUACUUGAGCUGAAUUUUCAUUGUAAUGAUUUAGUCUAUAAAGCUAACUGAGCCCAUAGAAAUGAGAGUUCCGUAACCUGUCUUAUCCUCUAUGAAGCAGUUAUUGUAGCUGGGCAGUUACAGCUUUGCGUUUGACAUUAUUGCCUUCCGUGUCCUCUUGAGGAUUAUGUUUCUGCCUCUCAUUUAUUAAAUGCCUUACAUGUUGUAGGAAUGAGCAUUCUCCUCCUCUAGGGAGAGGGAUUUAGCUGUCUCUUUUAUUGGGGUCCCCAGGAGGUAAAGUGCAUGAUAAUAACCAUCAGUGGGAGGUGAUAGCAGGAAGACUCAUGUUAGCUUAAGGGGGUAAAAGAACCACACGGGUAGCAGUCAUAUGUUGCUGUCUGCCUGCCUUUGAUCAUUUGACUCAGAGCUGCUUUCUCUUCCGCCCCUUUCUAUCUUUCCUCAGGUAAGGACCAUUUCCUGCCCCCCCCCCCCCCGCUUUUUUAUUUUGGAAGUGUGAUCGAUGGUGUGCAGGCAAGGAAUCUGCUCAAAAGCCACUGAAAUUUUAUAGGCUGGUUUUAUUAUUGUUCUAGAUUCAGGUAGGUAGCCGUGUUGGCCUGACACAGUCAAAAUAUAUUAAAAAAUUGUCCAGUAGCACCUUAGAGACCAGCUAAGUUUGUUCUUGGUAUAAGCUUUCGUGUGCUUCUGCACACGAAAGCUUAUACCAAGAACAAACUUACUUGGUCUCUAAGGUGCUACUGGACACUUUUAUUAUUUUAUUAUUAUUUUGAAAGCAGAAUAGUAUUACAGUGGUACCUCGGUUUAAGAACAGUUCUGUUUACGAAUGAUUCGGUUUACAAACUCCGCAAAACCGGAAGUAGUGUCCUGGUUUGCGAACUUUACCUUGCUCUAAGAACGGAAUCCGAAUAGUGGAAGGACACCGACGGCAGGAGGCCUCAUUAGAGAAAGCGUUCCUUGUUUUAAGAACAGUUUCGGUUUAAGAAUGGACUUCUGGAACGGAUUACGUUCGUAAACCAAGGUACCACUGUCCCCAGUUUAGCAGGUUGCUUAGCUUGCAUGCAUUGCUUACUACUUCAGAUGAACAAAAAAGUAUGAAUCAAGAGAAUUUGUGACUGGUGAAUCAUGUAAGCCCCAGAGCACAGCAGUCUAAGACUGGGUUCUCAGCUUACAACCGUCUAGAAAAGUUGCUAAAGUAUGGAGAUUACAGAGUAAAUUUAGGGAGACCUGAAUUUGGGUCUCACCAACAUUUAUACUUUUGUGUCAGGUUCUCUCUCCUUCAUGCUGGAAAGUGAAGGCAUGCAAUUUUUCUGUUGUGGUAUCAGCAUACUGUUCUGCUUGCUUCCCACCUGCUCAUCCCAGUUCUUCCUAACAGACUGGCACGGGUAUGAACACUCUUACCAUGGUGUUUCAACGUUAGUAAUGGUACUUCUGGGACACGGGUGGCGCUGUGGGUAAAACCUCAGCGUCUAGGACUUGCCGAUCGUAUGGUCGGCGGUUCGAAUCCCCGUGGCGGGGUGAGCUCCCGUCGUUCGGUCCCAGCGCCUGCCCACCUAGCAGUUCGAAAGCACCCUUAAGUGCAAGUAGAUAAAUAGGUACCGCUUUAUAGCGGGAAGGUAAACGGUGUUCCGUGCGCUGCGCUGGUGCCGGCUCGCCAGAGCAGCUUCGUCACGCUGGCCACGUGACCCGGAAGUGUCUCCGGACAGCGCUGGCCCCCGGCCUCUUAAGUGAGAUGGGCGCGCAACCCCAGAGUCGGUCACGACUGGCCCGUACGGGCAGGGGUACCUUUACCUUUAAUGGUACUUAAGCAGUUAUCGGGGGGCGGGAAAAGGAGAGAAUCCAGCACAGGGCUGCCAUUUGUAGUUGAGUAUAGCAUUUGGGCUCAUCCCCAUUAUAUGGCUUUGGCCAUGUCUCUCUUUCUCAGCCUUAGUUUCCUAUAUGUAAAAUGGGCUCUUGCAAAGGCAAAGGCAAAGGCAAUAAAGUCUUGUGGGCAAGAAAUGCUACACAAAUAAUAUGAACAGUAGGUGUAGGCACUUAAAGCAGAAGGAUUUCUAAAAAGUUUCUAUUAGGAACAAAGCCCAGUGGUUUGGUUUUGCUUUCUCAACACUGUGUAAAUCCAUAUCACCAAGUGUGUCAGACUAAAAUCUGAAAGCGUAAACAUGAAGUAGGAACCAACUGCUUUCCCAUUAAUCUUCAAACUUUGGUUAGCAUGACAACAGGUCACAACUCUUCCAUUGCCAUGACAAUUUGCUGUGAGGUGGUUGAAAUGUCAUGCCAUCAAGUUAUUUUUAGUUUAUUUGUUCUUCCCAUGGAGACCAACUUCGACUGAAGUCGUGAAACAACUUCAUUUUAAGCACCGUGAAAGAUAUUGGCAGCAAAGAUCUCCCUGUCAUUGGUGUUCCUCUCUUUCAAGUGAUGGGCAAUACUUUAGCGCUCAUUUUCUCAAUUAUUGGUGAUGUAAUGGCUUUGGGUCCCUGGCCUGAAUGGUGAGAGAAGAUUCUGUAGUGUUAAAUGUGCGUGGCUUGUACCUAAGAGAAAGGGAGAUGAGUCAAAAGCAGGAACCUUCAGAAAGAGGCCGCUCUGAAAUACUUUGUAUGGCUUUCUAUGGUUUUAUUUACUUUUCCCCCAUUUAUGCAUGCACAUUUUGCAUACACAUACUCUUUACAUGUGCCUUUUGUGUGCUGCUGUUAUGGUGGGGACCAAUGCAUCAAAAAGUGGGUACAGAUUUAAAAGAAUUAAGUUAUAUAUAGAUAAGUAGGUACACUCACCUUUCUAAUAGGUUAGAAAGCCAAUUCAAAAAUGUACUAAAAGUUGUUACAGUGGUACCUCGGGUUACAGACACUUCAGGUUACAGACUCCGCUAACCCAGAAAUAGUACCUCGGGUUAAGAACUUUGCUUCAGGAUGAGAACAGAAAUCGCGCGGCGGCAGCAGUGGGAGGCCCCAUUAGCUAAAGUGGUACCUCAGGUUAAGAACAGUUUCAGCUUAAGAACGGACCUCCAGAACGAAUUAAGUUUGUAACCAGAGGUACCCCUGUAUUUGUUCAAAAUAAAAUACAUACAGUGUGCCCCCACAGUCUGAUUGGUGGCAAGCAUUAUGAUAAUGUUGUCUAUUGUCAUCCAGUUUUGCAAAAGCUUCCCUAAAUGCUCACAUUUCAGGUAUUCAACUUGCUAUAUCAGUGUCUUCAAGUGAAAGCAUUUGUUCAGUUUCACAUGCAAAUGUUUAGCAUUUUUUAGAAGAAAAGUCGGACCUGAAACAAAUUGUGUCUGUGUGGGGUGCUCCUGUUCAAAAUGACAGCCACCCCUGACUUUGCACCAGGAUAUUCCAUUCAUUCCAUUUCACCUCCAGUUUCCUCUCUGCUCCCCAUCAAGCCCAAUCAGUAUUCCAUGCUCAGUGAGCAUGCUCACUUUUCAUUGACCUGUUUCCCCUCUCUCCCUGGUGGUUCUUAAGAGUUUUUGUGCUUCUGUAAACCUUAGAAUUCCUCCAAGCUUGCUGAUACAUCCUGCCCCUGUGUGUGUGUGUGGUUUCAUUUUGGCUGCUUAAGUUUUCACCUUCUGAUACUGUCGGAUCAAAGACAAGAAAAAUCCUGUUCCAAAGCAAAGGGAAAGAACUGCGCCUGCAAGAUACAAACAACACAUUGCCGCGUGUAUUCUGUCGCUCUCCAGUAACCAGUGAAAAUAAAAUGGGAUGUUUUACAGACAUCUGAGACACUCAGGGGGAUAAUUCCGUCCGGCAUUUAAUUGAGGAAUUUCAUGCCGCUACAAUGGAAUUUAAUUUAGAUUUACAGCCUUGUUAAACGCGCAGCCUUUCUGUUGCUGAUUUUAUAGUGCCUUGUCAAAAAGGGUUUGUUCCAUGACCAAGUGGGAUUUCGGUUGGUUACUGUAAAAAUGCAGUAGCCGUAAAAUCAGGGCUGCAUUUAACCACUAAGGUACAGAAAGCUCUCUCUUGUCCCAUUCUGUAACCUGCCUGCCACCCUUGGAUGUGUCUAUGGAUUGCAGUGGCUGCCAGCUCUCAGUCUUGCUCACCAUGUUUCUUUAUGAUGAUGAACAUGUGCACAGUGGUACCUCGGGUUAAGAACUUAAUUCGUUCUGGAGGUCCGUUCUUAACCUGAAACCGUUCUUAACCUGAGGUACCACUUUAGCUAAUGGGGCCUCCCGCUGUUCUGUUCUCAUCUUGAAGCAAAGUUCUUAACCCGAGGUACUAUUUCUGGGUUAGCGGAGUCUUUAACCUGAAGCGUCUGUAACCUGAGGUACCACUGUACAGUACAUGUAUGCAAGGGAAGCAUAAAGGAGUAGCCAAGCCAGAGGUAUUGGUGGUGGCUAGGAGUGUUGGGGAAUUGGGUCCUGCUGUGAGCCCCUCGGGCCAAACUGAUGUUCAGUGCACCUUUGCAUUUAACACGCUGUUGUGUUAAGAUACAAAUUAUAAUUAUCAUUACUACUGCAUGGGUGCUGGGGAAAUUUAACUCCAUCCCCCAAGCAGUUGCUAUUUGCAUUUUUUAAAGUCCACACUGAAUGGAUAUACACAUUUAACAUCAUAUCUAGUUUGGACUCAAGUUUGGUUUUCAAUGGGUGCAAAUUCCUUUUCGUUACUUGCAAAUUGCAAUAGAAGUAACAAGUAUACAGUCAUACCUCGGGUUACAGCUGCUUCAGGUUGCGUUUUUUUGGGUUGCAGACUGCCGAAACCUGGAAGUACCGGAACAGGUUACUUCUAGGUUUCGGCAGUUGCACAUGCGCAGAAGCACUAAAUCGCGCUUUGCGCAGGCGCGGGUUGUGAACGUGCAUCCCGCACGGAUCACGUUCGCAAGCCGAGCGUCCACUGUAUUUGUACUUAAACUUGCCUUUGUGUUCUAUUUUCUUCAUUCACCAGACAGGGAGUUGACUUUUCUGGAGCCCCCCACCCCAGAACAGUUUAAAUUUGACAAUGAAAACUUAUUUCAAAGAACAGCUUCUGUUUCACAAGAUUAUUGUCUGGAUGGGAUCCAGAAAGACGUGGCAUUUGCUGAUCUCUGCACCUUUUUAUUGUAGCCAAAAAGCAGCACUUGGCUGACACUGCCAGAGCAUCUCUUUCCAGCAGAGCCAGCCAGACCUCUUAAUCUAUACAGGAGCCCUUGGGGAAGGUAAAAAUUUUAUGCACCCCAGGGAAGUAGCAUGCAGUCUUAAAGGUGGAUUGCCAGGACUCCUGGGUUUAAUGCCGUAACAUGCACUCCUUAUCUGGAUAUUGAAACCUGAAUGGCUGCAUGAUAAUUUGUGGUUCAGGCCUCUUUUGUCCCUUCAGUGGUCGCACUACUGAUUUAGCAGUGACUUUCCCCACUUCCAUCCCUCUGAAUAAUCAACCUGCAAAAUGAAAAUACGACUGCUUGAAGAUGGUUGGGUCUUCUAUGAAACACCAUAUAUUUUUUCUAAGCUUGUGCACUGUUAUCAAGCAAUUCCUGAGCAUUAUCUUUAAAAAUAUGCAUUUAUUGACCUCUGGCGACAACCUGCCUCUCGUGGAAAGAGAUGUUUUGUGGAAGUGGAGGGGAACCCAGUCUGAGACCCUGGAAAUAAUUGAUUUUGUCUGUUGAGCCACUCUUCUGAUCUUGUAGUAGUUCAUUGUUCGUGUUUGCUUAUAUGCGACAUGACAAAUAAAGUGCUAUAAAAGUUAACGAAUUCUGAACAGCCUCAUAAGCAAAUAUAUGUAUAAUUGCUUCAGUUAAAAAAGAAAAUGAGAAAGUGGCACUUGAAUCCCUUGCUUGUAGGAGAGGAGGCAGUCUGAUCUGUGAGGUGUUUGUGUUGCAGUGCAUGCUCUGGUUAUCUCCCGCUUGGACUACUGCCAUGCGCUCUAUGUGGGGCUACCUUUGAAGGUGACUCGGAAACUACAACUAAUCCAGAAUGCAGCAGCUAGACUGGUGACUGGGAGCGGCCACCGAGACCACAUAACACCAAUCUUGAAAGACCUACAUUAGCUCCCAGUAUGUUUCCAAGCACAAUUCAAAGUGUUGGUGCUGACCUUCAAAGCCCUAAAUGGCCUCAGUCCAGUAUACCUGAAGGAGCGUCUCCACCCCCAUCAUUCAGCCCGGACAUGGAGGUCCAGUUCCGAGGGCCUUCUGGCAGUUUCCUCGCUGCAAGAAGUGAGGUUGCAGGGAACCAGGCAGAGGGCCUUCUCGGUAGUGGCACCCGCCCUGUGGAACGCCCUCCCACCAGAUGUCAAGGAAAUAAACAACUAUCUGACGUUUAGAAGACAUCUGAAGGCAGUCCUGUUUAGGGAAGUUUUUAAAGACUGAUGUUUUAAUGCAUUUUUAUUCUUUUGUCGGAAGCCGCCCAGAGUAGCUGGGGAAACCCAGCCAGAUGGGUGGAGUAUAAAUAAUAAUAAUAGUAAUUAAUGGAAUAAUGCCAGCCUCUAUGCUUCAUUCCUUGUAGGGAGCUGUGGCUACUUGGAUGGUGAGAGAUAUGGGCGGCUGCUGGAGAAUUAUUAGGAGUAGCCUGGCAUGCCAAUACAGCCCCCCUCCACUCUUCCAAAUUAACUGUUAAAUAAAUCUUGUUCAUUCCAAGAGCUGCUUUUGUGACAUCAGUCUCUUCAAACGAACACUCAGUUAAUUAAUAUUGAAGUCCAUUUGAAAAACUAGGGGGGGAAACUGUUCAUGUAAAUGGGUGCUUUGGUCAGCUGCGUGCUUGAUAGCUCUGCAGAAGACACAGGCAUCCGCAGAUCUGGCUGCCAAUUUAAUACUGAAUUAUUAUUUUUUUAAGCAUUCCUUCUUUGCUACUGAAAUUUCAGGACGAGCUUCUUGCAGCUGUAAACGUUUCCACGUGACAGCCGGUUAGAGCUGAGAUAUUUCUCCCGUAGGCCAGUGUGCACAUCUGUGCUGGCAAAUGACAUUAGCUGACCCCCUCUGGUGUUAGUUAGCAUGGUGUGUAGCUUCGGCAGCGCAGCAUUCACACUAUAAUGCUGCAAGGAUUCUGGAAAGCACGUGACUUGACAUCUUCAUCAGCUUCUUUGCCCAGUGGGCAUGCUUUUUGUGGGACGUCUUUCUCGACGCUGUCCGGGUGUGUGACACUGACAAGCCAGUUUUAAAAUCAUUAUCCUGAUUUUAGUUUGCUAGGCAUCAGGGUGGGUUUGAUUUAAAUCAAUUUGAUUUAAAUCACGAUUUAAAUCACUCGUCAGUAAGACUUGAUAAAAGACCUCUCUUUUAAAUCAGAACCAGUGAAGGCGGUGAAGGUCCUGUGCGAGUGCCUGGAGGCUGUUGGAGGAUGCAUGGCGGCUAACAGAUUGAGGUUGAAUCCUGACAAGAUUUUUGUUUUUGUUUUUGGGGGACAGGAGGUGGGCGGGUGUGGAGGACUCCCUGGUCCUGAAUAGGGUAACUGUGCCCCCGAAGGACCAGGUGCGCAGCCUGGGAGUCAUUUUGGACUCACUGCUGUCCAUGGAGGCGCAGGUUAAAUCUGUGUCCAGGGCAGCUGUCUACCAGCUCCAUCUGGUACGCAGGAUGAGACCCUCCCUGCCCGCAAACUGUCUUGCCAGAGUGGUGCAUGCUCUGGCUGUCUCUCGCUUGGACUACUGCAAUGCGCUCUACGUGGGGCUACCUUUAAAGGUGACCCGGAAACUCCAACUAAUCCAGAAUGCAGCAGCCAGACUGGUGACUGGGAGUGUCCGCCGAGACCACAUAACACCGGUCCUGAGAGAUCUGCAUUGGCUCCCAGUACGUUUCCGAGCACAAUUCAAAGUGUUGGUGCUGACCUUUAAAGCCCUAAACAGCCUUGGUCCAGUAUACUUGAAGGAGCGUCUCCACUCCCAUCUUUCAGCCCAGCCCAGUGCCGAGGGCCUUUUGGCAGUUCCCUCAUUGUGAGACGUGAGAUUACAGGGAACCAGGCAGAGGGCCUUCUCAGUAGUGGCGCCCGCCCUGUGGAACCCUUUCAGAUGUGAAGGAAAUAAGCAGCUAUCUUCUCUUUAGAAGACAUCUGAAGGCAGCCCUGUUUAGGGAAGUUUUUAAUAUUUAAUGCUGUAUUGUUUUUAACACUUGAUUGGAAGCCGUCCAGAGUGGCUAGGGAAACUCAGCCAGAUAGGCGGGGUAUAAAUAAUAAAUUAUUAUUAUUAUUAUUAUUAUAAAUCACUUUUUUACAGACUCAUUCUUGCUGGUAUAAUCUUAAUAUUUACAAUUGGGAAGAAGGGCAUGGAUCCAUUGAACUCUUAUUAGUUGACUGGCAAGGACUUCAAGGUCUCGCCAAGGACUUACAAAUCCCAGUUACUAUUUCCACCACACACGCAUACACCCUUUGGAUUUGCUUCUACAUUCAGGUUCCUAUUCUGUACAGUUAAGUGUUAGUGCAGUUGUUGGAACCCAGUGGGAUUGGGAAGAGGUUGCCAGCCCUGAAAUGCCUUCAGCACUUGCCUCAAGUCUGAUUUGCACGGACAUGCAACUGACUUGCACAAUCAUUACACAAAGAUCCCAAGACUUGUGGAGUAUUCUGCUCACAAGGUUGCACUUUCAUUUUUUAAAAUAUAUAUAUAAUUUUUAUUAGUUUUUUUAACAUAUCAUUUUCAACAGUAACUAAACAUACUUUUACAUCUUAUUCAAUUUUUUUGACUUCCAUCAAUCCUGUCUGAAAAUUUUCCAGUCUAAUCUCUCAGUAUUCAUUUCUUAUCUUCCCUAUUACAUUUCAAACUCAUGACCAAUAUCUCUAUCUUUUUCUCCUUUGUAACACGUUGUAUAUUUCUUCUUACAAAACCUCUUGUAGUCCUACCAGCGUAAUUUGUUGAUUGCAGUUGCUCUUCAAAUAAUUCAUAUACUUCUUCCAAUCUUCUGUGAAUCUCUGGUCCCGCAGGUUUCGAAUCCUUCCUGUCAUUUUGUCCAAUUCUGCAUAGUCCCUUAAUUGGUUGCACUUUCAUUUUUACUGCUGCACACUCAGCUACUUCUGCAGAUCUAUUCCACCCCAAACAAUCUAUUCAUUGAACCUCUUGGAACUUAGCAUUUAAGAGGUAAGGGGUUGUUUCUGUGUGUAUAAAUUUGCAAAGGAACAAUGGGAUUAAGGUUUUUUCCUCAACUCUGUAUGUUCAUUUUGUAACAUUUUUCCUGUGAAGAAAAGGCAUGUUAUCUCUGCAGACACAAAUUCACACUUUUGAGAACUGCAAAAACAAGCAUCUGUGAUAAUAUCUUCUCGUUAGAAAAACUGCCCCAAAUAACCUUACAGAAACCUCUGGAAGAGCAUGACAUUGUGAAUGGAUUAAUGGAAUUCAUUUACCAAAAAAUUUAAACAUUGCAUAUAAAGCCUCAUGCUACAUAAUUAAAAACAAAUCCUUUCCCCCCCAUGAAUAGCCUUUGGACUAUAAUGUAACUUAAAUAGAAAACUAUCUUUAGAAAGAUUUUUCCUCUGAAAGCAUUUUAUUUUUUUAAAAAAAUCCAAUUUAAAUUUAAAAAAUCUAAUUUAAAUUUUUAAAAAUCUGAUUUUUUAAUAUAAAAAAACCCAUUAAAAAAACCAUUUUCCACCUUGCCAGGCAUGGAGCUGUAUGAUCCUGGGAAGGGGACACACACUCAUGGUUGUGGAGCUGUUUCCUGAUAGGCAUCUCUUUGUCUUUUCAGCUUAUUUUGUUUGGCCCUUUCACCAGCUGCUUCCGAUGACUCCUUGGUUUCUGCAACUGGGAAGUCAUCCUGUCAGGUUAAGGGGAUGGGGCAGCCCCUUACAAAAUUGUGUGUGGUUUCUUCUCUCGCACAAAGCUGGAGGGCAACCAAGAUUCUAAAGGACCUGGAAACUAAGCCUUAUGAGGUUGUUGGAUGUAUUUAACAUUUAACACAGAGAAGCGAAGACUAAGAGGUGAUAUGAUAGUCAUCUUCAAAUAUCUGAAGGGUUGUCACAUGUAAGAUGGGUGUUGGGAGCACCCUACUCUUGUGUAGGAGCCUGGUAGAGACACAUGCCCGACUGGCAUGUUCUCUCCCUCCUGGUCAGUCGUUCGGGAGCUUCAAAAGCUUUCUCCAACCCGAACAUCACAGCGACUAAUACCAAAAGGUAUUAGCAUACUUAGGGACCUGCAGAGUAUUGGCAGUUUGCGUAACAGAACUCAGUAGCACAGCAUUUUGGCUAAUCUACUUUAUUUACAUAUAAUACACUCAGAGCAUUCUGCCUUAGCUCCUGCCUCUUUCUCAUUAGACAGAAAAGAGAGAAAACAAAGGACAAUAGUCCCACUUCAUGGAACACAGUGACACAAACAUCCUGUCUCUGUCACUUCCCACACUGUGGAAUGAAAACAUACACCGUCAUGUGAUAGACUACAAUCCCAUGACUGCAGACACGGGGAAUGAAUCUCCAACUUUUGAAGCUGGAGGAUGUUCUUUCAUUGGAGGUAUUUAAACAGAAGUUGGAUGGCCACCUGUUAGGGAUUCUUUGGUUGGGAUUCCAAUUUGGACUAGAUGGCCCUUCCAGCUCUACAGAAGGUUGGGAAAGGCUGCGUGAGUAUCUCUUGUAAUGCUGAGGGAUGAGGCUUUCACUGAUGGAGCCAGGGUUUUUAAGGAAGCAGUUCUGCUCUUUCCUUGCCACUGGGCUAACAUGAACAACCCAGCAACAACUGCUCACCACACCAAGUUUACUGGGCCUCAGAAAUAACAGAUUAUCCAGAGUCACCUGAAACACCUUCUACGAACUGGGAUUUAAACACAGACCCGCUAAAAUCACAAUCCAGGAAAUUAAAUUAGGCUGUAUUUAUACCAUACAUUUGAAGCAGAUUCUCCCCUUCUCAGUAGUCUGGGAACUGUACUUCACACACAUAGCUACAGUUCCCAGCACCCUUAAUAAAUUACAGUUCCCAGAAUUCUUUGGGGAUGGAUGGGAAUGUGCUUUGAAUGUAGGGUGUGAGCACGGCUUUAGGUGUGCGAAUUUCUUUGGUUUCCUUUUUCCAACCUGCCUGUUGAGAAAGGGUUUGCCAUUGUAAGAAUCAGGAUUGGGGCGAUCAAAGGAAUUCCUUCAGGUGAACUGGUGCCGGUGGUGCGAAAUCGUGUCCUCUUGACGAUGCAACCAGAUAUUUUAAUGACAAGGGGACAUGCAUGCGGAGAUCAGUGACUUGAGGUCCUCUUAGAUAAUAAGACAGGCUGAAUUAAUGGUGGCAGGAGGGCAGACUUUCUAAAGAUGAGGUUUCUAAAGAUGAGGUGCCUUCCUUUUGCUUUCAAAGAUUGUGCUUUAUCUCUCCACAACAGUCAAGAGCAGAUUGCAUGAGGUUUUUUUUAAUGUCUUGCUUGUAAUCUCUCAACGUACAUCAAAAUGGCUUUUCGCCCUCCUGAGUGUUCAGCUUUUGCAUUCAUAUAUUAAAGGCUAGAAACACAAUAUGCUUUCUCCCUCCGCCUCCCCAGCCCGGCUUUGAUCUAUAACCUUGAAAAUGUAGAUUGCUUCCAUUGAUUUUUCUUUGUUUUGUUUUGUAUUUUGUUGUGUGUUAUCUGUCAGUGGAGUAUACGGUGGCCACGAUCUAAAAUUUGCUUUUGAAGCUUUAACAGUGUUAUGUGAGCAUACAGUGUUUUGAGCAGCGAGCAGCGGAGUCAGAAUGAAUUAAGGUAAUUUUGUGCUAAGGCUGUGUUCCCCGCUAUGGAAGAAGCAAUACAAUCUGUGCCUGAAGGAGAGUUAAUAUUUUUUACAUUCCGGCAGAGUGAUGCAGUAAUGAGCUGGUGAAUGAGCAGAGUGAAAGUCAUGGAGUCAAAUGAAGACAGUUACAGGCUCAUGCUUCCAAUGGCUGGUGCAGAAAGGAUAUAGGAGAUAACCAACACCACUCUUCUGUACGUGUAUAUUAUGUAUAAGAUGUGAUAUCUGACCCAGAAAUCACAUCUUUGUAUGGCCUGUUGAUUAAACCAUUUGGCAUAAUAUUUUAGCUUCUUGUGAAAAUCUAGUUGAUUGUGUUAUGGCAGAAUGGGAAAUGGCUGCAUAAUCUCUUUUGUGUAUAUAAUUCUCUCUUUCCCUCUUCCUCAUUAGUGUGUGUGUGUGUGUUUGUGUGUACACAAAGAAGCAUAUAUUACAUGAAGAGGAAGUUCUUGGAAAUGAGGCGAAUUCAUUACCUCUCCAUCAUAUUGCUAGAUUUGAAGAGGGAAAUUUCCAUGCCUAGCAACAUGUGACCUGCAAACAGGCAGCCUAACAGCAACUCUGAUUAGCGCAGGCUCGUGUGGCUGACUUGCCAUUUGUGGAGUUAUUCCAUUUAACAAUAUUCAUAUGCCACUUGAUUGUAAUUAAACCUCAAAGUGGUUUACAGAAAAUAAGGCAUUAAGGGCUGGAUUCAACUAUAUAGCUGCACUAGUGGGAGCCUUCAUGGUGAGUCCUGCUAGUGCAGUAGGCCUUUCCUUGCUCUUCCCUGCCCCCCGCCAAGUGGCUAUGGAAGGGGCAAGAGAGCUUAGAGGAGGAGAAUCUUCUAAGUGCAACACUGAAUUCCAUCCAAUAAUUAUCAAUAAAUAACAGGUAUUUAAAAAAAAUCAUUCCAGGCUAAUUAAAAUAAACAGUAACCUAUAAAAAAAUUAAGGAACUUGUAACUUCUAUGGAUAGCUUUGCCUAGCCCAAAAUGUUUUAAUCAGGUGCUGGAAAGAGUCUUCUUCUUCUUAGGCGAUCACUCAUAGCCAAGUAAGAUUGUCUUCCAUAAAUACAAUCUUAACAGUGAGUCCAUAAGUGACUGUGGAGGCUAAUUCUGAAUCCACACGUCCUUCCACAGUGGGGACAUAUGUUUCUGGGUGGGAGUUGAUCAUGGUGAGGGUUUGCCAAGCGUGCCUUCCUCUUAGCACAUUUCUCCCUUGUGACCAGAGUUUGAGCGUCUUCAAAGCCCAUGACACCUUUGGUAAAGGCUGUUCUCCACUUGGAGUGUUUGCAGGCCAGUGUUUCCCAGUUGUCGGUGUUUAUACUACAUUUUUUAGAUUUGCCCUGAGAAAGUCUUUAAACCGUUUUUGUUGACCACCAGCAUUACGCUUUCCAUUUUUAAGUUGGGAAUAUAGCAGUUGCUUUGGAAGACGAACCAGGCAUCCGCACAGUAUGACCAGUCCAGCAACAUUGAUGUUGAUGAAUUCUAUUGCUUUGACACUGGUGAUCUUUGCUUCUUCCAGUAACCUGGCAUUAGUUCACCUGUCUUCCCAAGUGAUGUGUAAAUUUUCUUGGAGACACUGUUGAUGGAAUCUUUCAGGGAGUUGGAGACGGCAUUUAUAAGUGCUCCAUGUACAAGCAUACAGUGAGGUUGGUAGUACAAUAGCUUUGUAAACAGGCAUUUUGGUUUCCCUGCGAAUGUCCCUGUCCUCAAACACUCUUCACUUCAAUCGGGAAAAAGCAAAGGCGCCUGCCUGAUGUCUUCUAUCUGAAAUCAUUUUAACUAGAUUCAGGGCAUGCACACCAUAUGCAGCUGUUACGUUCCAUGGAUGGCACGUAUACGCAAAAGUGCAUAUACUCAAACCACCGCCUUGGAACUGUCCCUAUGUCCACCAUCUUGCCUUACCAGAUAGCUUGUAGGCUCUCUGCCUUGCUUAAAGGUAAAGGUAAAGGGACCCCUGACCAUUAGGUCCAGUCAUGGCCAACUCUGGGGUUGCGGCGCUUAUCUUGCUUUAUUGGCCAAGGGAGCCGGUGUACAGCUUCCGGGUCAUGUGGCCAGCAUGACUAAGCCGCUUCUGGUGAACCAGAGCAGCGCACGGAAACGCCAUUUACCUUCCCGCCGAAGCGGUACCUAUUUAUCUACUUGCACUUUGACAUGCUUUCAAACUGCUAGGUUAGCAGGAACUGGGACCAAGCAACGGGAGCUCACCCCGUCGCUGAGAUUCGAACCACCAACCUUCUGAUCGGCAAGCCAUAGGUUCAGUGGUUUAGACCACAGCGCCACCCACAUCCUUGCUUACUGAUAUCCAAAUUGAAUACUUGGAGGGAAUGUUCCUCCUGCUAUAUGUUUGAGGGUAGGAUGAAGCAAAAAGUUAAUUUAAAAUAGUAAGAAUUUUUCUUGUUUGUACAGAACAUUACUUCCACGUACCUCUGUGAAAGGCAGGCAGACAUGUUGCAGUUAGCAAUCCGAAUAACACUAUAAAAAUGUGAAGUAUGUUGCAGAAACGUAAAUCACUGGAACCUGCAUUCUCCUCUCGUCUUUUUGGAACACACUCAGAAUAAUUUGUAGCUACUGGGAGUUUGUGAUAUUGGCACAGCUCAGCAGAAGGCUUCUGCUAAAUUUUUCCUGGUGUUCCAAACUAUCAUGAGCAGUAAAUUUACUCUUUUGAAAAAAAUGAAUACCCUUUCCUGCCAAGGAAUAACACUUCUUAAAGGUUAAGCCUAUCUCCAAAGUUAUUUAAUCUGCUUUGAUUUAUUCUAGGGCUCCAGAACGCCACACCCUUUCCAUCUCGCAAAAUCUGUACUUCAAAAUUUUCCAAACAAGAAAAGAACAGGAUUAAAAAAUUGCAAAAUCUUCAUAAUGAAAAUAACUGGGUAUAGCAUGAGCUGUAAAAAUCCUGCCCUUCUGAGGGGAUGCCCCGGAAGCUAUAUGGGAGAACAGUCAGCAUUUCACUAUUAAUCUCUUUAACAUUGUCUGUGCCAAAAAUACUCCUUCAUGGCUCCUGAGGUACGUGACAGCUAUCACCCAGUGACUAUUAUCCCCUUUAUGGGCAACAUGCUGGAGAGAGUGAUGGCAGUUCAGCUGUAGACACUUCUGAAAGAAAUCAAUUAUCUGAACCCAGUCCCAUCUCUCUUUUUGGUGAAAGUUCAGCGUUCAGACUGCUGUAUCCUGCUGGUUCUUCCCCUCCACCCCUUCCCUCUUUUUGCACAAGGACUGUGAAUGUCACAGCACUAAGUCGGGCAAACACUAUUUAUGACUAUUUAUUACUUACACGAUGCACUAUUCUCCCCUCCUGCAACCCCCUGGCAUCUCAACUGUGUUUGAGUGUUAAAUACAAUCUGUGUUGCUUCACUGAACGCUGUGCAAGAUCCUUAUAGCAUCUACACCUGUCCACUUAACAAUAAAACUAUCUUCUAUUUUUAAACCUCGGCAGCACAACUCCAUCUCUUUCAUUACUUGAAAGUCCAGUCAAAACUCCAGGCUCCGCUCAGAACUAAAAAUAGGUUUAUACAGCUAGACCACUGUGGGUCUCCAAUCCUUGUUUUGAAGCUCACAUGGUUGAAAAUGCCUGCUGUUGUCAUGGCCCCGGGACUGAGGUACCGGGCAGCAGUUGAGAAGUAGCGUCAGACUUGCUCCCCAAUCCUUCCCACACAGGACCCUCUGCUUUCGAUCCUGUGCCCCAUCUGCUUAGGAAAUACCACAGCACUCACAGCACUCUGAAGGGUGGAACUUUGACUUUUCCAGAAAGCUAGAAUGCCUUUGGGGGUAGUGUUUUUCAACCAGGUCCCCACUAACCACAACCUUCACCCACAAGAAGGAGCCAGUAACUGGAAAAGAAGAUGCAGGUCCUUCAAGAUGGCUGGUUGUAGCACUAAGCGUGGGUUGAAUCUCCAGAAAUACCUUUGUUGUUGUUUAGUUGUUUAGUCGUGUCCGACCUCCGCUUCAGGAUCUGUUCUUCCAGUGAGCACUCAGGGCUGAUUUCCUUCAGAAUUGAUAGGUCUGAUCUUCUUGCAGUCCAUGGGACUCUGAAGAGUCUCCUCCAGCACCAGCACCAGAAGUACCUUAGGGAAGCUUUUAAUGUUUAACAGACCACUGUAUUUUAAUACUUUGUUGGAAGCUGCUCAGAGUGGCUGGGGAAACCCAGCCAGAUGGGGGGGUAUAAAUAAAUCAUUGUUAUUAUUAUUAUUACUAUUACUAUAGCUACAGGGUUGCUGUCAGUGGCCUUGAACUGGUGCAAAUAAUAUCUGGGGCAGCAUCUGCAGUGCUGCAGUGGAGACAGGUUGUGUAUCCCCAGUAGUGACCAGAGGAGGAAUGACCACUGGGGGGAGUGCAGACAGAAGAAACCCCACGGUGCACCUGUAGCAGCGAAACUGGACACCUUCAUCUCCCUCACCUGCAAUAAAACAUGUCUCUCCCGUAUCAGUCUCUACAGCCACAGCAGGCGCUGUGACAAUUCCAAAGGUUUGACAUAACCUCAGAAGGUGCACUCCUCCAUUGAGACACGGAUGCCAACAAUUUGCAGUGCUGUCCAGGGUCCUGAACCUGCCUUGCUCCAGAUCAGUUCUAGCUAUAUCCACCUUGCCUUGCAUCUUCUGGGAACCACCACCAUCCUGGAACAACAGAAUCUCUGAUGGAUCAGGACACCAACCACAUACUAAGACAUUUCUUUUCCAUGAAGUAUCUAGAUAUGUAGUUGGUUUGCUUUGGUAUCCCCUGAUUGUUUAAAAGAUGAAUAGUCUUUCCCAGCAUGGGGUUUUUUAAAGUAUAGCAGCUGUAUUUUGCAGGUGAUCUAAAAACAAUAAAAUGAUACAAAUAGUGAUCUGACUACCCAUGCCAGAAAGACAACCACAUGUAUUGGUCGUGUGUUUCACCAAGACUGACUCCGGCUAAUUUAUUCCGCUUCUCUUUAAACCCUCAUUUUACACAUUUUAGCAACUGACAGCACAAUCUUAACCAUGUCUACUCAGAUGCAAGUCCUAUUGAAUUUAAUGCAGCUUACUCUCAGGUAAGAAUUGCAGCCUAGGCCCUUCAAACUUUGGUUCUGCACACUAAGACAGAAAGGUUUUGUCCCCCCAAAAAUUCAGCCCUCCUUUCACCAUCUCAGGCAUGGCUUUAGUCUCUGGCUAGUCUAGCUAGCUGGAUUAGAUACCUUUAAAGAGUUUGUCCAACUCUCGGAUUCUUGCAUAUCCCAAUGUGAAAUUCAACUGUUGCCUGGUACCUAUGCCAAUAUAAACAAUCUUUCCAGACAUCUACUCCCUCCAUCUAGAGAUUCAGCAAAUACGGUUCAUGUUCAUAGCCUGAUUUAUGGGCAGUGCAAUCCCCAGGAGUUGAUUGGAGCUACUUGCCGCAGUAAAUUAGAUGUUGAGCCCUUCAGGGCAAGGUCUUGGCCUCUCAUGCUUUUGUAGAGUGCCCAGCGCACUUUGCUGAUCUGGAAAAUGGCUAUUAAUUAAGCAUGCAUAACACUGCAGCAACAAGGACUGCUCAACCAUUUCUUUGUGGGUCAAGGACUUACUUCUCUUGGUUGGAAGUAGGUGUGCAUGCAAAUAUAAUCUUCCCCACCUCUUUCACUUCUUCUUAAAGACUUUUUGGAGUAAUAGGAGUUGGAGAUUUCUGCUAUUUCAGACUUUAAAUUAUGACAGCCUGGUGGAAAAGUCAAAGUUGGCUUUAGCAUGAGGAAUUUUUUGGACACCCUCUAGGGACGCAGAACUGACAUUAGCUCCUUUCCCUGAGGUUUAUAGAGGAGAACUUCCCAGUGUGUUGCAUUCCUUAUUAAUUAGUGGAAGAAGAUGUGCCAUUUGAAUGUUCUAUCUCUGACCCCACCGUCCUUGUGCUAAUCUUACAGAUGUGCUUGAAUUUACAAGGGCUUGCAUAGAACUUGCCAGUGGAUUGUACCCAUAGGCCAGAGCUGUUAGUCUUCUACUCUGCCCCUCUUGGCAACCUCUGAGAUUCAGCUCUGGAGGCAGCCACUUAGUUCACCUCAUGCUGAGACUAUCUUCCGGUAAAGGGUUAAGUACAGGUUCUGGUUUGUACUUUGGGAGAAAUUAUAUGCUAUGACAGGGGUAGGCAACCUAAGGCCCAGGAGCUGGAUGCGGCCCAAUUGCCUUCUAAAUCCAACCCGUGGACGGUCUGGGAAUCAGCAUGUUUUUGACAUGAGUAGAAUAUGUGCUUUUAUUUAAAAAGCAUCUCUGGGUUAUUUGUGGGGCAUAGGAAUUCGUUCAUUCCCGCCCCCCCCCCAAAUAUAGUCUGGCCCACCACAUGGUCUGAGGAACGGUGGACCAGCCCAUUGCUGAAAAAGGUUGCUGACCCCUGUGCUAUACAGUACUUGACCUGCCUUGCACCUGAUAUUUCAUCAGUAUUGAAGUUGUGUCAUGUUUUCCCAGUGUUUAGAUAAGAUGCUGGCAAAUCAGUUGUGAAUCUUGGGCUGCUGUGGUUCAUUUGUAUGGGAGCUAUUUUUAUCAUAUACAGUGGUACCUUGGGUUACAGACACUUCAGGUUACAGACUCCGCUAACCCAGAAGUAGUACCUCGGGUUAAGAACUUUGCUUCAGGAUGAGAACAGAAAUCGUGCUCUGGCGGCGUGGCGGCAGUGGGAGGCCCCAUUAGCUAAAGUGGUGCUUCAGGUUAAGAACAGUUUCAGGUUAAGAAUGGACAUCCAGAACAAAUUAAGUUCUUAACCCGAGGUACCACUGUAAUGGUAGAGUUGGUAGACGCCAGGGGUCAUUUAGUCAAAAUCCCUGCAAUGCAGGAAUCACAGCUAAAGAAUCCCUGACAGAUGGCCAUCCAACCUCUGUUAAAAAACUUCCAAUGAAGGAGAGUCCAUCAUCUUCCAAGGGAAUUGUUCCACUGUGGAACAGCUCUUAACGUCAGAAAGUUCUUCCUGAUGUUCAUUCAGCAGCUCCUUUCUUGCCAUUUGAAUCCUUUGGUUCGGGUCCUGCCCUCUGAAGCAGCAGAAAACCAGCUUGUGCCAUCGUCCAUUUCGCAGCCCUGGGUAUGGUCUUGCUGAAGGUAUGCACUUUAGAGAGCCAGUGUGGUGUAGUGGUUAAGAGCGGUAGUCUCGUAAUCUGGGGAACCGGGUUCGCGUCUCCGCUCCUCCACAUGCAGCUGCUGGGUGACCUUGGGCCAGUCACACUUCUUCGAAGUCUCUCAGCCCCACUCACCUCACAGAGUGUUUGUUGUGGGGAAGGAAGGGAAAGGAGAUUGUUAGCCGCUUUGAGACUCCUGAAGGGGAGUGAAAGGCGGGAUAUCAAAUCCAAACUGCUGCUGCUGCUGCUGCUGCUGCUACUACUACUACUACUACUACUCUUCUUCUUCUUCUUCUUCUUCUUCUUCUUCUUCUUCUUCUUCUUCUUCUUCCUCUUUAAAAUCAGAAUCAGGUUGAUUUCCGUGGUGCAGAUCGGAUGUGGUUAAUUUUUUGUCAUUGGAAUCAAUGGGACAAAUGCUUAACUUUGACUGGAUCACGUCACGUAUAUUGUUCUUCAAGAUGUGACUUGCUCUUCUUGCAAUGCUGGGACACAGCUGCAGAAUUCACCUUCAUAAGAAAACCAGUAACAAAGCCUGUCUUGGUUUGUGUGUGUUAGAAUGUUAUUUAACUAUCCAAGCUCCACUUGCACUCUUAUUUUUUCUUCUUUAAGUACUCUUCCUCCUCCAUGCCUCACUGGUCUUUAAGGAAAGAAUAUGUCUGUAGUGCUCAAGCUUUCUAACAAAGCAAUUUCGCUCUUAAAUAGAGACGUUAGGUUUCUCAGACCAUCCUAAUAGGCUGGAUAAGAGGUUUCAUACCGCCUUGCUUAGACGGAUAAAAUAAGGCUUAACCAAAUCAGCAUUGAGCAAACAAUAUAUGCUUCCUUCAUCAACAUAAUGGAUCCUUCAAAUGUGUGCAUGCCUUAGAAGCAGAGGCCCUUUCCUUCUUAGCAGUGUAUUUACUUUGCUUCCCAACAGCUUUCAGGAUAAGCCCUGGAUUUGCUGUGUUUCUUUUCCACACUCGCUUUGUAACUGCAUGCCCAAGACAAAGCCACAUCCCCGGCCAGUGAUUUUAUCCUGUUUUUAAAAGCAGAGAUGGCUUUCGUUUCACUGAAUGUCACCACCUGCUUGUACAAACUGUAAGUGUUAGGGGGAAAUGAUUUGAAAGCUACCACUCCAUGUAUGCCUCAAAUCCAGGCCACUAAGACGAGAGACCAGCCAAGGAUGGAGAAAAGUCUUGAACCUAUAGUAGCAAAAUUUCUAAUUAAUUCUGAGUGGAGAGCUCUGAAUCUUCCAUGAACAAAGCUUUUUAAAAAAAUCUGGAAUCCUGGUGAGGCAGGAUUUUCCUUUUCAGAAGUUGGGCUGAUUAAUCCUUGGCACGCCUUGUUCGUUUGUAUACUUCAUAAUUAUUACAAUGCUUAUCCUGAGAUAAGACAGUUGGGCUAACAGACCUAGAAUUCCCUGGUUCAUGUUAGAUGGGUCUUUGAAAGUGGCUGAUAAAUUGGUUACCUUUCAAUCCUCUAUCAAGGAACCAGCUUGAGUGACAACAUGCUUAUUCCACAUUACUGCUACUUUUUGUUUGAAACAUCAGCUGUAUUUUAUUGUUGAUAUGACACCUUGCAGCAUGGGACCUUUUCAGUUUCCUAUUUAAAUUUCCAUGCAAAUGACUCAUCAGGCUGGGCCAUGUCAAUUUGGGCACUUUUGAAUUUUACAGUUCAUAGAAAACUUCAUGCUCAUGUGUUCCUACAUGAAAGAGUAGGCUGUGCACCUUUGCAAGAUUGACAACAUUAGCAUUAUUUGGUGCUUAUUUUCAUUAAAUGCCUUUCUAUAGAACAGUCCUUUAUAGAAGAUUACUUGGCUUUUAUAGAGAGUAUUGUACAGGAAUUUAGGAGUCUUCUGCUUUCAUUACUUUUUUUACGUUGUGAUUAAGUCUCAUCAUUCAAGGUGGAUGCAGUUCAUCAUAUAAAAUAUUUGGAAAGCACAGGCAACAACAUUAUUAUUAUUUAUUAAAUUUAUUUACUGCAGGUGUCAGGGCAGUUUUAUAAUCGUAAUAUGCCAUCUCACAGCUCCUUGUGAGGCAAGUAUGAUGAACCUGAUUUUUACAGCUAAAGAUGCUGCGGAAACAGAUGACUUGCCAAAAUCCACAAGUUUUGUAAAAGCCAGAUUCUGGAGAUGUCUGCACCAGUGUUAGUUGGCUUGUUCUGCCCCAGUCAAUGAGCAACUGUUUGUUUUCUAUUAUUCCAUUUAUAUCCUGCCUUUCUUCCAUCAUGGAACUCAAAGUGGCAAAAACAACUGUCAGAUCUAGUUAAACCCCAUGUCCCAUUUAUCUGCAAAAUUCGCCUUGAAGGACUUCAGGUUAAAAAUCUGAAAUAGAGGCCACGAUCCAGGAGAUUUAAGCUGCACAUUCAACCAACAUGUUCCAGUUCUCAGCUGCAGAAAGGGAAAGAGCCCAUGAAUGUCCCACGUUCUGGUCAACUGCGGUUGGCAAUCCAUGUGCUCGUGAUCAGAAAGACAGAAGUCUCCACUCUCCUCCUCAUCCCGCUGUGAAUGUUGAGCUGAAUUACUGCUGCAUACAAGAAACUCGCAGCACGCAAGACAUUAUACAAAUAAUAAGCUAUUACAUUACUGUUUAUCUGGAGAAGCAUCAGUCAAUUAUUUUACACCCAGUGCUCAUGAAUGCACGGCCACUAACCCAGUGUCGACAUUUGCACAAUCUGAAAAGCUUCCAUUGCAAGUAGAGCUGGCCGACCCCUUCCUAAUUACUUGUGCUAAGUGAUGCAACAUCAAAUAUGAACCAGGAGAUUAUAGCCCCAUGACUCUGUCAUUUCCUUGAGCUGCAGAAAACUGCUGCAGACACGAUCUUCUGCUUGCUGUUGCAGCUCAGCUCCCAGCGAUUAUUAAUACUGUUAAUUAGAGAAAGAACCCCACAUCUGCUCAGUGCCGGGGCUAAAUUCAAAACGGAGACAAAGAAAAUGAUGUCCAGCUCCGCUUUGGUUGGCUCACUAAGCAAGGGGCUUAUCGUAGGGUGUUCCCCGACACCAUGUUUCCUAAGAUAUCAUGACAGCCCCUUUCCUCAAAUUCUUUUCAUCCAAGUCACCACAUUGGCCAAUUGACAGGUAUUUCUACUGUAUUGCAUGGAAGGUCAGAAACUGUUUUCGUUUUGGGCCCUAAGAUGAAAGCAAGAAGAGAUUCCGAUGAAAGAAGAGUGGCAGAUGAAGUUAAUGGACUAUGCCAAGCUGGCAAAAUUAACCUGGAAAAUUCAGAACCAGCAGGACCAGACCUUUCCAAAAGACUGGAGCAAAUUUUUGUUUGUAUUUGAAAGACAGUUGUCAACAAUUAACAUCGUUAGUGGGGUUCCAAGAAGUUUUGUAAGGUUAAAUGUAUCAUUUACUAUUAAAUAUUAUUUAUAAUUGAUAAGAUUUAAGGGUAAUAAUAAUAUUAACAAAAUGCAAUAUCAGAGUGUAAACAAGAAAACCAUUAGUCGAGGAGGUGGGAAGUCUCAGGCCGAGAUGGCCAAUUGGUUUAUAUAUAUUAUAUGCAAGACGGAUGCUAUGUUAAAAAAUAUUAUUAAUAUUAAAAAAUAUUUUAAAUAUUAUUAAAAAAAGAAAGAAACUGUUUUCAUUUUAACCAUUCCAUCAGCCAUGGGCUCUUCCCAGUGAAAAUAUAUAGUUAGGAAUUGGAGUCAUUUUUUUCCAUGCACGUGAGCAUCCAUGAGACUCUCCUCGCACUAUAUUGUUAAUAUAUUAAUUAUAGGUAUUUAAACCAAACCCAAAGACCCGUUUAGUCCAGCAUCUUGUUCUCACAGUGGCUAACGUGAUGUUACGAGAGAGGGAGGAAAACAAAAUGUUGAACUCUCAGUUGUCAUCAACCCCAGACAAGCAGGGCCUAUGGUCAGGGUUGAUGAAAGCCUAAAACAUCUGGAGGGCUCCAUGUUGGAGAAGGUUGAUCUAGAAAAUCUGUUCCAUGCACAGACACAGAAUUCAUGAGUAGUGCACCAAGCAGUUUGGUACGUAUUGGUAGCAGGGCAGAAGAGAAAAUAUUCAUUGAUGUAGACUAGUGGUGGUUUUUGGUCCUGCUGGGACUUCUGCUUAUCUGUGCAACAGCUAAUUUUAUUAACUAAUAAUAAGUUUAUUAAUAUGCAUUCUAUUUGCCUCCUUAAGUUUCCAGCCUGUCGUCUUUUCCUUUUCCUUUUGUACUGUAGUUGGAACUAAAUGAAAUACAGAGUUUUCUACUUCAGUGUCAACUUUUACCCAAAGGGUCAUGAGGAUUUGGCCAUGUGCUCUUGGCUAUCUAUCAGCAUUUAGAAGCCGUUAACCUCCCUUGAUUGAUAAGGUCACAUUCUUUAUAAAUUCAUCAAAGACCAAAUUGUGAGACACUGAUGUAUUACAUGAAUGGGAAUAAUCGCACAGAUGGCGGAAGGCUGGCAGUGAGAUAAAAAAAAAAUGGCAGUAUUAUUUUUCCCCUCUCAAAUUCUGUCCUUCAGAAUUAAUUAUCCAAUCUGCUUAAAACUGAGCAACCUAAUGAAAUUUCACACCCACUAAAUUUAAUCAUGGAAUACUCAUGUGGGUUUUGAUUCAGUUAAAAACUGCCUCCAAUAUUUGGUGACACUUUCAUUAAAAAUGCAGAUUUUAAAAUAUAUCUUUAUUUUCCCCUUACACACGAAUACCUAUUGGCUUCUAUGAACAAGAGCCUGGGGAUGAAGGAGGUAUUUGUGGGUAUACUGUAAAAGUAUAGAUUACCUUAUUUCCUCCUAUAAAUACACCUAGCGCACUAUAAGAUUGUGGUUAAGACAAUUCUUUUGCUUCCUACUUGAUUUUAAGGGCUUGGACUGGAGAUGCAAGUUUCCUUUGUUGCAAGUUUUUACUGUAGAUUAAUGUUGACGUUUGAGGCUUUUUGUAACCUGCAUCUUAAUUGUAUUGCCUUUGUUAUUACGUGGAAGCAACUAUAUGCAGAGUGUAAUGCAAGGAAACUACUCUGAAAGCUCUACUGUAUUGAAGAAGAGCAGGAUUCCACUCGACAUCUUACCAGCUUUGACUUAUCCUGUAGGUCUUCUGUCCAAACUGUACAUCUUCUUUCUUCCAUAAAGUGUUUGAAUUCAGAAAGAAAAUUGGGGAACAGCACCUAGAGCUACGAUGUACUAAAACUAUGGCUUGCAUCUUGGAUCCCUCCCCUCUCUUUUCCAAAUUUUGCAACGCCUCUAACACAAGCUUUAAACUACUCAUGAAUUCUAGCCUUAAAUCAAGAUUACCCUUUGAUUUUGCUUUCUUGGAAUUUUCUUGUCUUUGAGGUGAGCAACUCUCUUAAUUCUGCCAUUACCUUUCUGUGGUGGUUUUCCUUUAAUGUGUGUGAAUCUUUUUGAUAGUGUUUUGUUUUAUGAGUACUAUAUGUCUAAACCACUGAGCCUCUUGGGCUUGCCGAUUCGAAGGUCGGCGGUUCAAAUCCCCGCGGCGGGGUGAGCUCCCGUUGCUUGGUCCCUGCUCCUGCCAACCUAGCAGUUUGAAACCAUGCCAGUGCAAGUAGAUAAAUAGGUACCGCUCUGGUGGGGAGGUAAAUGACGUUUCUGUGCGCUUCUCUGGUUUCAUCAGAAGCGGCUUAGUCAUGCUGGCCACAUGACCCGGAAAAACUGUCUGCGGACAAACGCCGGCUCUCUCGGCCUGUAAAGCAAGAUGAGUGCCGCAACCCCAGAGUUGUCUGCGACUAGACUUAACUGUUGGGGGUCCUUUACCUUUAUGUGUACUAUAUGGCUGCUGAUGGCCAGUUUGGGACUCUGGUGCAAAAGUACAACGAAAACAGCCACAACAUGAUGCUAAUGUGAAAGGAGAUUUCCAGAGGGGAAAUGAAAAAACAAGAGAGUAAGCAGUGUUACUAUAAUAACAUUACUAACUUAACUUUAAAUGCAUGCAGAUGCCAGAUCAGCAGUUAUGAGUAUUCAUGCAAUUUGCUCUCUGGGUUCCUUUUGCUUGAUUGCACUACUGUCUUUACAGCACAGGAUAUGUUUGAAGCUGAUUUAAAAGGUAAAGGGACCCCUGACCGUUAGGUCCAGUCAUGGCCGACUCUGGGGUUGCGGCACUCAUCUCGCUUUAUUGGCUGAGGGAGCCGGUGUACAGCUUCCAGGUCAUGUGGCCAGCAGGACUAAGCCGCUUCUGGCGAACCAGAGCAGCGCAUGGAAACGCCGUUUACCUUCCUGCCGGAGCGGUACCUAUUUAUCUACUUGCACUUUGACGUGCUUUCGAACUGCUAGGUUAGCAGGAGCUGGGACCGAGCAACGGGAGCUCACCCCAUCGCGGGGAUUCGAACCACCGAUCUUCUGAUCAGCAAGUCCUAGGCUCUGUAGUUUAACCCACAGUGCCACCCAUGUCCCUUGAAGCUGCCUUAAAGGUAAAGGGACCCCUGACCAUUAGUCCCUCUAGCCCAGUACUGUCUGCUCUCUGGCAAAUGCUCUCCAAAGUUUCAGGCAGAGGUUUCUCCCAGCUUUACUAUGUGAGUUCCUUUAACCUCAGCACCCAUGGGCACCCAUGCACCCUCGGGGGGCCUUCCCUGGCGCCCACACAGUCCUCCCGCCCACCGGUGAAAUUGGUCUUGAAAUAAGCAUCUUGUAGCCAGUAUAAUAGGUUGUGUUGUGUGCUUGGUUGCAGGGUGUGUUUGGUGCCAGUAACAGUUUGCAGGGGUGGCCACAGACCCCGAAAGCUUAGUGACCCUUGCUCUAACUGGAGAGUUUUGGUUAACAGCAGCUCUGAAACUGAGACAUGUACUCAGAACUCACAUUCCCAUUAAAAAGGAAUACAAUGCUUGUGUGUGUGUGUGUGUGUGUGUGUGUGUGAGAGAGAGAGAGAGAGAGAGAGCACCUGACUGACUGACUGACUGACUGACCAUCUGCCACUUGUUGAACAUUAAGACCUGAACUGCUGCCAUGAUAGAUCCAGUAGAUUCUCAAUCUUCAAAGAGAUGUGCAGAGUAGGAACUUUUGUUCUUCCCGGGGAAGAAAGAGCUCUCCUUCCAGCAGGAUUACUUAGAGCAGGCAUGUUCAAAGUCCCUUUUGGGGUCCUAAUCUGGCCGGCUGGUCGGUUUAAUUUCCUGGGGUAAAAUCCUAUAAAAGCCACAACAACUUCAACCCUUAAAAAAGCUCAAAAACCUUGGGGUAAAAUCAUAAAAAGCUCAACAACUUUAAUCCUAAAAAAAACCCCCAACAACUUGGGUUGGCCCUUUGGUUGACCCUCACCACCCUUCACUUCUUCAAAUCUGGCCCUCUUUGGAAAAAGUUUGGACACCACUGACUUAGAGCAAAGACGGGGAACUUGUAGCCAUCCAGAUGUUGUUGCACUCUAACCACCAGCAGCCCCAUCCCAGCAACAUCUGGAGAGAUACAAGUCUCCUAUCCCUGGCUUAGAGGCUUCAUAGCAUUUUAAGGUCAAAAAUUGGCCGUGUUGAGUAAGUGUUGAAUAAAGUUAUUUCCUCUGGAGGGGUUUUUGAAGCUUAUAUCCCCAACAAGAAAAGCAGUGACAAACCUAGACAGCAUCUUAAAAAGCAAAGACAUCACCUUGCCAACAAAGGUCCGUAUAGUUAAAGCUAUGGUUUUCCCAGUAGUGAUGUAUGGAAGUGAGAGCUGGACCAUCAAGAAGGCUGAUCGCCGAAGAAUGGAUGCUUUUGAAUUGUGGUGCUGGAGGAGACUCUUGAGAGUCCCAUAGAAUCCUAGAGUUGGAAGAGACCACAAAGGCCAUCAAGUCCAACCCCCUGCCAAGCAGGAAACACCAUCAGAGCACUCCUGACAUAUGGUUGUCAAGCCUCUGCUUAAAGACCUCCAAAGAAGGAGACUCCACCACACUCCUUGGCAGCAAAUUCCACUGUCGAACAGCUCUUACUGUCAGGAUGUUCUUCCUAAUGUUUAGGUGGAAUCUUCUUUCUUGUAGUUUGGAUCCAUUGCUCCGUGUCCGCUUCUCUGGAGCAGCAGAAAACAACCUUUCUCCCUCCUCUAUGUGACAUCCUUUUAUAUCUUUGAACAUGGCUAUCAUAUCACCCCUUAACCUCCUCUUCUCCAGGCUAAACAUGCCCAGCUCCCUUAGCCGUUCCUCAUAAGGCAUCGUUUCCAGGCCUUUGACCAUUUUGGUUGCCCUCCUCUGGACACGUUCCAGUUUGUCAGUGUCCUUCUUGAACUGUGGUGCCCAGAACUGGACACAGUACUCCAGGUGAGGUCUGACCAGAGCAGAAUACAGUGGCACUAUUACUUCCCUUGAUCUAGAUGCUAUACUCCUAUUGAUGCAGCCCAGAAUUGCAUUGGCUUUUUUAGCUGCCGCGUCACACUGUUGGCUCAUGUCAAGUUUGUGGUCAACCAAGACUCCUAGAUCCUUUUCACAUGUACUGCUCUCAGGCCUGGUGUCCCCCAUCUUGUAUUUGUGCCUCUCAUUUUUUUUGCCCAAGUGCAAUACUUUACAUUUCUCCCUGUUAAAAUUCAUCUUGUUUGUUUUGGCCCAGUUCUCUAAUCUGUCAAGGUCAUUUUGAAGUGUGAUCCUGUCCUCUGGGGUCCUGUCCUCUGGGUCCUGUCCCAUGGACUGCAAGAAGAUCAAACCUCUCCAUUCUGAAGGAAAUCAGCCCUGAGUGCUCACUGGAAGGACAGAUCCUGAAGCUGAGGCUCCAAUACUUUGGCCCCCUCAUGAGAAGAGAAGACUCCCUGGAAAAGACCCUGAUGUUGGGAAAGAUGGAGGGCACAAGGAGAAGGGGACGACAGAGGACGAGAUGGUGGGACAGUGUUCUCAAAGCUACCAACAUGAGUUUGACCAAACUGUGGGAGGCAGUGGAAGACAGGAGUGCCUGGCAUGCUCUGGUCCAGGGGGUCACGAAGAGUUGGACAUGACUAAACAACUAAACAACAACAAAAGACCAGAUCUGCAGAAACAAUUGUAUAGUAAAGGGCAACUGAAGAGCUUAUGCUGAAGAGGACUAAUGGAGAGUUGUUGAUCAGAAGCCCAGAGUUCAUAAGCUUCCCUGGAUGCCAGUCUAUUAUGUUGAAUAGAGAUUCUUCAGGGAAAAUGCCCACAUUCUGGGCACCAGCCUAUGCCAGUUCCUUUUGUUUUGUAUUACCUUUCUGUCUUGAAAAGAAUUUCUGAAUGUACCGUUCUCAGUUUAGAUUGCUUAGUUAGCUUCAAGACUCUUUUUAUUACUCUCCCGUAUAUUUAUAAUCCUCCAAAGACUAGGGUAGGGGGAGCAGUGCAAGAGCAGAAGAGUCUCAGCAUUUCAUAUGGAAGUUAAUUUCUGAUUUCCAUAUUAAUAAAACAUAGCUUUAUCUUUUUAUUUCUCCAUAAUCCUUGCAACAACAGGGAGAGAAGAUUAUACUGGGUAUGUUGAGAAAGCAAUUAGAAGGCUGCAUGCAAGAACUUUUAAAGGGAGGGAAGAGACAUGAAAUUAAGCGACAGUUCUAAAUGUUGGGUUCAACAGGCGCUGCCUGUGAGGCAGAAUGAACAACUUAGAGUGCAGGUGUUUGUCACCGUGGUCAUCAAAAUAGGUUUCAAAAGGCCUCAAGCCAUUAUUCGGCCACUGCACUGGUUCCUGCAUUGCUUUGAUAUAUCUUUGGCGAUCACUCUUGGCCGAGUAAGAUUGUCUUCCAUAAACACGGUUUUAACAGUGAGCCUGUAAGUGACUGUGGAGGCCAAUGCUGGACCCACACGUCCUUCCACAGUGGGGAUAUUGCUUUCCGGGCGGGAGUUGAUCACGGUGUGGAUUUGCCAAGCGUGCCUUCCUCUUCGCACGUUUCUCCCUUGCGUUCUGAGUUUGAGUGUCUUCAAAGUCCAUGACACCUUUGGUAAAGGCUGUUCUCCAACUGGAGCGCUCGUAGGUCAGUGUUUCCCAGUUGUCAGUGUUUAUACUACAUUUUUUUAGAUUUGCCUUGAGAGAGUCUUUGAACCUCUGUUGUUGACCACCAGCAUUACGGUUUCCAUUUUUAAGUAAUAACAAUAGUAAUAGUAGUAGUAGUAGUAGUAGUAGUAGUAGUAGUAAUAAUUUAUUUAUACCAGCUCAUCUGGCUGGGUCUCCCCAGUCACCCUGGGCGGCUUCCAACAAAGUAUUAAAAUAUAGUGGUCUGUUAAACAUUAAAAGCUUCCCUCAAUAGGGCUGCCUUCAGAUGUCUUCUAACUUGGCUUCUCACAGUGAGGGAACCACCAGAAGGCCCUCGGUGGUGGUCCUCAGUGUCCGGGCAGAACAAUAGGGGUGGAGACGCUCCUUCAGAUAUACUGUGGUCUUCCUCUCCCUGAUAUUUGGGGAUACGUUUCCUAGUUGCUUCCAUAUGCAAAUAUUCCCUCCUUUAUUAAGAAUGUCUUAAGAUUAGAGAGUCCUCUUGCUAGUGCGCUUGGAGCAUGUCAGGAGAUCCACUAGUGCCGUCCAGGUUUACAGCUCAAAUCACUGCCCUUCUGAACUUUGUAUACUUUAUAAAGUUGUUAUUGUACUUCACCAAAUCUUAACCUAUUACAGUAUUUGUAAGUAUGGAGUCCAAAUACUGAAUUUGUCCAUGGCAAGUCUGUGUUUAUAUACAAGUUGUUUAUAUGUUGCGAGUGUGUGUAAGUCUUCAAUCCAAUCGUAGAAGGGAGCCGCAUUUUUAUUUUUCCGAUUCAUCAGUAUCAGUCUUUUUGCUGUGGUUAGGGCAAAUAUUUUGAUUCUGGAAUGGGUUCAGUGAAUGGUGAAAAACUGAGCUAGUGCUUGGGGGGGAGGAAAGCAAGAUUUGUGGGUGUGGCCUUAAAAAUUCAGGGGGGUGGGGCACCCAUAAUUUGAUAUGCUUUGUUUCCAAGUGUCAUUUUGCUUGUGCAAAUAGGCCUGCAUAUUGUGCAAAUAGGCCUGCAUAUCAAGGGUCCUCUGUUGUGGUUUGUGUGUCUUCAGGUUGCGUUCUGUCUUCUAUGUGUUGGAAGACUCAGGCCAUACAGUUGAGUUGCAUGGCCAAAGUUCCCAUUUAAUUUAAUAUGUGGGUUUUGACUUCUGACCAUUGAAUCGUUCAUGACUCUGUGAAUAAAUGCAGCUUAAAAGGAAAUUCAGAAGCUGAAGAAAUGGUUUUUUAAAACCCUCUAAUUGCAGAAGUAUGAUUCACUAUAAUUUCUACUGUCCUCAGACAUGUGCCUUGAUGAAGAUUUAUGUAAAAAUGACGCAGCCAGCAUGUCGCCAUAAUUAUUCCUUUAUACCUCGCCGAUUUACUGUUGCCUGUUUCUGAGAGAAACUGUAUUAUGGAUUGCCAAAUCAUUCUGCUUGUAAUUCUUCUUAAAGUGGCGUUUGUGCCCAAGUGGGCUGCUUUAGGCUGGAAUCUUGGGCCAUGUUAAUAUGAAUUAUUGUCUUGUUGUUUUUUGUUUUAUAAAAUCAAUAUUACAAAAGGAACAAUGAAAAGCAACCUAUUUUUUAACCAGUAAAUUCUUCUGUGGACUCCUUUUGAAGGAAUGGGAAUUGAAAAGGUGUUUUGUGUAUUUCACUGGGGAGUUUCUGCUGUAUUCCUAUUUUUUUUUUUGUAACAUUGCAUUUGUGGAACUUGGCAGCUAUCCAGAUUUUUGAUGGUGCCAUACAGUUGCAUUUACCAUACAUUGCAAGGUCUGUGCUUCUAUCCAUGAAUAUCCUAAGUCAACCAGGUUCUGUACCAGUAAGAGAUGCUUAACAUGUAUUUCCACUUCACAAGAGCUGCUCAAGGCUGCUAACAUCCAUAAUAAAAGCAAUGAAAUCAUUAAAGGGUUUAAAAGCAUGAGUGAACUGCAGGCUGGGAAACAAACUAGUCAGUGGGAAUCCAGGCAGAAUAACUUCAGGUGACAGGUAGGCUGAACUACAGUAAAGAGAAGUCAGAGAUAUUUCGGGGCAGGAUGUGUCAUCCUCAUAAACUGGUUUCCUUUGCUUUCCCCUCACUUUAUUUGUGCUUUCGAAAACCACCUUCGGAAUCCUUCAAGCGAAGACCCUACCUAAUGUUGUCAUCUAGUUAAAAAUCGAGCCUUUAUCUGGUUAAAUUCAUAUAAAGUUCGAGAUUUUAAGGCCGAUUUUUUAUUUCUGACCUAAGCUUCAAUGUCUCCAUCCAUCCACCCAUCCUCCAACUUUUACAUGCAGCCACAGAUUUUAACUUUUUGCUCAGCUUAGAGUGAUUUAAAAUCAGCUGCAGUAGGUCAUAAUUUCAGUGUGUACCAAGGUGUUUGCUAAUUCUUAAAUGUCUGUUCUCUUUCUGUAGUUUGAGUGAGUGGAGUUGAGCAAAUUGGCAAAUGGUCCCAUUUCAACUCUGUUUAAAGCAUGGGCAGGCAAACUAAGGCCUGGGGCCUGGGGCCUGGUAGCUGGUAGCUAAAAAAGCCAAUGCAAUUCUGGGCUGCAUCAAUAUGAGUACAGCAUCUAGAUCAAGGGAAGUAAUAGUGCCACUGUAUUCUGCUCUGGUCAGACCUCACCUGGAGUACUGUGUCCAGUUCUGGGCACCACAGUUCAAGAAGGACACUGACAAACUGGAACGUGUCCAGAGGAGGGCAACCAAAAUGGUCAAAGGCCUGGAAACGAUGCCUUAUGAGGAACGGCUAAGGGAGCUGGGCAUGUUUAGCCUGGAGAAGAGGAGGUUAAGGGGUGAUAUGAUAGCCAUGUUCAAAUAUAUAAAAGGAUGUCACAUAGAGGAGGGAGAAAGGUUGUUUUCUGCUGCUCCAGAGAAGUGGACACAGAGCAAUGGAUCCAAACUACACGAAAGAAAAUUCCACCUAAACAUUAGGAAGAACUUCCUGACAGUAAGAGCUGUUCGACAGUGGAAUUUGCUGCCAAGGAGUGUGGUGGAGUCUCCUUCUUUGGAGGUCUUUAAGCAGAGGCUUGACAACCAUAUGUCAGGAAUGCUCUGAUGGUGUUUCCUGCUUGGCAGGGGGUUGGACUCGAUGGCCCUUGUGGUCUCUUCCAACUCUAGGAUUCUAUGAUUCUAGGAGGAUCUGGCCCAAUUGCCUUCUAAAUCCGGCCCACGGACAGUCCGGGAAUCAGCAUGUUUUUACAUGAGUAGAAUGUGUCCUUUUAUUUAAAAUGCAUCUCUGGGUUAUGUGUGGGGUAUAGGAAUUCAUUCAUCCCCCCCCCCAAAAAUACAGUCCGGCCCCCCACAAGGUCUGCGGGACAGUGGACCGGCCCCUUGCUGAAAAAGUUUGCUGACCCCUGGAAAGGAAUAACCUACAAAAUGCCUCCAGGAUUGCUCUCCUGUACUAUUUCAGAUAUGUGGUUUAUAUACUUAUGAAUGUAUUUGCUGUGUAGAUUUAUGAACAUAUGAUUUAUGUAUAUGUGAGACCUUAGAAUUCCUGUAACAAUUCCUUUGUGACUAAAUUUUUGUUUUAAUUAAAACUUUAAAAUGAACAAAUGCAAAAUUAACAGUCAUCUAUGUAUGUUGGUAUUUUAAUACUUGUGACUUCUGUUAUUUUGAGCAACGGCUUCCUACUAUUCCAGCCCAUGAUAUUAGACUUUACUUUUACUGGAUUCUUCUGCAGACACAGCUGUGCAGCUUUGCCAGUCGAGAUACUGUAAAUUCCCCAGUUCCCCGAAGCAUCAUUUUGAUUCUGGCCCAGGGACCCAGGAGAGAAGCAUUAAGCCUUUUUAACACUCUAAAACUGGUUUUGCUAAUAUUCCAUGCACGCUCCAUCUGCUUUUGCCUUUGUCGAAAGCUAAUGGAUUUGAGAGCAAUUUGCUCUGCUGGUAUUAGUCCAGAACCGUCCAAAAUAACAUAGGGACCGUCUGAAGUUAAUUAGGGUGCAGAAAUUAAGCACCUAAAAGUGAAAGGUGAGAUGGUCUUUUAAAUCUUCCUCUAUGAGGAUAUGACCACCCUGCUCUUGACGCACAGAGAUGUUGUUUUAUAAUUGCAGAAUUUGUCCACAGUUGUUUUGAGGAAUAUGCAUGCUUCCGCUGCCAGAUUGACAACAAUUUGCGACUUCAGGGAGUGUGUGCUGGCUCCCACAGCCUGCCGUAUGGCAUGCUGCAAUGCUAAAUAGCAGUUGCCUGACAUUUUCAGUGGAACAGGCUGUUAUACUGCAAUUGAGUUUCUUCUGAAGAAGAGGCAUUGCAGACUACCAAUGUGUUGUCUAUAUUUCAUUUGUGGCGAGGAUGGGGUCUGAAUUCCAGGGCUCUACAUUUUGACAAGCCUAACUUCUAUUCUUUCCCCUUCCUGUGCUGGAGGGUUGCUCUGAACCGGGAUGGAAUUAGACGCAAGAGCAGUCAGCGCAGGGAACCCACUCGCAGUAUGAACCCUUUUACAGAAUGUGUUAACACAUCCCAAGGAGUCAAGACGUGUAUCAGCAGGUUACUUCCCCAUGCUAAGGAGAUGAUGAUGAUGAUGAUUUAUUAUUUAUACCCCGCCCAUCUGGCUGGGUUUCUCCAGCCACUCUCGGCGGCUUCCAACACAAUAUUAAAAUAAAGUAAUGCAUCAAACAUUAAAAACUUCCCUAAACAGGGCUGCCUUCAGAUGUCGUCUAAAAGUCUGGUAGUUUGACACCUGGUGGGAGGGUGUUCCACAGGGUGGGCGCCACCACCGAGAAGGCCCUCUGCCUGGUUCCCUGUAAUCUCACUUCUCUCAGGGAGGAAACCGCCAGAAGGCCCUCGGCGCUGGACCUCAGCUGAACGAUGGGGGUGGAGACGCUCCUUCAGAUAUACUGGGCCGAGGCUGUUUAGGGCUUUAAAAGUCAGCACCAACACUUUGAAUUGUGCUCGGAAACGUACUGGGAGCCAAUGUAGGUCUUUCAAGACCGGUGUUAUGUGGUCUCGGCGGCCGCUCCAAGUCACCAGUCUAGUUGCUGCAUUCUGGAUUAGUUGUAGUUUCCAGGUCACCUUCAAAGGUAGGCCCACGUAGAGCGCAUGGCAGUAGUCCAAGUGGGAGAUAACCAGAGCAUGCACCACUCUGGCAAGAUAGGGCCUCAUCCUGCGUACCAGAUGGAGCUGGGAGACAGCUGCCCUGGACACAGAAUUAACCUGCGCCUCCAUGGACAGCUAUGAGUCCAGAAUGACUCCCAGACUGCGCACCUGGUCCUUCAGGGGCACAGUUACCCCAUUCAGGGCCAGGGAGUCCCUCACACCUGCCCACCUCCUGUCCCCCCAAAACAGUACUUCUGCCUUGUCAGGAUUCAACCUCAAUUUGUUAGCCGCCAUGCAUCCUCCAACCGCCUCCAGGCACUCACACAGGACCUUCACCGCCUUCACUGGUUCUGAUUUGAAAGAGAGGUAGAGAUAGAUGUCGGUCCUCAGACUUGCCCAAUCUCCUCUGCUUCAGGAGGCCUGUGCUCACACACAAUCCUUGAUUCCCUCCUAAGGCUAAGCUCGAAGCAGAUUUUGCUACUGUAUUGGCCCGAAUCCACACCCCCCCCCCCAAGUCUGAUGGUGAAAAGUUAAAGUGCGGCUUAUGUUUGCCACCGGCAAAGCAGCGUGGCUCCCCCCCCCCCCCCGAGAGCAGCCCGGGAGUGCGGGGCAAUGGCGCACAGCCCGCCCGCCACUCCUAAGCCUCCCCUACACCGGCUGAGAAGGGGGAAGGCCAACAGCAAAGUGAGGUGCCCCCCCCCCCCAGAAAGCAGUGUGGGGCAACAGCACCCGUCCGCGGCUCCCAAGCCUUCCCCAAGCCGCCAAAUUCUAAAGGUCCAUGAAUAACCAUAGUUUAGAGGUCCCAGGCACUAAGGAAGCCAGACUAUCCUCCUCCAGGGCCAGGGCCUUUUCAGUGUUGGCUCCAACCUGGUGAAAUGCUCUGUCCCAUGAGACCAGGGCCCUUCAGGAUUUAACCUCCUUCCGUCGGGCCUGUAAGACAGAGCUAUUCCGCCUGGCCUUUAAUUUGAAUUCAGCCUGAUCUUUUAUUUCCCUUCUUUUCCCUCCCCCUCCCCUUUUAUGAAGGUCACCCUCUCUGAGACCCCACAGCUAAUUCUGCCCUGGCCUCCUCGCUGGCCCAAGUAGGACCAAUUCAGCCAGCUAGCGCUGGGGAUUAUCUAAUGCUUAUUUCCCCUGAAUUGAUUUUUGAUUUUUGAAUUUUAUUGUUAUUCAUGUUUUUAUACUGUCUUUUAUGCUGCUUUUAUAAUUAAGUGUUUUAAAUUUGUUCAUUUAAAUUUUAAAUUUGUUAGCCGCCCUGAGCCCGGUUUUUGAACCGAGAAGGGCGGGGUAUAAAUAAAAAUGUAUUAUUAUUAUUAUUAUUAGGUAUUUGUGGUUAGAAGAGAAGGCAGUUAGUGCUAACCAGGUUCAUGUUGGUGUGCCGUAGUGAAACUGCUCUGAAGAUGGCUUGCAUCCCCAAUGCUGGCUUUCAGGGUUGGCAGGGGACCACUGUCAGAACUGCACUGGAGUACGGGUAGUAAAGUAGACCCCUGGCUGUACAGGCAUAGUUUCCACCGACAGAGAAAAUGAAACAAACAAAAGAAGAGGGAAAUGGUGUGGAUCAAAGCCGUGCAGGUCAUCAAUGUACAAUCUCAGCAGUGCUGUCUGAUGGUCCGUUUCCUUGCAGCCUCUGACUGAUGGGAGUUCUUGGGCUGAUUAGAAUCAAAAUGGGUUCAGGGGAGAAAAAGGAAGACUUAAUGCGCUCAUUAUCUGCCUAGGCUUCAGAAACUGCUGCAUUCUUUGCCUCUCCCUUUACACUUCCUUCAAAAGGAUGGAGUCUUUUGCACACUUCUAAUCCUUUCAUGUUGAGAGAAUCAACACAGAUUUAACAGGUAGAUGAAAGAGAUAAACAAAUAUUAUUUAUAGCAGCCUUAAAUUCCGGCUUGAAAGAGGGCUCCAUCUUCAAAGGCUGACUCAAUUAAUGGGCAAUCUUUCUGGAUUCUGAGGUCUUGCCAUUCACAGGGCUGUAGGGGAGCCAGCAGUGUGUGUGUGCAUACACACAGAGGUUUAAAUAUCUAUAGAGGAUAAAAUCAUAGAAUUGUAAAGUUGGACCCCAAGGGUCAUCUAGUCCAACCCCCUGCAAUGCAGGAAUCUCAGCUAUAGCAUCCAUGACUAAUGGCCACCCAACCUCUACUUAAAAACCUCCAAUGAAGGAGAAUCCACCACCUCCCGAGGGAGACUGUCCCACUGUUGAAUGGCUCUUAAUAAUAAUAAUAAUAAUAAUAAUAAUAAUAAUAAUAAUAUUUCAUUUAUACCCCACCCUCCCCAGCCAGAGCCGGGCUCAGAGCAUCUAACAAUAGUAAAAUUACAAUAAAAACAUAGGGGGGGGGGAGCCAAUUCUGCAUAUUCCAUUUCUGCAUAUUCCAUAAGCUUUUGUAUCCAUUCUUCUUUUGCUGGGACUUCUUCUUCUUUCCAUUUCCUAACACUGUCUAUUCUGGCUGGCAGCAGUUCCCCAAGGUCUUAGGCUGAGAGAGGCUUUUCACAUCACCUGCUUACCUACUCUUUUUAUUAAAAUAAAUAAAUGCUGGAGCUGAUGAGGUCUGCACGUGAGCAAGGCACAUUCUCUAGCUUCACAUCAUUGUGCUGGGGAGUAGAUUGUGUCGAUUGUGUUGCACUUGAGCAAGAGACCCAGGUUCAGGCAUCUGAGCUCACGGAGUUGUCUGCUGCCCUGUGCCGUGGGUCGGUCAGUUUCCUUUCUGACAUAGAUCUCGAAACAAUAAUGGGUGAACGGCCCCUGAGAACCGAAAAGCAAGACGAAUGCAGGGGAAGAAGAAUUGAUUUCAUGUCAGCAUGGCUGGCUUUUCGCUUACCUAUUUUUACCAAAGUAAUUACACCCGAUUUGCUACGUGCGAUAGCAUCUCUGGGUACCAUCUCCGCUUUUGUUUUGCUCCACAUGUUGCAGUUGCCUGCAUGUGACCCUGCCAGUUGUAAAGGGCCUGUCUGUGUAUCUCCUGCGCCUUUCAUUUGAAGCACACUAGCAAGCGCUAGCUGGACGCCAGAGAUUGGUCAGCAGCAAUUCACCCUGCUGUAACAUGGUGGAGGGGGUUAUUACCGUAUUGUUUGCUCUAUAGGACGCACCGGACCAUAGGAGGGGGAAAACGGGGGGGGGAUUCUCCCCCUCUCUGCUCAGCGCCCCUUCAGCGACGCGGCAGGAGAAACGGAGCCCCUUCCAUUUCUCCUCCCGCUUCGCUGAAGGGGCGCUGCGCAGAGAGGGAAAACUGUGCAGCGCCUCUCCAGCGUAGCGAAGCCUGGAGAGCGAGAGGUGUCGGUGUGCACCAGGCUUCACGCGGCUAUCCACAAGCCUUUGGAGCACAGCAGGAACUCCUGCUGCGCUCUGAAGGCUUGCGGAUAGCUGCCUGAAGCCCCCGGAGCGCAGCGGGAGUUCCCUGCGCUCCGGGGGCUUCAGGCGGCUUCAGCGAAAGCAACGCAAAGCCUCCGGAGUGCAGGGGGAGCUCUCCCUCUGCGCUUUGGAGGCUUCGCGUUGCUAUCACUGAAGCCAAGGAGCCUGCAUUCGCUCCAUAGGACGCACACACAUUUCCCCUUAAUUUUUGGAGGGGGAAAAGUGUGUCCUAUAGAGCGAAAAAUACGGUAUUUAACUUAUUGCUUGCCUUUUGCCUUAAGAUGCAGGGGUGGUUUACAACAAUUUAAACCACCCAGUUCAACACAGUUUAAAUCAGAGGUUGGCAAAUUAAGGCCUGCGGGCCGGAUGUGGCCCGCCGGGCUCGUUAAUCCGGCCCACGAACCUUGCAGACCCUGCCGCCCGCUAGGUCAGUCCCCGUGCUAAACCGGCGCGGAGCCUGACUUCUGUGGCACGGCUUCUGAUUGGCUGCUGAAGAGAAGGUAGCUGCGGCGAGAGUAGCGGUGGUGGGCGUUCCUUUCAGGAGGCGGGUGCUUUGGGGAGAGGGUGGGUCUGCCCCCCUGCAAGGUCUGAGGGACAGUGGACCGUCGCCCUCCUGAAAAAUUUGCUGACCCCUGGUUUAAAUCAACCAACAAGCACCAAAAUAGGAUGCGUGUUAAAAAGACCCAAUUCCCACAUUGUUUGAAGCGGACCUCCAUUGUUUGCCGGAGGCCCUCACUUGCAGAGUACAGUGAUCUAUUGGGUAUAUAAGAGGUGAGCCGAUUUUCCAUGGUCCCAAGCAGUCUAGGACUUUGGCCGUUCCAGCCGCAGCUCUCCUGUGGAUUCAGCUUGCGGCAGUUUGAGCUGUUCCGCUACUUCCCGGGCAGUUUCCACCCAGCCAUAUCGAGGUCCUAAGGCCCUGCGCGACUGAGCUUCACUUUCACUGGGACGUUGCGGUGGCGUCAGGGAAGGAGCCCUCGCAGGAAAAGCUCUCGCGCCACUGCGGUAACAUCUAAAGGGCACUUUUGUUACGAAACGCUUCGAGGCAAGGAAGAUGGAUGUGAUGUGUAGUAAAAAGACAGCAGCGAAUUAGUCAUCGCGGCAGUGCAUUUGCCUUUCCUUCUUAAAAAAAAGAAGCAGCCAAAAGAACCGCCCUCCAAAUCCACAGUCAAGAGCCUUCGCAUGAGAAGCCAAGUGCGCAUUUCUUCCUUUGACUUGGCCGUGUCCUCAUUAGAAUUCUGUGUGCCGUUGCUGGUUCUAUAAAUAACACUCAAAAGAGACGUUUGAUUGCCAGAAUCCUGUACACCCCACAGCCUCCUCAGUGGCAUGGGCUUUACAUACUAUUAGCGAAUCGCUGGCAUCUCCGGCAUUAACUGCAACCAUUUUUAAUUAACCUGAUUUAGUAGCAGAAUUGCAACGCUGAUGAAAAUGAGAGGUUGGAACAAAUAGUUAUUUAUUCCAGCACAGUGGUAAUGACUGUUGAAAUAGAUGAUUCUAAUUAACUUCAAGGAGGAGCUUCAUAAAUUUAUAAAGGGGAGGCAAAGAUCCCAGACACGUCCCAUAGCUACUCAGGAUGCCCAUGGAGUUGGGUAGAAGAGGGGUCACAUCCUGCAAGAACUUCAGUGGGGCGGGUGAUUGCUUUCCUAGUCAUCCAGUGGCUGCAUUUUAAUAGGACUUGGGGUUUGUCUACUCACCUGAACAGUGCAUUGGUUAUCAGGCAAGAAAAACUGCUGGCAGACUGGGCAGAGGGCUUUGAAAAGCAUCGUCCGUCCCCCUACAAUAUGCACCUUUUGCUGCUUCCACCUUUCAGGGGAGCAGAAUCAGGAGCUACACUAGUUCAGCAUUGGGAUUGAAAACAUCUGGCUCAGUAAACUUUUUCAGCUGGGGGCCGGUCCAGUGUCCCUCAGACCUUGUGGGGGGCCAGACUAUGGGGUUUUUUUGGGGGGAGGGGCAAAUGAAGGAAUUCCUAUGCCCCACAAAUAACCCAGAGAUGCAUUUUAAAUAAAAGCACACAUUCAGCUUAUGUGAAAACACCAGGCAGGCCCCACAAAUAACCCAGAGAUGCAUUUUAAAUAAAAAGGCACAUUCUACUCAUGUAAAAACACACUGAUUGCCGGACCGGCCGUGGGCCAGAUUAAGAAGGCAAUUGGGCCGGAUCCGGCCCCCUUGCCUUAUUAGUUUGCCUAUCCAUGAUUCUGGCAAUGGGGGGAUGUUCUGGCAGCAGGAAGAAGAGUUCCUUGUAACUGCUUCUCCCCCCCCCCCCCCCAGCCUCCAACAUCCUUUGCCUCUUAGGGCUUUAGCAGCAGCAAUAAUAAUAAUAAUAAUAAUAAUAAUAAUAAUAAUAAUAAUAAUUUAUUAUUUGUACCCCGCCUAUCUGCCUGGGUUUCCCCAGCCACUCUGGGCGGCUCCCAACAAGGAUGAAAAAUAUAUCAAUGGUUGGGGUAUGUAGUAAACUGGGGCAGGGACCCUGAAGAACAUCGCCCCCCAGCAUGGUUGAAUACUAUCAGCGGCACCUGGUUUUCUGGAUUGCUUCGGGCCAAAACAAAUUAUAUGUAAAGUGUAUUAUUGUUGUUUUCCUGUAUCUGUUGGUGUUUUUUAAAUCAUGGUAAAGGUAAAGGGACCCCUGACUUUUUUGGGGGUGGGUGGGAAUCAUGAUGAGGACCAUGGUGUGUGUCUGUUUGUGAGGGGGGUAGAGAGGGAAGAAAUGGGAUAGUUAAAACUUCCCCCCUCUGCUCAGUGCUAAUGAAAAUCUCCUUUUCACAGCUGCUAUUUCUCCCUAGGAGAAAACUUCACCAAACAUUUUGAUUUUGUUAUCAUGGACCACUUGUGAGAACUGUUAGGGUUGAAAAGAUGUAUACAGGUGUCAUAAUUUUUUUUAAAAAAUCCUCAUUCUUUGCACAUGGAAUAUUUUAGAAAUCAGGGGUAAUUGUCAGGUAAGGGGCUAUUUGUAUGUCUUUAUGUUUACUUGCCUUUUGCAGAAAUUAAGGAGGUGGUGCAGAAUCUGAGUCCCUGGCUAGUUCUCCUGCUGACCUGUCAUCCUUUUAUUGCUUUUAAUCACUGCAUUCUCUCUCUUUGCACAGAUAUUUGCUGUUUGACUUUCCCCCAGCUAAAGUACCUCAUCUCUCUUCUCAGGUUAUCCUGCUGGAUAUCCCACGGCUGCCCCCACCUACAACCCAAAUAUGUACCCUACCACCAGCCCAGGCUAUGCCCCAGGUAAACGGAGAUUUCUAUUUUUCUGUUAGCCACAUUUGGCGGUAUGCACUUCCUUGUUUGUAAGCCACAUGUUGUGGCUCUUGUGUCUGUGUGUUUUUCAUCAAAUCUUUCAUUCUCUCAGCACCAUUAACAGACCUGCCAUUAUCAACAUGUCUUUUUUUAACAAAAUGUCAGGUGCGUUCUCAGUAAGAACUGCAUGCACUGUGUAGCUUAACCAAAUAUACAUGGCAAUCCUGCCUGGUUUCUUUGAUCGCUGGUUGUCUGUACAGUCAAACCUCGGGUUACAGAUGCUUCAGGUUGCGCGUUUUCGGGUUGCGCACCGCGCCGAACCCAGAAGUACCAGAACUUCCGGGUUCGGCGCAUGCGCAGAAACGCUAAAUCUCACUUUGCGCAUGCGCAGAAGUGCCGAAUUGCGACCUGCGCAUGCGCAGAAACGGUGCUGCGGGUUAUGAACAUGCCUCCUGCAUGGAUCACGUUCGCAACCCGAGCGUCCCCUGUAUUCUGAAAAUGGGCAGCAAAAAUGUACAAAUGCAAUUGAGAAGUGUCAUAAUUUGGUGGUAGUUCAGUGUAGACCGCUAGAUGGACCAAUGGUUUGGGUCAGUACAAGGCAGCUGCCUUAGUUCCAUGAUAUAGCUUCCCUUGAAGCAGGAUUUGGGGGGGUCUACCCCCCCCAAAAAAAAAGAGUCCAAGAAAGGGUAAAGAUUGGGAACCACUGAUACUAAGCUUUAAAUUACAGACAUCCAGAAAUAUGUUGUUGCCUGCAUUAUGCUUGCACAUUCCAUCAUUCCUACAAGUGGCAAGACCUUACUGAUAACUCAGGUGAACUGAAUUACCGUAUUUUUUGCUCUAUAAGACUCACUUUUUCCCUCCUAAAAAGUAAGGGGAAAUGUGUGUGCGUCUUAUGGGGCGAAUGCAGAAUGCACAGCUAUCCCAGAAGCCAGAACAGCAAGAGGGAUUGCUGCUUUCACUGCGCAGCGAUCCCUCUUGCUAUUCUGGCUUCUGAGAUUAAGAAUAUUUUUUUUCUUGUUUUCCUCCUCCAAAAACUAGGUGCGUCUUGUGGUCUGGUGCGUCUUAUAGAGCGAAAAAUACGGUACUCAAAAUGGAUUCUGAUUUGAAGCUAUAUAUAGUAACAAUAUUUUUUAGAAAAAACUUCACUUGGCUCAUUUGCAUAUGAGAACUUUCUAAAAGGUGAGCGCCUUUCCUCCUACAAAGGUGCGUUUUAAAAGGGAGAUUUUAACCUAUAUUUUCCUAUAUUUCUGUGCUUGCUGGAAAGAGAUGCAAAGCAGGUUAAAGCAAUUCAUACAAUAUUGAUCAAACAAACUUAAUGUGAGCCUGACUGUCAGGAAAUCUUGUACUAACCUUUUAGCCCAGGGGCCCAAAAUGUGUGUGUCAGGAACUUUGCAGGCAGAAUGAAUGUUUGAUAAAAUUGCUUAUAUUUUAAUAAAAGAUGGGCAAAGAAUCCUUCCACCUCCAGCAGCUCCUUUAAUUAAAACCUAAUAAUGUAUCUGUUCCUCUUUAGGUUUCUUGCUUUCUGUGGAGGUUUUUUUUUGGGGGGGGGGGGGGGGUAUCUGCUUUGCGAUUUCCAUAUAAGUGUACAUUUAAUUUCCACAGGGGCCAGUUCCUCCUAGAUCCAUUUCUAUUAAAUAAUACAGUGGAUGAUAAUGCAGGUCAUCCAUUAUAUCAGCUUCCACCCAGAAGAGAUGUUUGCUAAACUCCAACCACAAAAUUGGCUGUGAUUGGCUUGACGUUUCCUUCUCUCUCCAUUGCACGUGCUCCCCACUAUUUGAUACUGCAUCAAUAAUAAUAAUAUUAUAAUAAAUUUUUAUUUGUACCCCACCCUUCCUGUUUUAGGGCAGCUAACAGCAAAUAUAAAACAUUGAUUAAAAUGUGACUUAAAAACAGCAUAAAACAGCAUAAAAUGCAACAUAAAAUGUAGCAUUAUAUCAAUAAAAUUCUAAAUUCAGGGCUCAUGGGGGAGGGGACACCCCAGUCAGUAGACAUCAAAUGAUCACCAGGGCUAACUGGCCAAGUUGGUCCUACUAGGGUCAACAAGACCAGGGAAGAAUUUUAAUGUGGGGUCCCAGAAGGGUUUCUUCAUAGAAGAGGAAAGUGGGAAAGGGAAUAGAGGAUCAGGCUAAUUCAAAUUGAAGGCCAGGUGGAAUAGCUCUGUCUUACAGGCCCUGUGGAAGGAAAUCAAGUCCUGCAGGGCCCUAGUCUCGUGGGGCAGAGCAUUCCACCAGGUCGGAGCCGUCACUGAAAGGCCCUGACCCUGGUGGAAGAUAGUCUGGCUUCCUUAGGGCCCGGGACCUUUAAGCUGUUAUUACUCAUGGACCUUCGGGUUCUCUGUGGGACAUACCAGGAGAGGCGGUCCCGUAAGUAGGAGGGUCCUAGGCUGCAUAGGGCUUUAAAGGUCAAAACCAGCACCUUGAACCUGACCCUGUACUCCACCGGGAGCCAGCGUAGCUGGUAGAGCACUGGGUGAACAUGCGCCCAUAGCAGGGACCCUUUGAGGAGCCUUGCUGCUGCAUUCUGCACCCUCUGGAGUUUGUGGGUCAGCUUCAAGGGCAGCCCUGCGUAGAGCGAGUUACAGUAGUCAAGUCUGGAGGUGACUGUCGCAUGGAUCACUGUGACCAGGUCGGGGCGGGAAAGGUAAGGGACCAACUGAUCCCAACUGAUGAUGGUUUUGAAGGGACGCGGGUGGUGCUGUGGGUUAAACCACAGAGCCUAGGACUUGCCAAUCAGAAGGUCGGCGGUUCGAAUCCCUGCGACAGGGUGAGCUCCCAUUGCUCGGUCCCUGCUCCUGCCAACCUAGCAGUUUGAAAGCACGUCAAAGUGCAAGUAGAUAAAUAGGUACCGCUCCGGCGGGAAGGUAAAUGGCGUUUCCGUGCGCAGCUCUGGUUCACCAGAAGCGGCUUAGUCAUGCUGGCCACAUGACCCGGAAGCUGUACGCCGGCUCCAUCAGCCAGUAAAGCGAGAUGAGCGCCGCAACCCCAGAGUCGGCCACGACUGGACCUAAUGGUCAGGGGUCCUUUACCUUUUUUUAACUUUCAAUGGCCCUGAGACUUUUGGCUUGCUGCUGCCCUUCCUCAGGUAAGAGCAGGACCAGCACAAGUCAAGUAGUCUCCAUAGUGCUUACAGGAGCGUCUUCCAGGCUUGUUGGCUUCCUGCAUUUCUGAUACAGUCUUCAGUCUGCAAACCAUGCUGGUAUUUUAUUUUAUUUUUCUACCAGCGUUGUAAGAUUUUUCUUUUCUUUUGAGACAGGCACUUGGGGCCAGGAUUAAGCUUUUAAUUGGGGGUGAGGAUUUGUGACAUGUUAUGCUUAGUGUGAUGUUUAUAUAUUUGUAUUGCACCCGAAGCCCCAAGGAAGGAAUAUACCCAAAGUUGAAAUAAAUUGGCUCAUUUGAACUUUUGUCAACUCGUUCCUAAGGGCUUGGGGAGGAACAUGCUUGUCUAGAGUUAACUCAUUAAAAAUACCUUUGCUUAGUCCUGGUUUGACUCCCCGGUGAGCAGUUCCAUCUGUGAUGGAUGUGGAGCUUCCACAAUUGAGUGCGAUUUACCUGAAAUCGGUGGUUUACUAGAAUCUCGAAGACCCCUUGAUACUUCUUUAGAGGCAUUCAUUAACUUUAUUUAUUAAUUGGUUAUGUUUAUAUGCCACCUUUUCUCGAAGGAGCUCAAGGUGGCAUACAUGGUCCUGCCCCCUCAAUUAAUCCCCUCAACAACCCUGUUAGGUAGGAUAGGCUGAGAGGCAGCGACUGGCCCGAGGUCAUCCAGCUAGCUUCAUGGCCAAGUGGCAAUUUGAACCCUGGUCUCUCCCAGCUCCAAAUCUGACACUCUAACCCAGCGGUUCUCAACCUGUGGGUCCCCAGAUGUUGUUGGACUACAACUCCCAUCAUCCCUGAGCUAGGGAUGAUGGGAGUUGUAGUCCAACAACAUCUGGGGACCCACAGAUUGAGAACCGCUGCUCUAACCACUACACUACAUUGACUCUGAAUUUACUGAAUUUUUUAAAAUAUAUAGCUGCCCCGUAACACAGGAUCUCUGGGAAGCACCUGAGCCUCUAGACCAGGGUGGGAAACCUGUGGCUCUCCUGAUGAUGUUGAAGUGUGGUUCCUUGAUGCCAUACCAUCCUAGCUGGGGCUGAUGGGAGUGUGUGAUGGUGUUUGCCUGUUCCACCAGUAUUUCUUGUUAAAACUGGGCUGCCAGUUGUCUUGUGGCUAUUCGCCUCCACCUUUCAAACCAGCCAUUAGCUCAACUGCUGUGAUGUCCUGGAAUGUUACUUCUUGCGGCUAAGAGGAAAAUAUGAGAAACGAGGGCAGUGGAAGAGCAGUUUGUCUGGAGAAAACCUUCACCUGGGGUUUAGGGGGAUGGCGUUGCAGGUUUUGGACAGACAAAGGAGCUUUGAAUAUGGGGAAACUAUAGUGAGGUGGGGGGGAAAUGGUAUUUGAGUGUGGGUGGCUGAAUUUCAUAUAUUGAUUUUUAACCAGCCAGCCAAAUCUUUGACUGCAGGUCUCUAGAGGUGUAUAUCUAUAUUCUAUUCUCCUUGCUGUGUAUAAACAAAGGCAGUUGCCUUAACACAGGACUAUUUAAAGAAAGCCAUGCAUGAAAUAACUUCUUCCCCAACUGUUCUACAUUUCAGACUUUUUGCUCUGUUGGAUUUCAGCUAAGUAGUAUUUUAUUGGUGUCUCGAGCUUGUUCAGUUUUGGCAAGUGAGUCACUCGAAGGUCAGGCAGGACUUUAUUUCCUUGAAGGAGCCGUUGUGAUGUUGAGAUGCUCAAAGCCUUUGCAAGAGAUCUAGCUGCCAUUUUGCCAGACUGGCCCCUGUGUUAUAUCCUGCAUUGGGAAUACUGGGAUUGGAGAACUCACUCCAGAGUUUGUGUGGCUAUCAGGGAGAAGUUGGGAAUGGAUGAGUGGAGGCAUCAAAAAUGAGUUGGUGGGCUAGGCAUAGCAGUGAAUCAGGAUUUGGGGGGCAGGGAUGGAAGCAAAAGAGAAGGACUGUUGAAUGGGAGAUGUUACGAGGCAAUGAUGUGUGUGGCUUCAAGUAGUCUUCCCCCCACCCUGACAGCCUCCAAUUCCCACCAGCCCCAGCCAGCAUGGUCAGCGCUCAGGGAUGAUGGGAGUUGUAAUCCAAAAGAACCUGGAGCAGGGCACCAUGCUGAAGAAGGUUGACCAAGAGCAGGGAUGGGUAACCUGCGUCCCACCAUGUGUUUAUUUAUCUGUUAAAUUUAUACAUCGCCCUUCAUCCAAAGAUCUCAGGGCGGUUCACGGAAUAAAAUACAAAAUAAAAAUGUUGUUGGACUACAACUCCCAUCAUCCCUAGCCACUCUGAUAGGAGCUGGAAUCUGGCAGCGUCCGGAGGGCCACAGGUCCCAUCAUCCCUGGCUAAGGGGACAAAGGGGUUGGCCAGAGAGGAGGGACUGUUUAGGAGGGAAUAAUUUGGCCACUGUGGUGAGCCCUGCAAAGUGAGGAUGAAGAUGUUACCUUCUCGCCUGAAAUUACUGUAAAGGCCAGUGGGAGUGAGGGUAUUCUUCCUCAGAGGGAGACCCAUCGCACUGAGCUUUGUGGCAAAUUUCAGGGGCACCGUGGUGGAGAGAGGCUCUUGCUGGGGAGCCUCACUCUGCCAGGAACCUGCUUCACAGCAAGAUCUGUUAAUGCGGCCCAUUCUAUCAAAAGGGGCUAUUUUCUCCUGCAUGUCUGAAUGUGCAGUCAUGCUAGCAGUUGGCUGCUGGAAAGUGCUAGGAAUUCAGACAAGUAAGUAAAUGAAACUCGGCCACUUUCUGCUAUGCUAUACUCUGCGGCUGCAUUUCCUAUACUCUUAAUGUUUCCCUUCCCUGCUUGAUGCAAACUACUAAAGGUAAAGGUACCCCUGACCAGUAGGUCCAGUCGUGGCCGACUCUGGGGUUGCGGCGCUCAUCUCGCUUUAUUGGCCGAGGGAGCCGGCGUACAGCUUCCGGAUCAUGUGGCCAGCAUGACUAAGCCUCUUCUGGCAAACCAGAGCAGCGCACGGAAACACUGUUUACCUUCCCGCUGGAGCAGUACCUAUUUAUCUACUUGCACUUUUUGGGGUGCUUUCGAACUGCUAGGUUGGCAGCAGCAGGGACCGAGCAACGGGAGCUCACCCCGUCGCGGGGAUUCGAACCACCGUCCUUCUGAUCAGCAAGCCCUAGGCUCUGUGGUUUAACCCACAGCACCACCCUUGCAAUGCGAACUACUACCUUCCCCUAAAAGAAGCACCUUCUCUGGACCUUCUCCAGGUACCCCCCCACCUUCUGAAAUCAGGUGGUCAGGGAUAGGGCCUUCUGUCUGGUGGCCCCUUCCCAUUUGUGAAAUACCCUCCGUGGAGAGCCUAUGAGAUUCACUUUAAUGACAGAGUGCGAGGUUGAAACAUCUUUUUUAAAAAUGUGCUGAGCAUUUGAUGGAUCAUUUGUUUUAUUACUACUCUUCUCAGUUUCAAGGUAGGAUUUAACGGGUGGGGCAGAAUUUUAUUUUUGAUGUUUCAUUCAUUUUUAUUCUUUGCAAGCCAUGCAAAGAAACCCCACAAAGCUGGAAGGAAAUAGAAAAAGUAGAAUGAAAUGCAAUGAAUAUUUCUGAUGACUGCUGUUCACAAAGGGCAGCCUCACACAUGCACGUUUGUUGCCCGAUCGCUGCAAAAGCAAGCGAUAACUUCCAUUUGCGAACGGGCAAUCCCAGUAGAUAUACGUAGGAGACGCAUAGGAUUUACACGUCGCCUCAGAUGCCAUCCUUUCCAGCGGGCUCAGCUGAGCAGCCAGUCAUGAAAUGAUGGGCAUGCAAACUGCAUGAUCAAACCACAGUCCUGAAGCAAAAGCUCAAGGUUUUGCCCCUCGCGUUCUUCAGUGUAUGGAAGGUCGUUUUGCUGAUAAUAGCUGGCUGAAAACAAGGCUGGGAGGGCAUUGGAGUCUUUGCUUUGUGCAUGAAAGGACAGCACAGCCAGUCAGAAAAUUGAAAACAAAACACGCACACACCCUAGUGGAUGAAUACACCAGUGCUUGAAUUGCACUCCAGGGAAGCCUACAGCCAAGGAGAACAUUGUAUGCAAUGGCAACAAAAAGGUGGCAUUUGCACAAGCAACAUCCUGACCACAGUCACAAUACUGAUGGAUGUGCUUUCAGCGAGAAGGGUUGCAUUUCCCAGACACCCUGUGCUGGGAAAAUGCCACUGUGAUCCACGCGACUGGAUUAUUGUAACUCGUUCUACGUGGGGCUGCCCUUGAGACUGACCCAGAAACUCCAGCCGGUGCAGAAUGCCGCGGCGAGACUCCUUAUGGGGUCCUCGCUACGGGAUCACAUUCACCCGGUCCUAGACCAGCUGCACUGGCUCCUGGUGGGGUACAGGAUCAGGUUUAAGGUGCUGGUUUUAACCUUUAAAGCCCUAUACGGCCUAGGACCCUCGUACCUACGGGACCGCCUCUCCUGGUAUGCCCCACAGAGGAACCUACGGUCUGCAAAUAAAAUCAUCCUGAAGGUCCCAGGCCUCAGAGAGGUUAGGCUGGCCUCAACUAGAGCCAGGGCUUUCUCGGCUGCGGCUCCAAUCUGGUGGAACGCUCUGUCACAAGAGACUAGGGCCCUGCGGGACUUGACGUCUUUCCGCAGGGCCUGCAAGACGGAGCUGUUCCACCAGGCCUUUGGUCAGGGCCCAGCCUGACUCCCUCCUCUGGCAACCUGCACAGAACUUUGCUUAAUGGUUGCCAUUAAUUUGAUUUUAAUUAAUUUUUAUAAUGAAAUGUUUUAGAAUGUUGGAUUAUUUGAUUGUUUGAUUAUUUGAUUGUUGUUAGCCGCCCUGAGCCUGGCUUUGGCUGGGGAGGGCGGGAUAUAAAUAAAAUUUAUUAAUAUUACUAUUAUAUUAUUAUACCCCUCCGUAGGCACAUCGCUUAGGAGUAGCAUCUGAGCUAUGUUCACGUUCACUGCAAAACACUAACGUUUCAGGAAGGCGCUCAGUUAUUAGCCUUUUUCAAGAUUCUCAGAAGCCAGAGCCAUACCUUUCCCCCACUAUAUUUUCCCCUCCGUCUGUGUGCAAGCAUGGCCUUGAGAAGAGCUCAAAAAGCUUUGCCGACAAUAGAGAUCAAACCUGUGAAAAGCCAGCUUUCGCUUACGUCUGCCUCAGUGAACGAAGGAGCGCUCCCUUCCACGUCUCGUGAGCCCACCUUCUCAGAGCUGCCCGCCUUGUCUCUAACCUCCUGUUUCUCGCACCCCUCUUGCAUCUCCCCACCGGCACAAAACUGCCCAUAGUGAAAAGCGCAGACCAUUAGCGAAUCCACUACUGUUGGGGAACACAGCAGGGUGGGAGGAGGUAUGUAGAAAUAAGUAGGGCAUUUUCCCAGAAUCGCACUGUCCAUUAUGGCUUCAAAGGGGAUGGACGCGCCAUCGUUCAAGUAGCAGUUUAGAAAGAUAGGAGAAGAGAGGCAAUGAGAAGGAUCGGGGGGCGGGGGCGUUGCUGAACAUCGCUUUACGGGUGCUGCUUGGUUGUUUCUGUAAAAUGGCUACUGUAUUUUUCGCUCUAUAAGACGCACUUUCCCCCUCCUAAAAAGUAAGGGGGAAUGUGUGUGCGUCUUAUGGAGCGAAUGCAGGCGGGAGGUUCUGCUCAGCGCUCCCUUUAAAGAGCCGUGUGGAGCCUCUUGGGGGCUUUUCCCUGAGGAGGGAGAAGGGUUGGCACAUACUCUGCACGCUCUUUAAAGGGAGCGCGGCUCUUGGGGGAGCUUUAGCCGGGCGCAGCCUCUCCCAUAAGCCUCUCUCAUAAGCCAGGACAGCCAGUGGGAUCGCUGCGCUGCGAUCCCGCUGGCUGUCCUGGCUUCUUGCUUAGCCACGCGCAGCCUCUCCUGGGCAAGGGGAGCCUUCAUCCCGCUGCCCAGGAGAGGCUGUGCACAGCUAUCCCAUAAGCCAGGACAGCCUGGCUUCUGGGAUUCAGAUUUUUUUUUUUCUUGUUUUCCUCUUCCAAAAACUAGGUAUGUCUUAUGAUCUGGUGCGUCUUAUAGAGCGAAAAAUAUGGUGCUUCGCUGUUGCGUUAUUCACCCAUUUCCGACCAUGACAUUGAUAAAUAUUCUUAUGCCGAGUAUGAAGUUUCUUUUUGCAAAAUCAUACCAUUGGCCCAUCUAUGCUUCAAGCCAGAAGUGGACCACAUUUCCCCCCCCCUGUUGGUGAGGGGUGGGGACACACAUAGUAGGAGGGGCCAGGCUGGGGUCAAAAGUGGAUGAGGCAUCUCUUUUUCUUUCUGCCCCCUCUGUCUCCUCUUCCUCCUCUCUUUCUGCUCUCCUUCCUCCCUUCUGCUACCACCUUCCCCCCAUUGCCCUGCCCCUUGCCACCCUUGUGAGAUUGGGGCAAGGGCGGCCUGUAUAUGUUGUAAACAAAAAUCUGCCCUUUUCCCUUAUGAGGUAUCCAAGAUCCCAUAUAGAGUCCUUACAUAGGUUCCCUAUUGGUAGGAGAAAAUAACAGAGGCCAACCAGAGAAUAUUGAGAAGCAAAGCAGCUAGUAAGCCUGAUCUUUAUUGAUCUGCUGCAACAGGGUCCUCACUCACCACACGCAGGAGGGAGGAGAUAACCCAGAACAAUGGUGCACAAGCCCUUAUAUAGACUUUUGAAAUUGCCCACCCUGGAGCCCAAGACCACCCCCAAAAACAUCAUACAUACAUCACAGAAGGGUUGUAGCUCAAGACCACCACCCCUAGAUACAUUAUACCUACAUCACAGAAAGGGCGGUCUACAGCAGAAAUCUGAGUGCUUUGUCUGCCAGGUUACCUUUUUAAUGGUCACUUGAUUGGAUUGCCUGGGGAGCCUGGCCAGUCUUGUGUAAUGAUAAAUACUUAGUUCCUGAGUCAGGUCACAGGCUCCCACCCUAUUCAUAUCUUAAAUGUGCCCUUAAGACAGGAUUUGUGAAGGAAAAGGCAAUGGGGAGUCUUUUCCAUUUUCCUUUGACCUUGCAGAGAAAACAUUUGGUCAGUUUGGGAAUCAAAAAUGGCUUCAGGUCGGUCUUCCUGUGCUGAUCUAUGUACGUGCUUGGUUGGUACACUUAUGAACAUUUAACAUAUAUCUAAGACCUCGAAAUUCCUGUCACAUAUAUCCCGGGGACCACAGGUUGCUCACCUGUGCUUUCAGCGGAGAUGCCAGCACCCAAAACUGGCACCAUCACGUCUUAGGCCUUGCUGCUUCUCCUUCUCCGUGUUCCCAGUGGCUGCAGGAGAGGCGAUGGAUGGGCCCCCUCCAUGUCAGGAUAGGAAUUCUCGUGAUGGAUAGAAGCGGAGAAAAAGAGAGCGAGAGAAGUGGGGGACUGCAAGUGCGGAGGAGAAGAAUAGCGUGAAGGUGGGCGAGGAAGUAACUCACCUGCCCAACCAUCUCUUCCUUUUCUCAGUGUCCACUUUUGCAAAAUAUUCUGUAUCUCCCUCCUCCCACCACAGGCAAUUAGGCAAUUUGAGCCAGCAAAAUACCCCCUGCGUCCCAGUUUCAGAUCCCCACUUCCUAGACAGCCCCAAAUCAGCCACAACCUUUAAUUGAUGCCCCAGGCAACUGCUUAUAACAAUCACCUGCUGUGUAAGAUAAAAUAAUUUCGAACCAAUCUCUCAGAACAGGUUUGGCUGUCCCUUUAUAUGCCUUAUGUCGCCGCAGCGCAGGGGAUGGCUGAACUUCACGAAAAAGUGGUUUUGGGGUUUCGUUUUUUUUACAAUGGAUGCUUGCGCCUUCAUCAUUGUGUUUGCCCCCUCGCUGUUUGUCCCAUUUGUAACAUCUUCUCUUCUGUCUUCACUCAAGCGACACUUCUGAUGAAACAGGCCUGGCCUCAGACAUCAUCCUCUUGUGCCACUGAGGGUACCUUUCACCUCCCAGUGGACACUGGGACCGAGAACAGAACUUACCAAGCUUCAUCAGCAGCAUUCAGUAAAUAGAACUUUAUACUUCUGGGGAUUUUUUUUCCUGGUGUUUUUCUUUCUCUCUUUCUCUCUCUGUGUGUAUGUCUGUGUUUCUUUAUUGAUUUGGGAGGGGGUUGUAUUGCCUGCUUUGCAUUUAUUAUUUCUAUUAUUAUUAUCAUUAUUAUUAUUAUCGUCAUUAUUAUUAUUUUUGCAAUUAGAGUUGCCAGGUCAAGAGCAGUUUUCAGGGCUCAAGCCUGAGACCUAGCAAGGGCUCCCAGGUCACAGCAUGCUACAAUCAGAAAACACAUUACAGUGGUACCUCGGGUUAUGAACUUAAUUUGUUCCGGAGGUCCCUUCUUAACCUGAAACUGUUCUUAACCUGAAGCACCACUUUAGCUAAUGGGGCCUCCCACUGCCGUCGGGCUGCCGUCGUGCGAUUUCUAUUCUCAUCCUGGGGCAAAGUUCUUAACUCGAGGUACUAUUUCUGGGUUAGCGGAGUCUUUAAACUGAAGUGUUUGUAACCCGGGGUACCACUGUACAGUUAUCAAGCCGCCACCUCCCAUUUUGGAGACAGAAAACCGGUUUGGUGUGGUUUGGUUUUUUAAUAGUUUUUAUUAAGGAUUUUCAGGUGUGUGUGCUUUUAAAUUGUUUUUUAGAUUGGAAGUCAGUUGUUGUAAGAACUCCUUGCGCUGUUUUACAGAAUACUUUUUGCCUUUGGCAAGUCACCAAGAAGGGUAAUGAUGAACAGCCUCUGAGGGUCUGUGGGCCCUCACAGUCUCAGCUAUGUGCAUAAAAACAGAAGUUUCAUUCACUUUGAGGGGCCAUAAGGAGUGAGUGGAGCCCGGCACAUUAAGGCCGAGAGGGCGCAGUCCUCACGUUGCUGGACUCCAGCUUCCAUCUGUCACAGCCAUUGUUAGGUUAGUUGAAUAAUUUCUGGGAGUCCACAGGUUCCCCACCACUACAUGAAGCCUUCAUUACCACUGUGCAGAAGAGAGCCCAGGACACAACAACUUUUGCAAGUGCUUCAGGGCUUAGCUAAUGUAGCCCAGGCUGUGUAAUAAACAUAAAUCUGCCCUUAUUCCCUUAUGGGGGACACAAGAGCCCUUAUAGAGUCCUUUGCAGGUUCUCCAUCGGUAGGAGAAAAUAACAGAGGCCUGCCAGAGAUUAUUGAGAAGCAAAGCAGCUCAUAAGCCUGAUCUUUAUUGAACUGUUGCAACAGGGUGUCCCCUUCACACUCAGGAGGAGGAAGACCCCGAACCAAGGUGUAUCCGCCCUUAUAUAGACAUUUUUAAUUGUCUGCCUUGGAGUCCCAGACCACCCCCAGAAACACCAUACAUACAUCACAGAAGGGGUGUAGCCCAAGACCACCACCCCAGAUACAUCAUACCUACAUCACAGAAGAGGUGGUCUACAACAGAAAUCUGAGUGUGUUGUUUAUCUCCUGUGUGGCAAGUUACCUGUUAAUGGUUACUUGAUUGGAUACCCUGGGGAGCCUGGCCAGUCUUUUGUAAUGACAAAUACUUAGUUCCUGAGCCAGGUCACAGGCUCACCCUAUUCAUACACAGACAUACCCUUAAGACAGGAUUUGGGAACAAAAAAACAAUGGGAAGGCUCCUCCACCUCCUCCCUCCUUGCAGAGAAAACAUUUGGUCAGUUUGGGUGUCAAAAUGGUUUCAGGGCGGUCCUCCAGUGCUGCUCCAGACAUGUGGUCCACACAUCUAUGUAUCGGCUUGGUUGGUACAUUUAUGAACUAUAUAUAUAUAUAUAUAUAUAUAUAUAUAUAUAUAUAUAUAUGAUCUUAUUGUUUUUAAUUCAGCUGCUCAACCCACCCAAAGAUUUGCUGUAUCAUUUUGUACCGGCUGAAGUUCUCUUAAAUAGUUUGUCGUCUUUGGGUUGGUAGCUGCAUACACAUACAGAUUUUGGCUCGUUCCCAGAGAUUUGUAGGAUAGAAGGCACACAGUGCCUCUGUGGCAAGACUCAUCUCGGUAGCUUGUAGUUUUAUCUGCUUUUCUGUAAGCCUGUGCAGUGCACUGUCAUUUUGAAAACGGACGUGCUUGCACUCCCUCUGGGUUUUUAAGCUGUGGGUUGGCGGUGGUCCAAGCGAGGUGUGCUUCUGUUCCUCUGGGGAGUUGCGUCCGUGUGUGUGUUGGUCAUGGUUAUUUGGUACAGUGCAGAGGAGGAUGUUUCUGGGAGUUCUGGUCUGAGAGAUUUGUGAGAUUCUGGCUUUAAACUGGAAGGCAGCUUUCAGUUGAUGUAGAAAAAUUGGGGUUUGGCUUUUGCUGCCCACCUCCCCAAGGGACUGAGUCCCCUAAGUCCAUGAUCGGUCAGAGAUGAAUGGAUGGAAGCGGGAUCCAGAGAAAAGCAAAAGCCAAUCUUUAUUUUUCCGUUGCAACAGAGCUGCCUCCCCUCCUUGCAAGAGAGACCAAGAACAAAGUGUGCAGGAACCUUUAAAGACUUUGAAUUUGCCCAACCCCUUAGCCAGAGACCACCCAAAAAGCACCCAGUAUACAUCACAGAAGGAGGUGGUCUCCUUUGAGAGUGUUGCUUCUCUCCUGUCUGUAAAGGCAAAGGGACCCCUGAGCAUUAGGUCCAGUCGUGGCCGACUCUGGGGUUGCAGCACUCAUCUCGCUUUAUUGGCCGAGGGAGCAGGCGUACAGCUUCCGGGUCAUGUGCCCAGCAUGACUAAGCCGCUUCUGGCAAACCAGAGCAGCGUACGGAAACGCCCUUUACCUUCCCGCCGGAGUGGUACCUAUUUAUCUACUUAUCUACUUGCACUUUGAGGUGCUUUCGAACUGCUAGGUUGGCAGGAGCAGGGACCACCCCGUCGCGGGGAUUCGAACCGCCGACCUUCUGAUUGGCAAGUCCUAGGCUCUGUGGUUUAACCCACAGUGCCACCCGCGUCCCUCAGUCUGUCAAGGUACCUGAUUGCAUUAACUGUGCAGCCUGGCCAUUCAUUUGAGAAGGUAAAUACUUUGGUUCCAGAAUCCCUUAUUUACAAACUUACACUUAUUGAUAGACUGCUUAGCUUAAGAGAAACUUGCCAGGCUGGAUUUGGCCCCUACAUUCCAGGCAGUUUAUUAACUGGAUUUGCAAGUGAAAAGACAACUGGAAAGCUUUCCCCAUCUCCUUCCUCCUCCUGCAGAAGAAUAUUUGAGGUCAUUUUGGGAGAGUCAAAAUGGCUUCAGGAUUGUUCUGUUUCUGUGUCUGCGGUGUGAGGGCACCCCAAAUUUUUACAACACAGUAUUGCUGUGAUUCAGACCCCAGAAUGGUUUGCCUGUGGCGAGAUCCAUGUGGCGCUCAGUCCUGUGAAGAAUGCAACAUGGAUUCUGUUUUGCAGGCGUUGCACGUUCAGUUUAGGGUUGCCAGACGAUAGUGGUCUUGGAGCUAGAUUGAUCUUCUUCUUCUUCUUCUUCUUCUUCUUCUUCUUCUUCUUCUUCUGUGAUCACAGAUUGUCUUCCAUAAACACGGUUUUAACAAUGAGUACAUAAGUGACUGUGGAGGCCAGUUCUGGAUCCACAUGUCCUUCCACAGUGGGGACAUUGGUUUCCGGGCGGGAGUUGAUCAUGAUGUGGAUUUGCCAAGCGUGCCUUCCUCUUAGCACGUUUCUCCCUUGCAUCCUGAGUUUGAGUGUCUUCAAAGCCCAUGACACCUUUGGGAAAGGCUGUUCUCCAAUUGGAGCGCCCGCAGGCCAGUGUUUCCCAAUUGUUGGUGUUUAUACUACAUUUUUUUUAUUAUCAACCUUAUAAGCCUAAACUGGCUCCCAUCCAGAUAGCUUUUUAGCUAUGCUUGGAUAUUUGGUUGACAAAUGCAACCUUAAGCGGUCUUUCUCCCGCACCCACCCCUAAAAACCCAUUGUUUGCUAAUUAUCCUCUGCAAGGCAACCUUCCUGCGGUUUUGUGUUGACGUCCCAGAUUGCUCUUUUCAGGCAAGGUUGCCGCUUUCUAUUUUUCUGCAUGUUUGCAAAGAGCAAGUCCUUGCUCUGUUUUUAAUAGGAGCCGAGCAGAUGCAAGGCUUCUGUCAAUAAUGCAAAUGGGCCUGUAGAGAGAGCAGAGGUGCAUACAAAGCUAUCAGAGAAAUCUCUGCUAGGCUAAGGUGACCUUUGGUGAUACAGGACAGCCUAGUCUCUGCAAGGAGUUCAGAGAUCUCCCUUCCCUACUUGCUCAGCUUGCUUUGAACUCUCCCCUGCCACUUUGACCCUGUUCAGCAGGUGUGGCUGCUUAAAGCCGAGUCCUUUGUCUAAAAGGAGCUCCUGUUGAUUUCAGAUGUGAAGGAGGGAAUAAGGCAGGCCUGGUGCUAUGUGUUUGCUUUGCUUACAGGCUAAGGCAGACCAAUUAAUGACUCUGCUUGCAGCCUCCUCCUGCCAAGUCUGUGUGCCUGGAAACAUAAGUGUUGGAAGGGUGCCUGUUUUUAAUCACGCAGAGUCUGCCACCGACAAAACCCGAGUCCUCAAAUAAUAACAUUGGGUGGCAUGCAUGUUGUACCUGGAAGAAAACAUCAUGUCAGAUGCCUCUGCUAGCUGGCCUGCGCUCACAUGCCCCAGACCAUCUGGAGCAGCCCUUGCAAUAUUUAUUUAUUUAGAAAAAACCCCCUCCCCUCCAGUGCAUUUGCUUCCAUCAGUGCAGAGUGCAAUAAUAAAAAACGAACCCAUUCGACAAAAGAAAUAAACCAGCGCUGUGAAAAUGGAAGCAGUGGAACAAUGUGCCUUCUCUCUCCUUGUGGUCUGCAUUGCAUGGGUUGAAAUUAUGAAUGGGGGUGGUGGUUGGUGAAUGUGUGUGGUUUGAACGGCCUCGGUCCCGUAGACCUGUAGGAGCAUAUCUACCCCCAUUGUUCUGCCCGGACACUGAGGUCCAGCGCCGAGGGCCUUCUGGCAGUUCCCUCGCUGCGAGAAACCAAUUUACAGGGAACCAGGCAGAGGGCCUUCUCAGUAGUGGCACCCGCCCUGUGGAACGCCCUCCCACCAGAUGUCAAAGAGGAAAACAGCUACCAGACUUUUAGAAGACACCUGAAGGCAGCCCUGUUUAGGGAAGCUUUUAAUGUUUAAUAGACUAUUGUAUUUUAAUAUUAUGUUGGAAGCCGCCAGAGUGGCUGGGAAAACCCAGCCAGAUGGGCAGGGUAUAAAUAAUAAAUUGCUAUUAUUAUUUUUUAUUAUUUGAAAUUCAGAAUACGGUAGCCUACAUCUUGAUUUGGUUUCAUUGCGGAAUAAGUGGAAUGAAAGAGAAUCGUUAACUUCUAGCAAGUUUGAGGACUCACCUCUCUCCUCAUCCUGGGAUUCCAGUAGGUUGGCAAAUACCUGUCCCAGGAAUGUGACUGAAGAGUGGUGUGGAAAUACUUACGAUAAAUAAAAUAGCAGGAAUGGUAGUUCGGCAAUAUCUGGGCCAAAGGUUCCUCCCAUUUUUGUGGGAAUGUUCAGGGAUACAGGAGAGGAUAUAUUGUCUGAUUAUAUCCUUUUCCAACUUGUGUUAACAAGUUCGCAAUUUAGCAGAGUAACAUUCCCCCUUUUAAACUUGCAGCAGAUGCGUUUGCUGAGGCUCGCUAAAGCCUCUAUAAUAACUGUUCUGGUAUUUUCCACUUAUUCCCUCAUAAAAGAUAAGACACGACACAGUCUUCUAUAAAAGUAUAAAAAGGUUUACUCACAUACCAUUCUGUUCACAAUAGGAUCCCAGAAGGCAGACUUAGCUUAGAAAAGUAACAUAUACCUAGAAACUAUCUCAUAAGAAGACAGUCCCUUUGUCCUCUCUUGGCUAGAGACAAGAGAGCAUCUUUGGCUAAGCAGAGGUUGCUUCUUCGAUGCAUGUAGUCAAAAGAGAGAGAGAUGUCUGCCCUGCCCUGUGCUUUUGUCGUUACCUGCACAGGUGAGGCCACGCCCACUUCUAGUCACAUGCAGAGGAAGUCUGUCCCAGCCCAGAAGGAAACAGGAAGUUUACCUGCUGGCUGGACAAACAUUCCCCAAGUGUAAACAUGUUCACUCUAGGAAUGUUGUACUUGACUGCUCUUGUGUUUCACAUCCCACAAUUUUUUGUGGGGGGUGGGGAUGAGGGUGGACUCAGGAGAGAAGCUGUGCAGCUCAGGCACAUGCCAGGAUCCCAAGAAACACGAAGCUCAUUCUCUGAGCCUGGAGAGUUGGUUUUUUCAUCCCAUGCUGCUCACCAAAUGCCCUUCAAACUGUGAAGGGAGGAGGCGAUUUGAAACUAGUUUGUGAUAUAGCAUGGAGCCUACGGGGCAAGCGGGGAGAUAGGAGGAAGAAGCCAAACAUUGCACCUGGGCUAGCACAAGCUCCCAUUGUUAGCCUAAGCAGUCUUUGGAUCCUAGUAAAUACGUUGCAGUAGUCAUUGUACUAAAAAAAUAUAUGCUGAAAGCUCAAUGCCCAAGUGCUCUACUCGAGUCCUGGCUGCAUGUGGAGUUGCACAAAAUCCCACUUGCAAGCCUAGUAAUCACCGAGGUUCUGAUCCUGCCCCUGUUUCUGCCACUCAAUAUGCCAUUAUUUGGCCUUUGUUGUGUUAACCUCCGUAUAAGCCCCAUGCCGUGCGGAGAAGUAGCAGUGGCACCCACUCUGGGUUCCUAAGUGGUUUUUGCCUUGUCUUCUAAUUAUGCCGCUGAUGGCACACACUGCAACAGAUGCUUUGUUAAAUACCUCUGUCUUGGAAUAGCCCACUCAGUUCAUUCCAGGAUGCUAAUAGCACCUCCCUGACAAUGUGCAGCUGCGCUCAGGGAAACAGUGCCCGUGUUCGUGGCGGCAGGAUUAAUCCAGCCUGAGAGGCUUCUCAUGCCCGAAAUCUCAAAAUUGGUUUGUUAACGCUGGGUCUGACUCUGAGGUCAGUGAAAAGGAAGGCAAUUAUGUGCCUCUUGGAGGAAAUUACUGUAUUUGCCAUCUGUUUCCUGCAGUUCAGUGUUCUUUCGCCUCACUAUCAGAUUUUGGAUGAAUUUUUGCAUUUGCACAAUUGAGCACAUAAUGGACAUGAACUGGACGCCUUCGUCACCCUCCUGGGGGGUGGGAAGCAGCACUUAGCUAAUUUGGGGCACGUUUUCAAGUCCGCUUAACUCUUGUUAGCUGCUGUAUUGCUAUGAAACAUCAUUUUGUGCUUUGGGCCUCUUUUUUAAAGAACAGUAACAGUCGCAUUCUUAUGGAUGCAGCAGUUGCUUUUGGGGCUUUUUGGAAUGAGACCUGCCUCUUUCUGAGAAAGCCAGAAACAAGCCAGGUGGUUGGUGAAAAUUGCUUAACCUCCCCGAUUGACGGGCCUUGCUUUUUGUUUCUCAACAGGGUAUACCGCUGGAACGCCCUACAAGGUCCCUCCCACCCAGAGCAACAGCGCACCUCCCCCAUAUUCUCCAUCUCCAAAUCCUUACCAAACCGCUAUGUACCCCAUCCGAAGUGCCUAUCCGCAGCAGAACCUGUAUGCCCAAGUGAGUACAACCGGCAGCCGCGGCGAUGUCAAACAGCAAGAACAAAAACAAGAGCCUAAAAGCCACCGCUGUUUGGUAACUCUCCUAAUCUAAGCGUAGAAAACGAAAUUGAAUUUAUCUGGAAAAAUCUGAACAUUCUAUGUCAUGCCUAAAACACGGCGAUCUGGCAGACCUCCCUUGGGAAGAUACAGUGGUACCUUGGGUUAAGUACUUAAUUCGUUCCAGAGGUCUGUUCUUAACCUGAAACUGUUCUUAACCUGAAGCACCACUUUAGCUAAUGGGGCUUCCUGCUGCUGCUGUGCCACCAGACCACGAUUUCUGUUCUCAUCCUGAAGCAAAGUUCUUAACCCGAGGUACUAUUUCUGGGUUAGCGGAGCCUGUAACCUGAAGCGUAUGUAACCUGAAGCGUAUGUAACCCGAGGUACCGCUGUAUUCUGUAAUGAUGGUGCCAUCAUUAAGAGCAUACGAAGAGUGCUGUUAGGUCUGAACAGAGACCCAGCUAGUCUAGCAUCCAUUUGUCACAGUGGCCAUUCAGAUGCCUCUUCUGGGAAUCUCUUAAGCAGGAACUAAGGCAAGAGCCCUCUCCCCACCUGUAAGUCCAAGCACUCAGUGUUCAGUGCUGGAGGUAGUUCCCAGCCAUCAUGGCUAGUAGUCAUUGACAGUUUUAUCGUCUAUGAAUUUGUCCCUUUAAACAGGCCUCUGAAUCAGCUAGGGUGGCUGCUGAAUUUUUGGAUGACAUUAGUGGGGGGUUCAAAGUUGUGCUAAAAGAGGAAAAGACUGCAGAGAAGCCAAAUGAAUUAUUUGCAUCUGUCUCCACAGUGGAAGGUGUAGGGGAGAUCCCUGUACCUGAAGCAACUUUCUGAGGAAAGGGAAGCCUCAUCAACUAAGGCUAAUAGUUGUGAGAUGAGAUGAGAUUCCUGGCCUCAUUGACUAAUUGAAAAGGAACAGAUCCCUGGGUCUGGAUGGUAUCCACUGAAGACUCAGAAUGUGAAAUUGCCUAUCUUUUAACAAAAGCGCACAAACUUGUCCCUAACAUCAGCCUCUAUGGCUGAAGACUGGAACGUGGGCACUGUAUUGCCAGUUUUUAAAAGGGGUCCAGGGAGGACAGUGCUGGAAAUUACAGGCUGGUUAACAUAUUGUGGGAAAGCUCAUGGAAUGCAUGAUUAAGAAUAAAUUACUAAGCAUGCAGAUAAGGGAUGUGGGUGGCACUGUGGGUUAAACCACAGAGCCUAGGGCUUGCCGAUCAGAAGGUCGGCAGUUCGAAUCCCCACGAUGGGAUGAGCUCCCAUUGCUCAGUCCUUGCUCCUGCCGACCUAGCAGUUCGAAAGCAUGUCGAAGUGCAAGUAUAUAAAUAGGUACUGCUCCAGCGGGAAGGUAAAUGGCAUUUCCAUGAGCUCCUCUGGUUCGCCAGAAGCGGCUUAGUCAUGCUGGCCACAUGACCCGGAAGCUGUACGCUGGUUCCCUUGGCCAGUAAAGCGAGAUGAGCGCUGCAACCCCAGCGUCGUCCGUGACUGGACCUAAUGGUCAGGGGCCCCUUUACCUUUACCUUUAAGCAUGCAGAAGGACAAGCCUUGCAAAGAAGAACAAGCCUGGCUUCUGCAAGGCGAAAUCCUGUCUUGCUCACUCUUUGAGAGUGUCAAUAAGCAUACAGAUAGAGGUGAUCUAGUAGGCGUUUUGUCACCAAAGAUUCCUUAGUAAGCUUAGCAAUUAAGGGAUAAGAGCGUAGACUGUCUUACGGAUCAGUAACUGGUUAAAGAAUAAGAAGCAGUGAUGGAGGGAUAUAAGAAGUGGAGUUCCUCAAAGAUGAUUUUUGGUGCUUUUUAAUGUUGUUCAUGAAUGGCCUGAAGUUAGGUCUGAACAGUGAGGUGGCCAAGUUUGCUAUUGAUGCCAAUUUGUUUAGGGUGGUAAGAAAAAAGAAAGGAAUUACAAGGAGGUUCUCUCCAAACUGGGUAAACAGGCAUUAAAAUUUCAAAUGGGAUUCAGUGUCAGUAGGUGUGAAGUGAUGCACACUGAGGCAAAAAAUAUCCUUACAGCAUAUUUAUACACUUAAUGAGGUCUGGAGUGGUGGGGGUAGCUCAGUGAAAAUGUCAACCCAUAAUGCAGCAGCCUUGAAAAAGGCACAUUCCAUGGUAAGGAUCAUAGGGAAAGGAACUGAGAAUAAGAAUGCCAGUAUCAGAAUGUUGUGGAAUGCUUGUGUACAGUUCCAUCGCAUAGGAUAUUGUAGAGCUGGAAAAGUUCCAUAAAAGGGCAACCAAAACGUUGAAGAAGUUGGAGCAACUCCCCUGGGGGGAACAGUUAAAAUACUCGAGUCUUUUUAGUAUAUAGAAAAAGGUAAUUCAGGACAUGAUUUGUAGUGUGGAGAAGAUGCAAAGAGGUAGGUUUUCUCCCUUUCUCAUAACACUAGAAUCUGUGGACAUUCAGCAAAGCUGAAUUUUGGAAGAUUCAGGCAAAAGGAAGCUUUUCCACACGCCUAAGAGAACAGGCAGACAAACCACUUUCCAAAACACAUAGUAGAUGAGAGGAAUGCCAAACUUGCUUUGUCCUUCCUCUUUCUAAAUGAAGGAUGUGCUGCUCUGCUACGUCCACUAAGACAUGGCAUAGUCUGGGGUGUACAGAGAGAUUGCUUACAUGCCUUUUGGAAAUACCAGUACAAAUUGGAGCAUAACUGUUUGACCAGAUGAAAAGGUCUUUGGUGUUGUCCUUGUAGGUGUGAUGCACAGUAUAGCUAGACAGUGGUGCUAUAACCUAAUGGAUGGGCACUGUGCAAAAAUUAAAAACAGCAGGCCCUGCCCACAGACAUACAAUUGAAAGCCAGAUUAAAUUCAAUUGAAUGAGCCAAGUGACUUGAGGACUGUGUGGCAGUGUCCGAAGCUCCCGUUGUUCCAGGCGCAUUUUGCGACAGGGAAUUUCAUUACCGCACGAGCAAUUUCUGAGCUCUGGGCACGGUACUGCACCUAGGAUUUCAGAUUAAAACUGCAGAGUGGAAGGAAAGGGGGGCCUUUUUCUGCCUCCCCACUUCCAGACACGCUCUGAAGACUGGAGAAGAGACCCUCUUAAGAAGAUUAGGGGAUGGCGGGCAGGGGAAGAACUAGACUGUGUGAAAAAUGAACAUAAUAUCUUAGCUGCAGUUCAUUCAUUUUCAGCUCUGUAUUCUUGUUAUAAAAAAAGCGCGCCUAGACAUUCCAUCGGGACGUGGGUGGCGCUGUGGGUUAAACCACAGAGCCUAGGACUUGCCGAUCAGAAGGUCGGCGGUUCGAAUCCCCGCGACAGAGUGAGCUCCCAUUGCUUGGUCCCUGCUCCUGCCAACCUGGCAGUUUGAAAGCACCUCAACGUGCAAGUAGAUAAAUAGGUACCGCUCCAGCGGGAAGGUAAACGGCGUUUCCGUGCACUGCUCUGGUUUGCCAGAAGCGGCUUAGUCAUGCUGGCCACAUGACCUGGAAGCUGUACGCCGGCUCCCUCGGCCAGUAAAGCGAGAUGAGCGCCGCAACCCCAGAGUCAGCCACGACUGGACCUAAUGCUCAGGGGUCCCUUUACCUUUACCUUAGACAUUCAAUCAUUGUGCCCGUACCCUCAGUUUAAGGUGCCAUUUAGCUUCUAGCUUUCCUACUUCAAUUUCUAACACAGCUGUGUUGUGAUGGUCUGUCCCACAUCGUUGCUGAUUUUUUAAAAAGCCAACCUCUGCUGAAAUGUGGUUCUCCUCCCCUACCCCCUUUCUGAACAGGGAGCAUAUUAUACACAGCCAGUGUAUGCGGCACAGCCUCAUGUCAUCCACCACACCACCGUGGUCCAGCCAAACAGCAUCCCGUCUGCUAUUUAUCCAGCUCCCGUGGCUGCCCCAAGGACUAACGGCGUGGCCAUGGGGAUGGUAGCUGGGACCACCAUGGCAAUGUCAGCAGGUGAGAACUAAGUGGAAAUAAACCGUGUCCUGUUAAGCCUUGCGGUAGAGCAGCCUUUGCCAAUGUGGCGCCUUCCACGUGCUCCCUGUGGGACUAGAGCUCCCAUACAGCACAGUACCACGUUGGGCAAAGGCUGCGUACAGCUUGCAUGAAACCAGAACUGUGUUGUCCUGUUUGCAACUCCUGAACAGUAUUUGCAGAUCUGUCUCUGUCUGCCACAGUACCAGGACAUUGCGGGGAAUUUGGAUUUCUGAGCAUCGCGCCUUUCUGCUAAGCAAAACCCUGCCCAAAGUUCCUUUUCUUGUGGCUGUGAAAAUAUUAUUGGAAGGCUGGCAGCCACAUGAGACCUCUGAAUCUGGAGUGGGAGGCAGAAUAAGAUUUCCAAUAGUUGGGUGUUGGACUUAAACUUUCUGGACUCCUCUUGUCUCCCCGCGACUAGUAAAAAGGAUAAAAUUAUAAAGGGCUGCUAAUUCGAUGGAAUGGCGUCUCUGCCACCAGCCAGCCCUUAAGCCCAUUUCAGCUGUUUCUGCCCCUCUUUCUGGAAGGAUGAGCCUGGAACCAGGACAGUUGCCAGAACUGGAAGACUCUGUUAUAUAACUCACCCCAUACAAUCCUAUUAAAAGCUUGCCACUUUGGGCUCCAAGUUUGGCUGAAAAGUGGGGUGCUGACAAGACAAAUCGAUCCCAUUAAAAAGUCAAAUAGAUGAUACAAAAUUUGGAGAAUCCAUGCCAGUGCAUUUGAUUGCUACAAAAUUUAUUCGGCUCGCAGGAUUUAGCUUUUCCGAGUGCAGAAUUCAGAUAGGCCCCACUGACGGGAACCGCUUCCUUCUAAGAGCUUCUUCAUGCCUGCUGCUGAGUCCCUCUUGCUUUGUCCCCAGUCCUGCAUGGAACUGUAAUAAACCAAAGUUCUCCCAAUACACCACCAGGUUAUCUUUCCUGUUAAGCACUUUGUUUCAACAAAGUGAGGCAUUUCGCUCUGCUGGCACUAUUUGAUUUGCUUGCCGUGCCUUCAUAGAGUUUUAAAGUUGGAAGGGACUGUGGAAGUCAUCUAGCUGACCCCAUCAAUCAGUGAAGGAUGCUGCAGCUACAGCAUCCCUGACAGGUGGCUGGCCAGCCGUUGCAUAAAUGCCUCCAGUAGUAGUAGUAGUAGUAGUAAUUAUUAUUAUUAUUAUUAUUAUUAUUAAUUUGUACCCCGCCCAUCUGGCUGGGUUUCCCCAGCCACUCUGGGCGGCUUCCAACAAAGAUUAAAAAUGCAUUAAAAUGUCACACAUUAAAAACUUCCCUGAACAGGGCUGGCUUCAGAUGUCUUCUAAAUGUCAGGUAGUUGUUUAUCUCUUUGACAUGUGAUGGGAGGGCAUUCCACAGGGCGGGCGCCACUACCGAGAAGGCCCUCUGCCUGGUUCCCUGUAGCUUUGCUUCUCUCAGUGAGGGAACCGCCAGAAGGCCCUUGGAGUUGGACCUCAGUGUCCGGGCAGAAUGAUGGGGGUGGAGACGCUCCUUCAGGUCUACUGGGCUAAGGCCGUUUAGGGCUUUAAAGGUCAGCACCAACGCUUUGAAUUGUGCUAGGAAAUGUACUGGGAGCCAAUGUAGGUCUUUCAAGACCAGUGUUACGUGGUCUCGGCGGCCGCCCCCAGUCACCAGUCUAGCUGCCGCAUUCUGGAUUAGUUGUAGUUUCCAGGUCACCUUCAAAGGUAGCCCCACGUAAAGCGCAUUGCAGUAGUCGAAGCGGGAGAUAACCAGAGCAUGCACCACUCUGGCGAGGCAGUCAGCAGGCAGAUAGGGUCUCAGCCUGCGUACCAGAUGGAGCUGGUACACAGCUGCCCUGGACACAGAAUUGACCUGCACCUCCAUGGACAGCUGUGAGACCAGAAUGACUCCCAGGCUGCGCACCUGGUCCUUCAGGGGCACAGUCACCCCAUUCAGGACCAGGGAGUCCUCCACACCCACCCGCCCCCUGUCCCCCAAGAACAGCAUUUCUGUCUUGUCAGGAUUCAACCUCCAGUGUCCAACUGACCUUGUUUGACCUUGCCUGCCUUGCUGCCCUCAGUUUCUGUUCAUCGGCUAGAACAUGCCGCCUUGCAGGGCAGGAGGUGGGAUUGGCCCCACCGCGUCGGUGGUCUUUCCAGGCUGGAAUGAGCAGCACAGAGAGCUCAUUCGGAGUCCCUCACCUAGGAGAACAAGCCAGGGUUCACCCAGCACCACAGUUUCCCGGCUGUCAGAAAGAGCAGCGUUGUGCAACAGAGAGAAAGCUAGGACCCUCCCUGAUGUCCCUGUCCUGAUGGAAAGAUGGCUAGGCAGGUUUCUGUUUUGAAAGCACCCUGUCUGGGGGGUAAGAUGGGCUCUAAAGUAGAUGGAAGCCGAGAAUUGACAGCCAAGCGACCCUUUCAAAAGCACCCUUCCCAUUUGCGGGGAAACGGCAGCUCUUGAAACAUCGCCUGCAAACCUAAUAAUAAUAAUAAUAAUAAUAAUAAUAAUAAUAAUAAUAAUUUUAUUUAUAUCCAGCCCUCCCCAGCUGAAGCCAGGCUCAGAGCGGCUAACAACAAUACAGUGGUGCCUCGCAAGACGAAAUUAAUCCGUUCCGCGAGUAUCUUCGUCUAGCGGUUUUUUCGUCUUGUGAAGCAACCCUAUUAGCGGAUUAGCGCUAUUAGCGGUUUAGCGGCUAUUAAAGUCUUAGCGGAUUAGCUGCUAAAAGGCUAUUAAAGGCUUAGCGGCUUAGAAAAAGGGGGGGGGGGAGCGGAAAAAAAAUCUCAAGAUUCGCAAGACAUUUUCGUCUUGCGAAGCAAGCCCAUAGGGAAAUUCGUCCUGCGAAGCGCAUUGAAAAUGGAAAACCCUUUCGUCUAGCGGGUUUUCCGUCUUGUGAGGCAUUCGUCUUGCGGGGCACCACUGUAAAAGGAACACUGCAUUCUAAAAUCAAUUCAUUUUAAAAUCAAUUCAAAAUCAAAUUAAUGGCAACCAUUGGGCUAGAGUUCUGUGAGAAUUACCAAAGGACUGUGCUUAGGCCAAAGGCCUGGUGGAACAGCUCUGUCUUGCAGGCCCUGCGGAAAUAUGUCAAGUCCCGCAGGGCCCUAGUCUCUUGUGACAGCGUUCCACCAGAUUGGGGCCACGGCCGAAAAAGCCUUGGCUCUGGUUGAGGCCAGCCUACCCUCCCUGUGGCCCGGGAUCUCCAAGAUGUUUUUAUUUGAAGACCGUAAGGUCCUCCGUGGGACAUACCAGGAGAGGCAGUCCCGUAGGUACGAGGGUCCUAGGCAGUUUGGGGGCGGGCAGGACAGCACUCUGCAAAAAAAUAAAAAAAAAAAAAUCAUUGAAAUGUACGCACUUUGUUAUGUCUGAUUUCCGUCGCUAAUUGUGCCUGAGACCAGCAGGACGGUUAAGCUGAAGUAAAAUGGCCUCCUUUAUCUGCCAGCUCCUGCCCCGCCCCCUCCUCCCCCAGUGAAGGUCUAUUUGUUUGGUUACAACUCGGGUGCAACUUGGCACAUGGUCGGAGGUAAGGGAUCGGAUCUUCUGCAUGGCCUGUGCCCAGGGAUUUCAUCUGUGCCAUGCUGCAUCCUCGGGCGUCACUCCCCAAGUCGGACCCCGAAGGGCAAGAUCAGCCGCCCGCCAGCCCCACAGGAGGAAAAACCAUUGUGUCCCACAGGCCUGCAGCUGCUUCUGCAGUCUCCCCACCCCACCCUCCACCAGCUCCCAGGAGCUCAAUCCACAGGUGUGCGAACGCUUGCAAGGGAUUUGUGCCAGAGAGCCAAUCAUACAAUCGUAGGAUUGUCGAGGGGGAAGGGAUGCCCAGGGUCAUCUAUUCUCGACCCCCAACCUGCCCCCGCAAUGCAGGGAUCACAGCCAAGCCAAGCCGCACGUGCCAGGGAAAUCGUGCUCCCACUUCCUCCGGGGCCCUGGGUUCAGAAUCCGCUUCUGACACCUGCUUGAGGGGCCGGGAUGCAGCGCUUUGUGCCCUCCUCCCGCCUGACCCCCUCUCUUUCUGUUGCAGGCACUUUGCUGACCACCCCUCAACACACUGCCAUCGGAGCACAUCCAGUCUCGGUGCCAACGUACAGGGCUCAAGGAACCCCUACCUACAGCUACGUACCUCCACAUUGGUAAUCCCAUUGGCCAAGCCACGUAAGUCGUUGCAAACGCUUGCAGGGAAACCCCCCCAAUGUCGCGGGAGGUGGGGGCUGCAUUUGGAAUACUUCUCUACAGGCCAGUCGGCCGUAAGCUAGUGUCUGAGACCGGAGUCCCAAAAGGCAGCUUCCCCAAAUGAGACUGGAAGUCCAAAACGCAACAUUCGCUUUUGUACUUGCAUCAUGGGUUAAGGAUGAAGUCAGGAGCCAGCUUUGAAGUGGCUUCUCACCAGGGUGGAUUUGAUUUAAACCAAAUCAAUUGAAAUCACUACAGUGGACGCUCGAGUUGUGAACGCGAUCCAUGUGGGAUGCACGUUCGCAACCCGCAGCGGUACGUCUGUGCAUGUGCUGGUUGCGACUCGGUGCUUCUGCGCAUGCGCAACUCCCGAAACCCGGAAGUAACCCGUUCCAGUACUUCCAGGUUUCGGCGGGUCCGUAACCUGAAAAAACGCAACCUGAAGCGUCUGCAACCCAAGGUAUGACUGUAGUCAGUAAGACUUGAUUUAAAUCAUUUUUUUACAGAAAGACUCAUUCUUUCUGGUAUCUUCUUAAUAUUUACAACCAGAUGAAGGCUUCGUUUUUGGAAUCAUAAAUUUCCAGAGUAGUUUUUACAGUUACAUAAAAAAUUACUGAUUUGGUUAUAUUAUUAGAAAUACAUAGACAGAUAAUUAUGAAGUUAUUGUGAGUAAGUUAACUGUUUAUAUUUGGACAACUUUUCUGCUGUGCUUUAUUGGAAGGAGAAAAACAAUCACUUCCUUAAUAACAAUUUAAACAAUUUAUUUAACCAAAACAAUAACAUUAUAGCAUAUGCAUCCAUGUUUGUUAACCGAGUGGUUAAACAAUUUUAAAAAACAACUUAGACUGAGUUUUAGCACACAUGAAAAACUUAAAACAAAUUAUUAUUUCCUAAUGAAUAGACUUUGGCCUCUAAUGUAACUUAAAUAGAAAACUAUCUUUAGAAAGAUUUUUCCUCCAAAAGCAUUUUAUUUUAAAAAUCCAAUUUAAAAAUAAAAAAAAUCAUUUUUUUAUUUUAAUGAUUUUUAUCCACCCUGGUUCUCACCUUCAGGGUUUCAAAGGAAAUAUUUGUCUGUAUGUGCAGGUGGUGAGGAAUUGCUUUCCCCACAACCCAGCAAUGAGAAGCAGCAGAAGAACUAUUGCUAGGCGGAUGAGAGGAUGCCUGAGCCUCCCUUUGCAGAUGCCCGAAGUCUCCCUCAGAGGCAUUUUGAGACCCCAUUGCUCUAGAACAGGCAUGUCCAACUUUCAAGAGACUGAGAUCUACUCCCACUAUAAAAAAACUGGCAGUGGCUGUUGAGUUUUUUUUGGGAAGUCAACAUUCGGUUGGGUCAACAUUCACGAUCUACCAGUGGAUCGCGAUCUACCUGUUGGACGGCCCUGCUCUAGAACAAGGCCCAGCGACCUCUGCUGAAGUUGGCUCUGCUCCCAGUCUUUCUGCAUGCGCCACCAACCCUUUACUAGUUUCCGGGCACAUCCAGCUGCUGUGGAUUUUUCACAGCCCUCCCUGUGCUGAGUGGAAGACCCACUGGGCUUUCUGCCAAGAGGUGCAGAAGAUCAAGGGGUGCAUUUAUUUAUUAUUUACUUGUUCAUCAAAAAAUAUUUUUAUACCACUGUAUCACAAAAGAACAUUAAAGCAGCUUAUGGCAAUAGAGUGUAUUCAGGGGAAAGCGCCACCGGGAGAUAUAAUAUUCAAGAGCCCUAGCAAAUCCCCCUCUCUGUUGCCUUCUGAAUCAUGACUGAUGGGGCUACUGGUGUCAUGAAAUUCUACUCAGUAUUGAUCCAGAGCAGAACUCGCAGAGUAAAAACUUAAGCACGUUGCAGGAUUCCCAAAAAAGUAGACUAGAGGCAAUUGUAUUUCAUCCAGCAGAGCUUUACUACUACUGAAGGCAAAUCAGCAUAUAAUGGUCACAAAUCCAAAACGUCCAGGAUUGGCACUGUCCAUAAGAAUUCCAGUUGCAUCAGACUUAACUUAAAUUUACAAUAACUUAUAAGAAGACUAAACCUCAACACUGAGCAUAGAAACCACACCAGAAGGAAGAGAGAGAAAGAAAGAAAGAAAGAAAGAAAGAAAGAAAGAGAAAGAGGCUCCUUAUAGUCAGCAUGACCUUGACAGAAAAAGAAAGCAGAACCAGUUUAACCCCACUGUACUCAGCUUCUCAGAAGGAAUAACCCAAACAUCACAAACCUUCUGCUUGUUUCUUUCACACAGAGAAGCUUCCAGAACCCUCUUGAAUUAAGUAGAAUAGGAAAGAUCUCUGCACACUUUUGUACUAAGAAAUGCAGACUGACAAGAAGAUCACAUUGGCUUUGGAGAGGAGAGGACCUGGACGCAUUUGUGUGUGUGUGGGGGGGUGCGCUCGCUCGCCAACACACAAAACUCUUCCUCCUGAAUAGGGUCAAUUUUUGCCGAGAGAAAGGAGCGAUGGCGGAAUUGUUUCUUUCUUUAGAGAAUGGAAACAGACAGAAGCAGUACAGGCCAAAAUUCCUCCACCUGCAUCUGUCGGACAGGUUUCCAAUUGGUGCCACAGGGCGUGUUAGUCAGAACAGGACCUUCAGCAGAACAGGACUUUAACAUGAGGCAGCAAAUCGGGCAGGAGGAGUUAAAUAUAAGCUCCCUCUUACCAAGAGAUCUUGUGUUCAGGUCACAGGCCAGCUUAGAAGAGGUUCGACUCCUCCACCUGCCCCUUCAGCUUCUGAUAGGAGUGCAUAGGUGAAAUAUCGGAAGUUAGGACCAUUGGUUGGUGUGAGCUGGCAGAGUGUCUUCCUCCUAAGUGCCAACUCUCCCUUCCAAAACUGCAGAACGAAGAGGGCAGAUCCAGAUGUCAUACACAGGAUGGAAAUGGAUGAACACCUGUAAAUGUGCUUCCUAGUAACAUCGGUAUUGUGGCUCACCCUACGUUCCCCUCUAGCAAACAGGUUGUGCAGGUUUUUGCCUUUUCUUUCAAUAAAGCCUGCACAAUCUGUUUGACCGGAGGCGCGACUGUGGGAUGAAACAAAUACUUGUGUGAUGGCAGGAUGGGAUGUGAAUCCUCUUUCAGGCAGCUUUCAAAAGAAUCCCACCGUUCACAAUUGGGUAAUACUUUUCGUAACCCCAAGCCCCUUCCAACCCCCCCCCCCAAAUAAACCUGACUCUUUGGUUGUUUCUUAAAAAAGCCUUGCCCAACGGUGAGUUUGGGAGUUGUAGCUUCGCUAUAGGAGUGGGGAAACCAUGUUUGCUUGCCUUCAAAAUGAUGGUGUCUCCAGUUGCCACAUGGAAACUCAUAACCAUAGUUUGAUCUUGGGGAAGAGGCACCUUGGGUCCUAAAUGCUUCUGUUCUUCUGGCAGACCACAUCUGACAUGCAAAACUCCUCUGAGGUUGUUAAAUUGAGCCUCCGCAGAGAGAUGCACCAACUUAGCUGAGGUGGGGACCCAGUCUCGCAGGCAAAGGUGUCGACUGGCUGGAAGAGUGAAAUCUGUCAAAUGCUGGGUCCUUGAUGGGAGAGAUGUGAAUCCAGCCUUGCCUGUCUCUCUGCGUUGCUGCUUCUAACUUCUGUCCUAUUGUUUUCUUUCUCUCUCUCUUUCCGGCAGAUCUGGAGUCAAACAUUGUAUGCAACAACUCAAGUCUUACAUGGGUGCUGGAGCAACUGUCCCAAGGCACCAAGUCUGUUAGCAAGAACAAAAACAAAAGAAGUGCAAGGGUCACUUUAUGCAUUCUGUAG